AUGACAGCGCUUUUAAUGAAAGUAAAUCUGACUAGGAAGUUACUUUAAAGAAGUCGUUUUUCGGUUUUUCUAAGAGUUUUCUUAACAAAUGUGAUGAUCCGUGAAAAAAUAUGGAAAAACGCAGGAAAAAAGAGAAAAUCGAUACAAUAUUAAACAAAUAUUAUUUAAGAAAAUAUAUAAAGCCUAUUUAAUUGGUUUACAAUAAUAUGAAAUAUAUAUUGUUGACAAAGCAUCACUAUCAACUUAACUCCGCUCAGAAUCGUUUUUUCGUAAGCUAUGGUUUAUCGUUGCUUACAGAUAUACAUUUCUCGUCUAUAUCUUAUCUUUCCAACUUUAUACCUACAACAUGUGCACCUACGUGUACAGUAUGCCUGUCAUGUUUCUUAAUAAAUGGGAAAUCUUAGGAAUUCUUUGUGGACCUUUAAUUAUUUUCUGAGUUGUCUUGAAAACAGAGGGAAAUUACGACUAAUAAUACUUUGCUCAGAAUCUUUUUUUGUUAGUAAUGGUUUUUCUAUUUUUAUUUUAUCACAUCGUUUGUUUUUACAGGUCUCCAGUUGGACUUCGGCUGGCGGAGACGGGGUCGGCGUUGUCGGCGGUCCGGGUAAGCAGCAGCCCAGGGUGGCGGUUCUUGUGAGGAAGUCGGCGCCGGGAUCGCCAACACCGUCGUCGGCUUCCAGUUACGGUACCGCGUCCCCCGGAAAUGAUCUCAUCGCCAGUGCGUCCAGUGCCCUGCGCCGGCUCCACUUCAAGUCCACCGGCGCCCAGCGCAUGCUCAACCGGUCCAAACAACAGCAACAGUCCCAGUCCCAGCAAUCGUCCCCGGUGCCCAAACUCAAAGUGUUCGGCUCCAGUUCAGUAUCCGUUGAGUCAGCGGCCACGGUCAAUACCAGCACCGACUCGUCCGUGGCAACCAUGACCACGGUAACUGACGACACGGAGAACGAGGACAGCAUCGAUAAUCCGGUAAGACUUGGAGCUGGUUGGAAAAUAAAUAUUAUUUUAUCAUUACUAUAUGUCAGUUGUGCCUCCCCGUAGGGAUAAAAGGGGGGGAGUCCAGGGCGAAAACAUUUUUGGAGUGCUCAUUUUGAUUAAUAGUAUUUGGCUAAUAAAAAAAAUAAAACUAAUAAUAUAAAGCAUAAAAUUAUUAUUAUGGUUAUCAUUUAACACAUGCAAUGGUAAAACCAGGGCAUAAAAAAGUAUAGUGGUUUGAUAUAUUGUACAUUUAUGUACUAGUAAUCAAAUUAAUAUUAUUGUAAAUCACGGUUGCUGAUAGUGAUAAAAUAGAUAGACUACUUGUAAAUAUUGAUAAGAACUUUGAUGUGAUUUAUUCGUAUCAUACUUCAUAGAAUCGUAAGUUCUGCGUUCAUAAAUAUAUAUUUAAAAAAAUAGUUUAUUUAACUUUUUAAUAAUUCGUUAUUAAAAUAGCGAACAGUGCAUUAUGAUUUGUGUGUGUUUUUUUUAUAUUAAUAUAAGAGAUAAAAAGAAAUUUUAGAUGAUGUGGAGGAGCGUUUUUUUGCAAAAUACCAAAAUACGUCGCUGAGCUAUCGCGAUGUAAAAAUCGUACUCAGGCGUUAUAUUUAGUUUGAACAUUCUGCGUAUUAAACGUCAAUGUAACUACUUCCGUAAUCCGAGUAUAUGACGUAACUAUUAGAUUAUGAGCGAACCGAAGAAUGUUUUUACAAUGGUUUUUAUUUUUUUAUUUUUUUAUACUCUGUAUACAAUUUCAACCAUUUCUUGCUCCAAUUUCCAAGUGUAGUAAUUUUUCUGAAAGACAAUUUUAUCUUGUUAAGACUUAAAUGAGGUUAUUUUUUUUAUUUUCUAAGCGUUUUUCUAACAAUUAUGAAAAACCAAGAAAAAACGGCACAAUUUAUGAAAAUAUACUCUUAUUAUUUUUAAUUUUGUUUUUUGGUUUUCAUUUAAUUAAAAAUGUUCGUAGAGUCUUGAAGUUAAAAAAAAAAACUCAUAUUUAUUUUUUAUAGACAUGGUAAAAUGUUCAAAACAUUUAAGCCAUUUUCGAGCUAUUUACAGACAUUUUAAUUUUGCGAGUUUUUUACGUCAUUUGUAUUUGGUAAGUAAUUCGUGGAUAAAAAUAUUAGAUCAAUCAUAGAUACUUGAAAAAUUGACAACAGGUUUAAUGUAAGUUGUACUUAGUGAUAAAUAAGAAAAAGUUGAGUAAAUAAUUUUUUUUUUUUAAGAAUUUUAAUAUUAAAUUUUGACGAAAAUGUAGACUUGACUUGCAUACAGAAUAUAGAUAAACAUUGAAUUCCUCUCUAUAUCUACAACUGUAGUUCACCCCUAGCGCAAAGUACGUCCGUCUCUUUUUGUUUUAAAAUCACUCUAAUUUAAUUGGAUAUCCGAAAUACGAUAAUUGCUGCACGUUCACCGACCGAAUCACUUUUCUUUUAAGAACUAUAUCGACACGUUUUGAUCUCUGAUCUCUGAUAUAAUCUGAUAUCGGUCUUAUUGAACGCUUUUUCAACGACACGUUUUACACAUUUUACCAUGACAAAAUAUAAUUGUGUACCUAUGACUCCGUUUGUGAGUGACGUCACCGCCAAAAACUAAAAUCAUUUAUGACCCAGUUUAUCGUCGGCUACCCGGAAAAAUCACGUAAGUCAUUUUUUUUUUUUUUUCUGUAAACAAUACUUUUCUAUUACAUAUUGAGUCUUUGUAAGAACUCUCUUGUAGAACGUUUUCGAUUUAAUUGGUUCAUUGAGGAGGUAUUUUUAUUUUCUUCGUAGUUUUCUUGCUACAAUCGUGUAACUUUUGUUACACACGCGGUUAUUCUGCGUAGCCGACGAUUUAUAUAUUUAACAGUUAUGUCGUUAUAGUUAUUCCAUUCAUAUUUUGACAAUUUCCAUAAAGAGUUGUUAUUGGAGAGUUCCAGGGACACGUAACAUCCUAACAUUGAAUUUCAAUAGUUCCAUAUGAUUUAAGUAAAUUAAGUUUUCAAUCAACCAUAAGAUAUACUACUGCAUUAUAACAUGCGAUAUCGAACGAGUUGGUUGAACGGAUCGUUUUUAAUAAUUUUGUGAUAAUUUCACGUCCGUUAUGAUAUAUGGUAUAUAUGUAUUUUCUUAAUGCGGUUUUAUUAUUAGUUCGGUGCGCGUAUUCAUAUUACGCGAAAAUACGAAUGGAUCGCGAUAAUUUUACAUUUGCUAAGUAUAAUUUAAUGUAGAAUCACGUGCGUGCCUAACAAUAAAAUUAUAAAUUCAAAUGUAAAUAUAACUCUUGUGAAUCGUCUCUAUGUAGGUAUAGUAAUAUUUCACAACAAACUAUAUAAAAAAAAAAAAAAAAAAAAAGGUCUACAGGUACUGGAGCGUAUUUAGAUAAUAAUUCGUUAAAAGCCCGUCUGCGGUUAUACACCUAUGUAGUCAAUAGUAUACGGAGAAUAAAACCUACUGACAAUAACAAUACUGAUACAAAGCCCGCAGUGGGCAAAAAAAAAAAAAAAAACAAUUCCAUUUUAAAAAGUGACUGUGUACGGAAAAAAAAAAAAAAAUUAAAAUAAAAUAGAAACAAAUACUCGGGCCACGUUAUCUCGAAAGGCGUUAAGGGAGUUUAUACGCGUUAGCUAUAAUAUGCGGUCGAAUCCCCAAGCACAAACUAGCAUAUAGAAUAUAAUAUAUAUAUAUUUUUUUUUUUUUGACCCGAUGUUUGUUUAAAGUGGUUAUACUAAUCCGUAGAAAAUAUAUAGUAUAUUAUGUAUAUAUAUAUAUAUAUAUACUUGACCCGUUAUAGUAAUAAUAGCUCGCAAAAGCCGUUCGAAAAUAAUCAAUUCCCUGCAGUCCGAUUUUUAUUGGUCGCGAAAUUAGCAUACGUAUACACCUAUAUGCAUACAGUGUGUACCGAGGAAACUGACAAGUGCAAUAACUUUUGUUCUGUUCGGUAUUUUAACAUUUUUGUUUUUGAUUUUAGAUUGUGCGUGUGAUGUGAAGAAUGUAUUGGUUUUACAAAGAUGUUUAUUUUGUUUUUAUGCGGACAUUUUUUCUACCGGAAUGCUUACUCCGAUUAUUAGGUACAGCACCUUUUCUGAAAGGAAAUGUUCUCUGGGUGGUACUUUAUAGAGGACAUUUUUUUGAAAUUUUCAUUAAUAUUCGAGAUAGUGGGGAAUUGAAAGAUUGAAAGAUUAAAAAUAACGUUGUCAUUGGUAACCGUUUUUAUUUAUUUUUGUUAUUAUUAAGUUUAUAUUAUUUUAAUAUUUUUUAAACAAUCACUGUUGUCAUGGAAACGCACAUUUUUGUAAUCAUUUUACCAUUAUAUGACUAAUAUAUUAUUAUACUUUUGACAAAGCAACACUAUCAACUUAAAUCUGUUCAGAAUCGUUUUUUCGUUAGCAAUGGUUUAUCGUUGGUUCCUUCCAAAUAGAAAUUGAAUUCCCGUCUGUAUCUUAUCUUUCUAACUUCCCACCUAUAACAGUGGCUUCACCCACAAGCGAUGUAUAUCGUUGUAUAUCGAUGUAUGUAUCCAUCCUUUGUUUUUGUUAUAAUUAUUACUAGAACCUUACUUUAUCAUUAUUUUGUUUAAUUUUUUUCUUUUGACCUAGAACUAAAAAGUUUUAAUUAAAAACAAUAUUGUUUAACAAAGUCUAAAAUGGGUCAUUUUAUAAAUUUAUUUUGAAACGAAUUUUUGGUAUUUUCAAAUGUUAUUAUUAAUGAUGAGUCGUUCAAUUUACGAUAGUUUACAUUUUAAUAAUUAAUAAAUUGUUUAGAAAGUUAACUACUCAUUAUUAUUAGUAAACCUAUUUAUCACCAAAAUUUUAAUUUAAAAUAAAUUUAUAAAAUUAAGAUAAAUCAAUUCAUAGCUAACGAAAUACGACGCUGAGUAAAGUUCAAUCGCAUAUUGUAAAGUGUCCAGAUUUUUACUUACUUCGUCAAAUUUGAAUUUAAAAAAGACGAACAUAUUUUACACGAUGGGUGGGUCACUGUUAGAUAAGUAAGAAUUUUGAAAGGUAGGAUAAAGAAAAACAAUUCUUAGUGGACCUCGGUUAAUAUAAUUGCUUUUUCGACAGUAUAUAUACAUAAAUUUCAUGUUAUAGCGAUAUAAUAGUAACAUAUAUAUAUACCAGAAUCCAAAAGUUUAAAUGGAACUACCACACUAUGAUAAACCUUAUUUAAAAUUUUCAAACAUUUCUGCUUGAUCAAAACACAAUUUUAGUCUCAUAAUACCAAAUGAAAACUAAAAAACACUAAUGCUUUAAAUAGCUGUAAUUUGUAAUACUUCUAGAAAAUGCUUAUACAAGUUUAUUUAAAAACUUUUAUAUCUUGACAUUAAUAUUUGCAAAUACUGAAUAACAUUAAAUUAGAAUAUAAUAAAACUGUUAAUUUUAUAAACUUACCCCUUUGUCCUACGUUUUUUCCCGGUUAUUUCCAGUAAUUAAGAAAAUUGCAAAAUCUGUUAGAUUUAUCACUACCUACUGUUAUUCAGUAAAAGUUUUUUUUUAUAGUGCACUACUGUUUUACACAAUUGGCAAUUAAUUUAUAGUAGAAAGUAUAUUAUCAAGCGUAUCUAAAGUACAGAAAUUUAAAUUUAACGUCAAUUUGUUUAUAAACGUAUCUACCUAUUGUUAAUUUCUUUUUCUACAAUUUGACGUGAUAUCAAAUGUUAUCUUCGGAGUAAUUUAUUAAUUUAUAUAUCGAAUUUGGCGUAUAUUUUGUGAUGGUGAAUAGUAUUAUUGAAACGGAAAAUAAAUAUUCGGGAUAAAUUGACAUUUUCAAAUCCGUAAUAAAAAAAAAAAAUCAUUCGGUGUGAAUCGCUCAUUCACUGCCGAAAAAAAUUCGCUGUUGUCAACUCAGGAAUUAUUUAUUAUCGUGUACGCAAACAAUAAAAUAUUGUUCGCGAACAUGUUACAGGUUCUACGUAUAAGCGCAAAGACGCAAAGGAUAUUGCUGAUCAGAGACUCAAACAGUCCUCCCCUCAUGACAACAUAAAAGCGAAAAUUCUUAAAUGAAACAAAAUUAUUUACCCUAUACAACCUUUCCGACGUGGUUUUGCAUAACAGAUUUAUGGUUAUUUUAGAUAUUAAUUUCAGACGGAACGAAGGUCGCUGAAGACACCGGGUGAAGUAAUAUUGGAAUAUUUGAGGUUAUGUUCAACGAAAAUUUUCCCUUAGCUGACGUAUCUACGCAGAGAAAACUAACCCUAACAAAGCUGUAUGUUGCUUUUAUAAUAUUUAUAAAAUGUUCGUAUUUUACGAAACAAUGCGACGAAUUUCAGAAUGCAUAAAACAUAAAGCGCAUUUUAAUGCGCAAUCGAAUAUCAAAAACUAUUAUUUUUAUUUGUUCAACGCGCAGAAAUUUCGAGACGGUUAAAAAACGGAAUACGUAUUAUUUGUUCGUGUCACGAGUUUUUAUAUAGCUCCGGGAAAUGUUCGAGAACGCAAUAUAAUAUUAGUAAACAUAAUAUCGAGAUUACCGGCUACAAUGCCGAUGUUUAUAUAAGGCCAAAUCAAUAACGUAUUUACAAAAUUAUGUAUUCACUAUCUGUUUAAUAUAUUAACCUAUAUCGCGUAUCCUAUAACGUAAACAAGAAAUACCUGAGUAUUAAAUUAAUCAUCAAUAAUAUAAUGCAUAGUAGCUUUCAAGAAACCGUAUCGUCUCUCAAAUUAAAUCAAACGCAAACAAUUUUGAAUUAAUUGUGUACAUUAGUUAUAUUUCUACACAGUAUAAAUAAUAAUAAUAAAUUUUUGACGGAAAAAUAUGAUACAAUUUACAAUUUAAAAGUCCGUAGUGGUACCAUCUCCGAACAUAAGGGCGUUUAUUGUUUUGUGUAUUUGUCUACAAUAAAAACUUAAAAGUCAAUACUUUCUGAAAUUACGAGCAUCUCACGUUGCAUCGAUCACCCUGUAUUAUAUUUUAAUUGAAAUAAUGAUUUGAUUGAGCUCGUAAAAAAACAUAUUAUUUUCGUUCCGACAGAGAGGUGUUUUUGAAGUACCUAGGUAGGUAACAACCCGGGCUGUAAAUUGUCUCGGUGAAUAAUCGAGUUUUCUGUAAUCCACCGCGACCGCCCAGCGAAAUGAAACUUGACUGUAUAUAACGUAUUCAAGUGAUCCGAAAUCGGUACACUGCACAGGGAAUUUAAGUCGACACUUUUCGGUGUAUACAUAUACGCGAAAUAUGUACACAGGGACUUAUUUACAAUCUUUCCGGUCAACGGAAUUCAUAAACAACGUAGUCGCACUAAAUAAUUACCAAAUGAAAUAUCAAAGUUCUUUGAGGUUAGAGCGCGUAUAUAUAAACUGAGGUCAGGUUAAAAUAUUCAUUAAAAAAGUUUUGGCUGAUUAUUUACAAUCGACAUAAUAACUAUACCUACUAAGGUACCCAAUCUAAAAUUGUGUUUAUUUAUUUAUUUUUUUUAUUAAAACCAAGUAAUAUUAGUUAUUUAAUCAUUAUAAAUUAUACAUUAUCAUUGAAUAAUUUGUGGAAUUAAAUAAUGUCCACAUAAAGAAUAACUUACUGGUUAUAGGAAGUUUUUACUUGCUUUCAUUUACUAGGUAGCUAUAUUUAACAACAGUUUUUUUUUUUCAUUUUACACCGACAAUUCAAAAUGCUCUUAUGCCACUAGUUGUAAUAUUCGGGUGUUAUUUUCAGUUGUAAUACAUACGAAUAUUAUAUCUAUUAACGAAUACAUAGGACUUUCAUAUAGCUGGAUACGACCCGAGAAGGCUAUAGGAAAAAGACCACCCACCUAUAUGCAGCGAUCUAUAGGAAAUUCUAAUUUUAGUACUUGACUAUCCGGAAACAUAUUAAAGCAGUUUACAUAAAUACUUUAUACUAUCGAAAAUUUCAAACCCCAUAACUUCCCGUCAGGAACGUCCAAUUGGAAAGUUUCUGAAAUGGUCCAAAAACGUCUUAUUUUUAUCCUUAAAAUACGAAUAAUCAAAAACGCAAAAUAAAAUCGGACAGCCGGGCAAUCAUGUUUCGUAAUACGAUAGAAAUCAAACUACAAAACUGAACCCAACCUGGACUAUAUCACCUAACGUCUAACCAUUAGAGUACCAAAUCGUUUAGAACUAUGGUCAUUUCAUAGACAUUAAGUUAUCAAGUCAAUUUGAAAAUAUUAUUAAUAUUGUAUACAUUAAGCUGUAAGUUAAUACCAUCACAAUAUUGCAGAAUUUUUUGGAGAACGGGAACUUAUUUCCAAACUCAGACCUCUCUGUGAGGUGAUGAUGAGAGGAGGGUGUAAGUUAAAAUAAAAAGUUUCCGGGAAUGUUAAAAUAUUUUCUGACAAUAAGUUAUUAUUAAUAUGAUAUAUAUUAAUUGGGUACUAAUUACAGUCAGUCCUCGAGAAGGUCUAUGUUGGUCUUUGUUCGUCUUUGUCUGAUGAGUUAGUAAAAUUAUUAUAACAAAGAAAACAAUUCAAUAAAUCUAUGAAAAAAUUUAACUUUCCCAUAACAUUGACGGAAAAACGAUCCAAUUUUUUUAACUUUUCUAUUUAGAUGUGAUAUCUUAAGCCGAAGCUAAUUCGUAAACAUUUUCCGUAAUAAAUCUGAUACUUUAUAUUGCAGUUCGAGCCGAAAAUGCGCAUUAUCCCGAAUCUGUUGGACGAAGUUCUGAAUGGUACACAUUCAUCGUCGUCCGCGGAAAAGGACGAUGAGUUCUACAGCGCAUCUAGCACCGAGGAACAGCCAAAGGACGACCCAAAGGCCGUAUUCACCGUCCAGGAUACGGCACCUCAAGAGUACGACGAUGACGGUGACAUGCCCGUGAUGCAGUAUACUACAUUGCCGAGCAGUCUGCGCAGCCGUGGUCAGCACAACAACAACAAUAACAGCAGUAGUAAUUUCAACAAUAACAACAAUGACAAUAAGACGAACAACAAUUACCGUGGUAACAAGGACGAUGGCGAUGGCGGCGGAGACGAGGAAAACACCAUUGGGUCAGUCGAAGAUUUCAGACCAGCCGAAAAGGACCGGAGCUCCGAUCACGACGCUGACAACACCCUUGAGUGGCGGAACAUCAUGAAGAGACAAGCGCUGCUCGAGAACCUCCACCGGAACACCAUCAUGGCAAAUAAAAGGUUAGUACGCCGACCUGAGUAUGUUUAAGAUGUGCUUAAGAUUUUUGUGGUUUUUCCGAUAAAAAAAACAUCACCAAACUAAUUUCCUUAUUGGACUAUAUAAUAUAAAACGUCUAGUUGUACAUUUUAUUAUAAUUGAUUGGCAAAAUUGCAUAAAUAACUUUAAGAUUUCGAACUUAGCGACAGACGUAUUGAUUUUUUAAAAUCUAUGUCUGCGACCAUACUUUGAGGAUAAUUAAAAUUCUCUAAAUGUAGAUUUUCCAGCGUUAUUCUAUACAUUUUUGACAAAAUUAUGAUCGCUGAUUUCGGAAAAAAUAUAUCCUCUCUCCUCCCUCUGAAUACGCAGAGACAUCUGCAUGAUAAAGACACGGUUUCUGAAAAUCAAUAACGGGAGUUUCCGUGAAAAUACUAUACUCAUAUUAUUAUUAUUAUUAUUAUUAUUCGUGGGGAGAUCAAACAUAUUUUCACUUCUGCACCGAAAAUGCCCGUUAUAAAAUCUACAGUAUCACUAGGGUUUUAGCCUUUAGGACACGAUGUGCAUCCGACAUAAUAUCAGCAGCAGGUGUAAAACGAUAUUAAUCGAAUUGGAAAAACGCUUAAAUAUUUGAUUGCGCGCGCUACCUUCGCCGGCAUCCCUUCGUGCAAUUUUAAUAUUAUGUGUACAUUAUUGUAAGCAUUAUAUUGUAUAUAUAUAGAGUUUCAAGACAAACCGACAAUGUUUAACGGUUACAAUCCUAUUAAAGUAAGAGAUAGCUAUAAUACAAACAUUUGAAACAACUUUAGAUACCUGCCUGCCUAUAAAGGAUUAUUUUGACCGAAAAGUACUUGUCAGUGGCUAAAAUCCAAUCAAUUAUUUACUACGUACCCAUGUCCCAAAUAACCAUAAUGGUAUAUCUACAGUCUGUGUGUAUGUUUUAAACGGAUAAAUUGUUUAUGAAAACAAUUAUAUUGAUAGUAACCCAAAAUGCAUGUAAUCUUUACCGAAGUUUGUUCUAUUGCCUAUUAUAAUAUUAUUGCGAGUUACCAAUUAUUACUGAAAAUUCGAUAAAUUACUGUCGACAAUCCAAUUACAAUAUAUUAUACGAGUAUUGAGCGAAACUUAAUUGAUUUGAUUAAUCAGAAUAAUUACUAUUACCUAUACAUUAUAUACAGGUAUGUCAUAAUGAACUCACACAUUUUUGAGAUAAAUUCUAAAACAAUGGUACAAGGUAUAAAAAAAGUAAUUUUUAUUUAAUGAAAGUAAAUUGUAAAUUAUAAGUUGUUUUUUUUAUUAUUACUGUUGGUUUUUAAAAAUUAUACCAUCUAAAUAGUGGCCUUGUCGCACGACAAAUGUGGAACCGUUCCUGGAAGUUUUCCCCCGCCCUCGUCUCUCAUCUAGUAUAUCUCGAGGAAUUCCGGCGAUUUCUUCACGAAUAGCCUUCAGUUCUUCAAAUUUGGAGGACAAUGUCUAAAAAUCUAAAUUUUGAAGUACCCAUAUAAAAAAUUUCACUGGUGCUCAAAACAACGGAAUAAGGAAGCUACGCCAAAGAGAGUGAAGUUAAACUUUCGGUAAGGCCUCCGUGUGUGCAUUGCCCGUAAAUACCACCACUUUUAAACUCUAACUAAAAAAAAAAAAAUCAUUAUUGUAUACUAUCUAUUUCCAAUAAAUAAUUUGUUUUUUAGAAUUUACCUCAGAAAUGUGAUAGUCUAUCAUGUCACAUUCUGUAUAUCUCUUAUAUUUUUUAUCCAUCGCGCCUUUAUCGAAACAAUAUUAACAAUGAUGACUUUUCAAUCUAUAUAGGUAUAUAGUUUACCCUCGACAUAUUUUACUAUAAUAAUUAUUAGUAGUAAAGUUGUAUGGCAAUUUAGAUUAGGUAUAGGUACCUACAUCAGUUUACCUUCUCAUAAAUUAACAAAAUAACGUGUGUAACACGUUUCAAAUACACUAUUUUAAUAGCCGCAUAAAAAACAUCCAGUAUAAUAAAUUUACUUCACCAUAUACAUUAUAAUAAUAUAUUUUCUGCUGAUAAGGUAUACUUAUAAUGUUAUAACGUGUAUAACCUGUGUAAUGUAGUUUUACAAUGCAUGUGUCGAAAUUAAUUUUGAACAAAGUAAUUUUAUAAGCGUCAAAAUAUAUAAAUUAAAAUAUUAUAUUACGUCGAUGGUACGGUAAUGUUAUUAAAAAAGUUUUUUGUUUAUUUUUACUACGAUAAAUUAGUAAUAAUAUUUAUUGAGGGUGUUGUAUAACGGACGAAAUAUUUAAAUUUUUUUUCUUAUAAUAAUAUACUUUUUGUGUAUUUGUAGAGCAAAUAAUAUAUUCUAAUAAAAAUCUAGCCACGUUUGAACGGUUUAUAAAACAUAUAAAAAGUGAACAAAUAGUGAUCGUUGGCUACAAUAAUCAUGAUGGUUAUACACAUAUUUUAAUGAAACCGAACAAAGAAAUGAGAUUGAAUUUUUUUCAAAUGGAACAUUUUAUGACAUUUUAAAAAUUUUGAAACUUUUCAUUAUAUAUAGUAAAAUAAUAUAUAGAGUAUACAUAUACCCGAUUCAGUGGAAAUUAGCGAACCAUUAUGUGAAAUAGAGAGAGAGAGAGAGAGAGAGAGAGAGAGAGAAAGAGCUUCUUAAUCACCACGGCUAAUUGUUAUAGAUUACGUUAAAAUUAAAAAAAAAUAAUCAUUAUACAUACAGAUUAUAUUAAAAUAAAAUAAAUAACAAUUCAAACAUAAACAUUAAUGCGUAGAUCAUAUAUUUUGUCGAAUUUUCCCUGGAGAUUUUUCUCAGCUUUUAUACUGUCAACAUAAGUAGUGAUCGUGCGAGGCCUACUAACGUUUAUUAUAAUAAUAUGUGCGGCAUUCCAGAUUUAAAUUGUUGUCGAGGAGAUACGCAAAGAGCCGAUUCGAAGAGGACCGGACCCGGACCGAGAUCGGUCGCAACUCGUCCGGUUUUGCCGCCGAACAGAUGACCAUCGAUAGCGAAGACUCGUUCCAGGUGGACAACGGGUCGCCGCCUAUUCCGUCGUCCCCGACCGGCGUGCCGGAUUCACCCACGUGCGAUGACGAGACGCCCACCAAGUCCAAACAGCAUUUCACGUUUCCCACGUUAAACGAGACAGACGAGCCGGCCAUCGAACCCACCAAGAGGUAUGUAGUAAAACUUUUGUCUGCCCGAUAUCAUCAUAGAGCUAUUGAAAUGAUUACGGUAGGUCCAUUUCCCUGACACCACGAAUUUGAAUUUUGAAACGAAACUAAGAGCGCCUUUUAUUUGUACAAUGUGUUUGCUUAAGUCCGACAUUUGUGUUCUUGAACUUUCCGAGAAACAGGUUAACCUAUCCUAACCUUUCUCUGAUGAUAGUGCGGGAAUAAUAGUACGUCCACUUUCAUAUUUCAAAAUUGAAAUAAUGCCAUUGAUUUGUGCUAAAUUUGUGCUGAUUUAUGUAUGGUGAUUCGUAUAAAAAAUUCAAUAUAAAUUUGUGAAUAUAUCGCGUUUAUAUGGGAAACGCAAAUACAAAACGAAGUAAAUGUAUGUGUAAUCCAAAAUUAUUGAAAAAAAACAUUCUGACGUUGGAAAUCGAACUGCAUGGCUAAACACUAGUGGAAAAUUGUUAUAUUGCCAUAAAAAUCGUGCAUGAGUGAUAAAUAAAAUUAACUUUUUUGCUGAAUCAGCUAGAUAUAUUCCGGAUUAAGUUUUGAUUAUAUCUAUUAUAACUGAUAUACCAAAACUAAAGGCAAAAAUACCUGUUUGCUGUUGAAUAUUCAACACGCACGUAUACGGACAUACGGUUAUAAUAUUAUAAUAAUAUGAAAAUUAUGCGUAUUGAAUUUAACUAGCGGAGUGCGGCGAAACGCAUUUCUACGUCGGAACAUAUAGGAUGUAAAGGACCGCCAUGAUUAAACAAUAUUCAUUACGAAAAUGUUCAGUGAUAUAUAAUUUUUGUUGGUUUGUUUUGUUUUGUUUUUUUUUUUCCUGAACUAUAAUGUAUUAUAGAAUCGUUUAAUGUUCCAAAUCAUUUUUUACUCAAAAUAUUUAUCCUUGUUCCGCGUAUAUUUCUAAAAACACAUAUCAAUUAAUAUUAUCAGUUUUCAUGUAGCUCCAUACUUUGCUGAACUCAAAACAAAAAUGAGUGGAAUGUAUUAUUUUUGAAAUUGAUCUACGUGUACCACUAUAAUAUUUGAUUUUUCGUUUGUGAGUUAUAAUUUAUAACUAAAGCAGUAUUGGAAGUUGUUGACUUUUGAAUUACCGCCCCUCAAAUAUCAUUUAUCCAAUACAUAUUAUGUAUGUAAGUCAUAUUAAUUUUAAAGUUUAAAGUUAACAAAAUGACCGGUUCGUUUUAAUACAAAUAUUUUGCUGCUAUCUAGUUGUUGUGAUUGUUAGUUAUUGACUAAAUUCACUUUGUCUACCAGAGAAUUGGGCUUUUAAGAAAUUGCGUAAAGCACCCAAGUCAAUUUUAACAAACAUUUUACUCACACUCCAUAGCUUUAACCUCUUCAUAUGUAUGUAACAAUGCUUUCCUAGCUGUAAUAACUCGUUUCAUAUUUCACACUGUAGAUUUAUCUUGAUAAUCUAAAUAUUUAUGUUCUUUAGAACAUAAAUAUUUUACUAAGGUAUUUUUAAAUAAUAAAUGUUUUUUUUUUUACUACCAGGUUGCUUAUUUUUGCUAAUGUUUAGCCAUAAUUUAUUUAUUUAAAAAUGUUUAAAAUUUAUAGACGAAAGCAGAAAACCAAAAUGAAAUUAACUAGAAGUAUUUGUAUAAAUACGUAUACUGAUAACAACCGUAUAAUCAUUCAGAAUUACUCUGUAUAAGGAGUAUAAUUUUUACGGAGAAAUCAUAUUACUACAAUUAUUAUUCAGAAUUUAGUAAAGCAAUUAGAGUUAGUACAUUUAUUAUUAUUAAUGCCGUAAUGCAUUAUUGUUGCCUAAAAUACCCAUGUCUUAAGCGCCGAUUAUAAUUAUAAGGGAGGUGCGUUAUUUGUAUAAUUACUGUAUUCAGAAUAUUAUUUUGUAAUAUCUCCGGUUGGAGCAUUUAUUAUAAUAUUUAAGUUUGGGUUCAGGCUUUAUUUUCCAAUAUUGGUUUUAAUUUCGGUUUUUCGCGUAUUUUUCACUUUGUUUUUUUUUGUUAUCACCUUUUCGCUCUUUGGGUAUUUUUUCCCCGUUUUAUUAAUAGUGUUAUGUCUAUAUUUUAUACGUUAAAGUAUAUUAUAAAAGAUAUAUUUAAAAAGUGUUUUCUCUACAAAUACCAGAAGUUUACUAAACAGUGGACCGCGCCUUGUAUAUCUAUACAUAUAUUUAUCUAUGGCAGUGUGUCCCACCUAUUUUCAUUCUAUACCCCCUUGUAGAUUUUAAAAAUACUCGGGCCAUUUUCUAUUAAUUUAAAAUAUGGACGUCUGUUUUUAAAUUUUAGAUAUAGUAAAUUUGCAAAUUUCAUAUUUUAUUCUUACCAUUUCACAUAGCUAUAUUACCCCUCACGCAGUAGGUAUUUAAUUUCUUUUUAGAAAGGAAGAAUUUCUCCGUAUUGGAAGCACUCAUCUAUGGGAUUGAUAAGCAGUAAGGGAUAUCUGGGAAGAAAAACGAAAAUAUUUAUGUUUUUUUUCCUUGAAGAUUGUUAUUAUUAAAUAACAUUGUUUUUUUAUUUAUGAUAAUUCACGAUGUACGAAUGAUGAUCACGAAUUUGUGAUAAUUUUAGUAUAUAUAUAUAUAUAUAUACAUUAAAUAAUUUAAAAUUAAUGAUUUUUUAACGAAGAACCAUGAAAAUUGUCAUUUUUUCUUUGCGAGUACCUCGUUUUGCUUAUCAAGUUUAAUCUGAGUAAUACACGUGAACAAAAAUUACGUAAAAAACUUAAAUAAUACGCAAAAUUAGAAUGUCCAUAAAUAGCUCAAAAAUGGCUCAAAUGUUUUUAAAAAUUUACCACGUCUAGAAAAGGCAAAUAUAAGUUUAAGUUUUCGUCUAAAUUUCAAAUCUCUACGAAUAUUUUUAACUGAAUUUCAACACAUAUAAGUGUGAGCAAUGGUUCUCGUUAGCCAUUGCCAGUAGUUAUUCUAUAUAAUUAUAAACUAUGUAGAUAAUCCGUUCAUUAUUUUUGCAACGUUAAUUUUAAUGUAUAUUAUAUUAUUUUUUAAGCCGUACACAAUUUUUUAAAUCAAUAGGUAUAACAUUGCCCUUAGCAAAUUUUUAAUCUAUAAUAAUAAAAGGAAAUAUCUGCAGUUUGUUUAUAUGUCAGUGCGCUAUUUAUCGCACACAGUUGAGGCAUGGAAAUAUACACAUUACAAUGGAUGAACGAGACCGUGUGUUCUUCGAAAAAUGAUUAUCGAAAUUCAACCACUACAUGGUGUCUGAUACAGAGUGUUUGGAAUGGAAUUUGAAUUUUUUUUUAUUUAUACACUUUUUCUGUCGAUUUAUCGAUUAAUUUGAAACACGGAUGAAAUGUAAUGGAUUUUAAGAAAGGGUGGACAUUUUUUAUUUUUAUUUUUUUUUACUGUAAACAAUUUGACUAUCAGAAAUCUUGAUCCGAUUAUCAGCUCCAAGAGCUAUUGUUCCUGAUUUAAUUGUAUUGGAGGACUCAUUUUUUUUUUUUUAUUUUUUUUUUUAUUUACUUGUCGUUUUCUUAACUAUAGCGAAAAUCUGAAAAAAAAAAUACGUCAGAAAACGAACAUUUUUGCUGUAUAAUAAUAUUAUAAUGGUACGUAAUAGUUUUUUUUUAUAAGCAUUUAAGAUAAAAUUUUAACGGACAUACUAAAAAUUUUGAAAUUCAUAAACCAUGUUUUUGUAUUACUAAACUUCGUUCAGAAUCAUUUUUAAUUAGUAAUGGUUUAUCGUUGCGCACAGAUAAAAUGAAAUAAUUUUAUGCAUCACAUAUAAUUUUAUAUAAUGUUUGUUUUUACAUAAGGCUAACAAUAAUAUUAAAAAGUAUUAGUUAUUUUUUUUGUUUGCGAUUAUCAUACUCACUGAAGAACGUGCGAAUACUAUAAUAUCAAAGUCUAGUUUUGAAAAUUUGCCAAAUUCCGCUUUUAUUACUUCAUACGUGCAAUUCAUAAAAUGUAUUAUUUAUAUAUAUUAUUAUAAUCGAAACAACAGCAUUCGAACAUACAAUUUAAAACAAAUUUGCAGGUUUAAAUAAUAAUAUCAUUAUAUAUUAUGAACGAAUAAAAUAAAAUACGUUGCACAGUUUGAUUUAUUGCAUAUAAAUAAAAAAUUAUACAUUACUAAAUAUUAUAUUUGUUAAUGUUAUAUUUGUCGAUUUUCAAAGUCGAUUGGCAAAAAAAAAACAAAUCAAAAUUUCUCAAAGACAGAGUAUUAGAUAAGUGAAGGUUUAAGCGUGAAUCUUAUUUUCCAAAACUCCUAGGCCCUAGGUGAACAUACGAACCUGAGACGAUUUCUUUUGAGUUUUAACUGAAAUGCAUUCCUACCUACACGUAAGAAAACAUUUUACAAUGAGAACGUAUACAGAAUAUCAAAGAUUAAAAAAUACAGAUUAAUAAAAUAUAUUUUUUCGAAAUAUUGACCGAUUGGUUAGGUUUCUUUCGGAUCGCCAGGCGGAUAAGUUACGAAUAUUUUAAAACCGAGAUUACGUUUACCAAGGAAAAUUUUACGAGCUUUGUACGCUCUGAUAUUUUCCUCCGGGACAUACACCAGGGGGCUGUAAACAGUAUAAACUAUGCGUGAUGAUGUAUAAAAAAUAAAACAAUAUUACGCGAAUAAUAUAUUUUUAAAACAAAUAUCACUAUAUUCAUACGCAUAAUUGAUUGUAAAUCGAAACAUGUAUAGGUAUAGUCGUACGACACGUAUGUAGGACAUUGUCUAUAUAAUGUGAUAUUUUUUGAAAGAGAUUGAUGACGGUGUAUAUUUUAGUCAAUUUAGACCUAAAAUCCAGAAGAAACCGCAAUAAUUAUGUUUAAUGGAUUCGACUUGAAAAAAAAAAAAAAAUUAUGAUUAUUUAGUGUUUUACCGGGAUAUAAUGAGAGUAUGAAUUUUAUCUAAUGAAAAUCGUAAAAAAAUUUGAUUAUAUUCUUGAAAAACGUUCAAAAAAUAUACUUUAAGUAGUUUGCCUUUUACUUAGGAUACGAGUAGUUAAAAUCAGUCAACCCCAACGUAUCCUAGUUAACAACUUAACGAAUCGUAAUACGGUUUAAAAAUAAAAUUGAGUUUCGUCAACGAACGCAACACGUAAGUUUUUUUCCCUGCCACUUCCGUCUGAAACCUCAUAUUCGUCGGUAAAAACAACCAUACGUCUUCCCUUUACGCGGCUAUUGGUCAGUAGACUAGCGGAAACAGUGAUGUAUUCACAAUUUUAUUUUGGAGGGUCGUGAUGAUCAAAUAUUAAAGCUGCCUCGUCGGGGAAUCACACUCCCCCUGUUCGUUUUCUUACGUUUAAGUUCAGUCCUCAAAAUAAUGUUUACUGUGUAAAAGUUAUUUGAUAAACGUUGCGUUAAAUAGUAUCGAAACAAUCGAAUUCGAUCAUAUACAAUUAUAUAGCUCAAUUUUAUCGUUUCCGUACCAUGUUAUUGCAGCAGUGGGUACGCUACUUGAUUAACAAUGGCAUUUUAUUUUUCAAAUGUGAUCUAUCUAUCAAGCAUUAAUACCCUCGAUCUACGUUCAUCUAACAAUAGAAAAACAUACAGUCCGGGACGACGGCAGACACUUUACAGAUACUAACCGCGUAUAAGGAAAACGAAAUAUAAAACAAAAACAGUUCCGUGGGAGAGUGAUACCCCUCGUAUCGCCUCCUGUUAAACACGCUACUGGGCGGAAACUGGAGUGUUUGUCGUUGAGGCGAUUAUUGAAAGUUAAAAAAAAAAACAGUUGAAAUUUGUAUAGAGAAUUCGGAAAACCGCCGCCGAACCCCCCGCAGGCCAUUAUUUACCGCGGUUUGUGUGCGCCGCGCGUAAACUAAUUCGUUCGAUUCAGUCGCGCGUGCGCAUAUCUGCGCACAAUGACGUUGUUAACGCGUUAUAAUCGCGGACGUACGUAAUAUCAUAAUAUCAGAUUUAUUAUAUCGCCGUGAAAUUACAAUAAUAUCCCGUAACGCGCGCGCGGUCGUGUCACACCUAACGAUUACAAAUGAUACCUGCACGCGCCCGCGUACGAGACACGGGCGUUUAAAAGAUUUCCCCCGCAUCCGGCGUUCAUUAAUAACGGCGUUAAAAUCAAAUUAUCAAACAUCGCGCGCGCGGAUACUUUAUUUGCCCGUGGCUGGGCCCAUAUCGGACAGGCGCCCGGACGGAACACAACGCUUUUCCGCCGAGCGAUGUCGAUAACGGCUAUGAUUUUCGUUCGAACGAUUGAAAUAUUAUUUACACACGCCCCCGCCCGGCGGCUGCGCGGGCUGUCUGUAUUCAAUAACGUUCGGCACCGCGUCGUCGUCCUUGUCGCCGCCGCCGUAACAACGGGCCAACAAUGCCGGGCGGCAAUCGGUUCGCUCGCGCACAGUACCGCGUUCUUUCGGUCGCGUAAUUCGCCCGCGUACAAACACCCGUGCCCGCCCGCCGUACUUGAUGACAUCGCGUUAACGCACCGUACCGUCGGGCAUAAAAUACGCGGACAUUUUAUUGUAUACACUCGCGGGCGCGUUCGAUUGCAAAACGAAACCCGUUCUGUUAUGAUUACAACCUUCCCCGUAAACCGACGGUUUUUUUUUUUUUUUUUGUAAUUUUAAUCGUUUUUCUUUCUGUUUUUUCCAAAUAUAUAUAUAUACAAUAUCGCCCGCGCUUAUAACAAUCCCUUUACACGGUGCAAGGGCGAAUGGCGGGCCGGAGGGCGGGGAAACGUUCGGGCGUACGCCUCGCGAAAAUGAAACGCCGUAAAUAUACUGUUCACGCUGUUGAUGGGCCCGCACGAAGCGCGCGAGGCGAUUUUUGUCCGUACACCGCGAAAUCGACGGAACGCGAUUGCAGUCGAAUAACGAUCCCGCCGAAUAGGCGAGUGAGGUUCGGUGAGCUGGUAAGACGGAAUCAAACGUUUCGAUCCACUAUUAGUCGUGUUUUCCCCAUUGCAACCGAGAGAUCAACAAUAACAAAAACGAUGCGUCAUUAAUUUGCUGAAAAAUGUUUCAAAUAAACUAUCACCGGACGAAACGCCCGCCUCUUUUGGGGCACGGUAUGAAAAUGUCCGAACGUUUCUAUUUACUGAAAAAUGGUUUUCUGUGACGGAAAUCACAUAUUAUUAAAAUUGAAAUAUCUUCAUCGUUAAGAAAUCCGAAUCAUCGUCCAUACGACAAAGACUCUUCGUAACAAAUGAUUUCACGAUUUUCAUUUCACUUAUUCCAACAAAUUCAUCUCUGUGAGUUCCUAACGGAAAUAAUUAUUGCAGAUGUAUAACGUACAUCAUAUCGUUCUGAUCAAAUUUAUUUCACUUUAAAAAAAACAAACAUACUGCGCAUAAACAGUCUUCAUUUAAUUGUAAUCAUAGUUGAAAAUUAAAAUUGUUUUGUCUCUAGCUAAAUGGCGUUUCGUUUACUUGUAGCUUUCAACAAGAAAAUUUAAAUAUUCAUUUUUUUUUCAGUUUACAAUAAUUAUAACAGUUACUCCAAAAUGUCCCGUUUUCUUGGCCCACGAUGGGUGUCACUCAACAUUUCAAAAAUUAAAAUCAUGACUAUGCUAGUGUGUCCUAAAAUCUUACUAUUUUAUAAUAUUGCCGUCUAUAACAGUGUACUUGUAAGAUAAAUGACUAAAAUAUAUUAAGUUUCAAUUCGUGUUUUAUUUCGGAAAAUUUCGAUUUGACAAUAAUUAUUGCAUUCAAUGAGAAACAUACAAAAAUCAUUACUGUAGAUAGUUGCCAAAACGCCAUUAGACUGUUAUCUUCGUACUGCAAAAUCGCGAUGAUAAUAAACCGCAACUCGAUAUUAUACGUACUCGGUGGUCUAAGAAUUUUUUUUUUUUUGGAAUUCGUCCGACCAGGUCAUGCGGAGCAAUAGCGCUCGCUGGCUUUGAACUGCUCGUAUUAUAUUAUAUACUAUUAUAUGUACGUCGUUGCCGGUCGUAAUAGAAUUCUCCCACUCGACUUUUUUUUUCUUUUUUUUUUUUAUCAAAGCGUUUCGUUUUCAUAUUAUAUUAUAGUUUGUAGGCUCGUUUGUCAUGUUGUCGUAACUCCGCGAGCGUUACCAAACGGAUGCGAUAUUUUUGAAAUAAUGUAGAUAAUACGAUAUCGCGAAAACUAUACAUAAUACAAUUUUACCUAUAUCUAAAUAAUAAUCGUUAAAAACGAUGAUUCGGAGGAAAUGCCUAUUAUAAUUAAGAUAAUACGAACUAUCCGAAAGAUGGCGACCGUCACGAGCCUUUUUACUUUUUUUAGCAGGAGGCCUUCGGCCGCGUACAACAGGACGCCGAACUGGAACAACCAGGAACGAAAGAACUCUGCCGUGCUGUUGGACGCACUCAUCAUCAACAAGAGCCAAUCGGCCGCGGUGGUCAUGUCGGACACGGGACAGGUGGCCACAAUCGUCGUCCAACAGCCGUCGGUGUCGGCCAACUCGCCUGACCAGGGACACGAAGGCUGUCACACCGCCCCCAUCGAGUUGCCCAUCGACUUCAACCGGUGGCCCGAUUUCGCCAACAGCCUCAACUCGCAGCAGUUCCACGACUUCCAGAUGAAGUGAGUCGCGCAAUAAAUAUCAUUAAAAUUAAUAUAGAUAUGUAUGUACAAUAGGUAGCUAAGAAACGCACAUGGCUUGAGAAUUUUAGGAACGGACUUACGAAAUACUAUAGUAUAUUAUAUUGAUUGGACGAUAUUAUUCAAACCGAGGAUUCGGCAACAUGAAUUCACGUUCGUUUCAAAAGAUGAAAUUUCCGAUUACACUACAGGCCGUGCAAUGACAUGGAAUACACAAAAAACCAAAAUUAAUUCGAUUAAACGUCCAUACUUCGAUCAGUUCGACCGCAGUUUUAUACUCGGAUCAUGUUCAAAAAACCCGUUUACUAACUGGUCAUAGUCAAAAAUAGGGGCGGAGGCGCUAGGGGGAUUAGCCUUCCGAAAUUCAGCCAAGCCCCUCUAGAUCAGGUCCUUAAGCCCUCAUCCCUCCUUGAAAUAUUUGAGUUAUUUGCAUCUAUACGGUGCACGUUUCUGGCGACGGGCCAGCAGGCGGCCGCGACAUCACACGUUCCAGACGAAUUCAAUAUGUGCGGUAUUUCGGGAUCGUUUAAAUAUUGAAACUCAAUAAUAUAUAUUGCUAUAACCUAUCGCGAGGACUAUUGUCGUUAUUUUCGAGAGAAUCAAACGUAAAAUACGCCGCCCAGCUUGUCAAAAACCAAAGUGUGCCGUCUGCGUACUCGAAUUUUACGCGAAAACACAUGCACGAAAACCGGCAAACCUACUGCGGUUUUCUCGUGAUCGAUUGAUUUUUUUUCAACGUACCUUUGAUUUGUUUCGUGAAUAAAACCUUCGAAUUUCGUGGUGUUAUUUUAUUACCGAUCGUUUUCAGAACCCCCAUUAAUAUCACGGACGGGCCGGACCGCACGUGCAGUUUUCGUCGGCAAUAGGGAUUCGGGUUUAUUACGUCGUCGGAGCAGUUUGCGUACCGGAAAAAAAAUCACCGGAACACGUGUUUCGUUACCGAAUAUUCUUCUUGGCGAGUUCGAAAAUAUCUAAUCGCAGUAUUGAAAAACUUUUAAUACGUCAUGUCAUGUUGGUUUGGAUCACUAGAAAUAUUUUGUUCGCGAUUUUUAUCGACAAAAACGAUAUUGUCCAUAUUUAACUUCGGUACUUCUUUUUCCCGUUAAAUUUAAUUGCAUCAAUUUGGAUCCAAUAUAGUAUUAAAAUCACUGCCGAAGUUUUUUUCGUUUUCUUUAGUAGACAAAUACUCGCAAUCGUUGAAAAAUCAAAUUGAUUUUAUAUUAAACGGUCGAACCCGAUUCGCUUUGAUAAGUAAUAUUAUUGUGUCGGUUCUGAUGCCGUUGCACGAUUCGAUUAUUAAGUUACAUAAUUAAGUUAUGUAUUACAAAAACGGUUUUUCUUUUCGGGGGUUUUUUUUUUUUUUUAAAGACACAUUUUAAAUAACGUUAAUUAUUAUUUUAAAACUAAUAAAAUUAAGUAAAUACUCGUAUUCAAUAGAAUAUUUAAUUGUUUUAUCUUGUACAUAGAGGUACUCGCCGCGUGCCGAUUCUAUGCAAUUUGUAAAAUAUUUUCAAAAACAGUUAAUAAUAAUAUAAUACAAUUAUGACGACGACACGAAUACAAAAUAAUUGAGUUCUCCGGCGUUUAAAUUAUUAUUGAAAGUUUUGAUAUAAAUCCGUAUGAAAUAGCGCGAGACGCGUUCAAUAAUUUAAUUAUUAUGAACAUUCGUUGAAUAGGGUGAAUAAUUGAAAAUCAUGGUUUUUUUUUUUUUUUUUUCAUUAAAUACAUAUUUAUUAAUCAAAGUUAUUAGUUUAAAUGUAUGUAUUCAGUAGCACCACUACAUAUAAUUAUACCAUAUUGUAAUAUAGACUGAUAAAGUAUACACAAUUUUCAUAUUUACUGUGUGAAAUUAAUUUUGUUCAAAUUAUAUAAUAUUUAUAAAUGAUUGUCCUUAGAAACAUUUUAACAUUUGAUACAUGUUAAUCCCAUCUUAAAUUAUAGUACAACAUUAAAACUACAUACUUAACUUUGGUUACUCCUAAUUUUAAAACAGUUGGACUGUAUUUUUCUUUUAAAUAUUUAAUUUUGAUGUAUUGAGCUCUCUUACCCUGGCACCCGACUUUGAAAUUUCGAUUUGAAAAUAAUGUGAUGGCAUAAUUUAAUAACUUAUUGUAGCUUGUUACUUGAAAUUCGGAAUUUGUUAUCCCAUUUUACCCUCCUAAAAUGGUAUUUUUAUUUCCUGGUGUAGAAGUAAGCUUUCUUCAUUACCCCGAAAAGUCAAGAAUGUACUUAGAGACAUUAAAUCGAUAUGAGAUUGAUACCACUGACGACUUUGUCACAUGAGAUAAGUAAUAACUAUUUUACUUGUUUUGUUAUUAUAUCUCGCCAUCUCGUUUAUACUCGUAUGUUAACUCAAUCGAUCGCCUAUAGACUAAAAUUAAGUGCUGAUAACCUUUAUUAUGGUAGUGAAUAUUGAACAUGAAUAUCCCGAAUAACUCCAAUCUAAUAAAAUAUAUCAUAUAUAGUUUCAAUUAUACAAACUCUAUAUUAAAGGUAAUACACUAAUAUUAUAACUAACACUAAUAUCAAUUAAUGUGAGAAAAUGUUUGAACACUCUUAUAUAAAAGUGAAAAAUGAAAAUAUUUUAUAAUAUACAAUAAGAUAAAUGUUUUUAUAUUACUUAGAAUGGAUAAAAUACAGUUUUUAAUAUUUUUACUCAUAAUGUUAUGAAAAAUAAAGGUAAUUCGUAUAAUACGUUUAUCGGAAAUAAAUAGAAAUCUAUUUAGUAUGAAAAAUUAAUAAAUUGUCGAACAUUUUCUCGUGAAAAUGUACAUCAGUACAUCCUCAGUUCUUACUACUGUAGGUACGAUAAAUCACAGCCUCGACUCCCUGCAAUUAUGAAGGUACUAUAACCUGGUCAACGAAGCAACGGCCAAAACGGUGUUUUUGACAUUUUCGGCAUCAAAAUCACGGCGGGGAAGUUUUCGAAAGUUUCUACUACGGUCUAACCGACUAUAAAUAAUAAUUGUUCUUUCAUUUCCUUCUUUUCAUUUAUAUUUUAAGACCGUGCACGCGAAACGAUUGUUAUAUUCAUUAAAGUUUUGCGAGUUUUGUCGGUUUCUUAUAUAAGACCCACACACCAAGUGACAUGUAUAUUAUAUAUAAGCAACCGUAUAUAACUUUCGUUUUAUCAAGAACUUUUAUCGACACACAUUUAUUUUCACAAACCUUACUCGUAUUAUAGGUGUGUUACGCGGUCAAAGUAUAUUAGAAAAUCUGGACACUUAACACAAUACCCGAAUAUUUUGGGCGAUGUAAAAAUAAUCAUUUUAAUACUACACUUGUUCCUAUAUUGACCGCGCAAAGUACUCGUUAUGAUUUUCCUCGAAUAGACGGAUGUCGCCUGAGUGCAGCUUAAAAUGACCUCUUUUUUUCCUUUUCCAUAUCCUAAUUUUGGCCCGUAAAAAGUUUGUAAGAAACACUGUUUUAAGUGAUUACAUAUUAAAACUAAAUAAAUCCCUUGAUUACGUUUUAUGUAUUUUGAUAUAAAUACAUUAAAACGCAUUCACACGAGCUAACAAUAUUUGGCACGAAUAGUGCUUUCCAGUCCAUAAAAAAUAAAAAAGCAUAUAAAAUCAAAUAUUGCGAAGCUAGUCGGACGCAGUUGCAGUAUAAUAUAUUGUACUGUUGUUACGUAUUAUCUUAUAGUGCCAGUGUUGUAUGGUAAGUUUGGUUAUUCGUCUCAUAAAAUGUUUUACGAAUAGAAAUGUUCAACAUUUUAAGUGAAAAAGAUAAACCAUUAUAAGUAAUAAUUAUGAACUUCAAAUUUCGCUUUCAUACAAUUUUAGCAAAUAAAAUAGAAAAAUGUUGUUGUAUAAAUAAAAAUUGUAAAUUAAAUCUAGAAUUUCGGAAACUAAUCUUACUCGCAGUGUUACAUUUAAUAAUAAAUGAAAUAAUUCCUUUCCUUGAAACGAAUUUAUUUGCUUUUAAAAUCCCUAAUAAACCGAUUAAAAACGUCAAAAAAUCCUAGAAGAAUAGUUUAAAUAUUUUAAAAAGCAAAAAUGGUGAAGAGGUUUAUAAGUUCCCUCUUUAAUGGCUCUUAUUUAUUAAAUACAAUUUUCUAAUACUUCAAAAAUGGCUAACACAAAAGUAAUUUUUUUAAGGAAAUUGUACGUAUUAUAAAAACAAAAAAAAAAAUUACAAUGAGUUAUUAAUUUUUGUAGCAUUAGAAAAUUGUAUUCAUUAAGAUAGAGUCUUUAAAAAGAAGACUAUUAAAGGCUUUUCUGACGUUUUUAAAUAGUAUUUUUUUUUUUUAUUAUAAGUCCCUAACAAGUUAUAUUAUAAAUUAACAAUCAAUCUAAUAUUACAUAAUGUUUUGUAAAGCUGGGAAAGUAAAUUAAUAACAUUAAUUUAAUUAAAUUAAGGUAAUUGAAAAAAUGAACAAGCUACACGUUAAAAGGUGUAUACGCUAAUCUAACUUUGCGAGGUAUAUUAGUAUUAAUACUAAUUAACUAAGUCUAGUUAAAAUAUGAUUUUAAAAUAUAAGUAAUUUUUUAAUAUAAGUUCAAUUUAUUUUGUAAAACAUUAUGAUUUCCAUGGUAAAACUGAUUGAACCUGAAGUUUAAUAAGAAUUGAAUACGAGGAAAUUAAAAUUAUAUACCUAACAUAUUUAUUUAAUAUUCUAAAUUUCACACAUAUUUUAAGUAAAAAAAAUAUACAUUAUGUUGAAUAAAUAAAUGUAUUAAUAAUAAUUUAUCUUUAUUAUGAAUUAUGAUGGUACCUAUUAUAAUUAAUUUAAAUUAACUUAGAGUAGUGUAACUUAUAAUUAUCUAUUAAUAUAAAUGUUUCAACAGCUUUGGUAUUAUUUAUGCUGAAAUAUAAUCUGUCCGAAUUCUCAGCAGGAAUCAAUUAACGGGUUUUAUUGAGUGAUGACCUUUUUUUUUUUUUGCGAUCAUCGCUAAAUUUUCGUCAAUCAGUCCUCCCAAUAAAUUCUCGUUUACUCUAAAAAUAAGUUUGUCUACGCCUAUGAUCGUUAGUAUUAUAUAGAGUUUAAUAUAAAGUUUUUUGAAAGAAAUCGAUAAAAAAAAAACUUUCUGUGGGGCUCUCUCCCCAUUUAACAUUGGCUGAUUGGCGACUUGGGCUAUAGCACAUUCACCUUAUUGGUUAAUCAGAGCUUGAUCCCCAGUAUUUAAAAAGAAGUGUCCCUAUUUAAAAAUCAAAAGUAUAUAGUCAUUUAAGAUAAAGGAGCUAUAGAUAAAAAUUUAAAAAUUAUGUUAAAUUAAAAAAUGAUUCCAUGUACCAUAUAAUGGUUGAAAACUAAAACAGAAAACGAAUUUAAUUAAAUUUCUUCUAGCUGAUUCGUGAUAAAUUGAUCAUUCUGUAUAUUUGUACCGGCAACUGUUCAGAGAGUAGUUGUGCAGGUGCAUAAUAUAAUAUCAUCAUCCCGUGAAAAAUAAAAACUUGUAGUUACUUGUACGUUUUUCUUGUAGAACAUAUUAUUAUUAUAUUAUCCCGUGUCGUGAAUAUAUCAUACAUCAUCGAGGUUAGUUUUUUCUUGUAGUUCGUAUAUUAUACGAAUAUAUUUUAUUGUUACCUUUGUAAAAUAUCAUAAAAAAAAAAAAACGAAAAACAUAUUACACGCUGUUAUGUCGCAGUCAAAUGUCGUGUUAGUUUUAACCUGAUAACGAUGGUGGCGGCGGUAGACAAAUUCAGAUGGACAUUAAUAUACGAAUAAAUGUAUUAUAACCUUGCUACCUGUAAUAUUUUACAGAAUUUAAUAUUAAAUCUGAAUUUCAUCCUUAAAACUGUUAUUACGCGUCCUCGUUUCGUAAAAACACACCCAUAAACAGUUUAUAGAGCUCCAUCACUAAAAUUCGAAUUAGCCCUUACCGGACUAGUCACCGUAAAUGCAUUUAAUUUUUUUUUAUUUAGAUUUUGUGCAUAGCGAAGAUUAGAUUGGUUUUAUGGAUGUGUGCUUAUAUUUUAUUUGUUGUCUCAGUGAACAACUUUUCUACCAGAAAACAUCAACAAAUAAACCAAUACAAAAACAAUGGAUAAAAAACAACUAAACCAAAAUCGUAUCACUUUAAUUUGCCUAUAAAACAGAGUUUGUAAUUUUUUGAUUCUAUAAGGAUCCCUUAAAUAGGGUCCACAAGUAGCAAGAAUAUAAUAUUAUCCUUUAUGUAUAAAAACAAAUGUUCUUUAGUGAACUAUAGUAGACAGUCUGUAUGGACUCAAAAAUGUUUGAAUCAAUCGGCACCAAAUUUCGCAUAUGUAUAACUCGAUGCUCUGAAGAGGGUUUGUAGUAUAUACACAAAUAGAGGGAGAGCUCGACGAACUUGGUACACCAAUGAUCAGCCAAGCCCUCUAAAUUAUGUUCCGCAUACACAUUCCUCGAGACUCGGGGUGGGUUUGUAGCAAAGCUCAGAACGCAACCACUGAGUAAGGAUUUAUUCAAAAUUGAACCCAUAAUGAAAGAAAAUAAAAUUAAAGAAAACGCAUUUUCAAAAAUGUACGGAAAAAUAACAGUUGACUCCAUUAAUAGAGACAGGGAUGGAAACAAGGAGUCAUGGAAAAAAAUGUCUUUAUUUUUUGUUCGUCCAAUACUGUUACCGACAAAGCUGUACGGGACAGCUAAUCUGAUAUAUAAAAGCAAUGAUCAAUUCCUUCCCUAUAUUUUCAAAAUGUUGAGCAUUUGCUUAACUGUAAAUGCAUAUAAAACCCACACACACAUAAAUCAUUUUAUUUAGAAAAUGUAUUGGAAAUUUCGAAAAAUGUUUCAAAUAAAAUGCCAAUCUGUAAAAAUACACAUAUUUUAAUGUGUAAUAUGAAUAAAUCUGAACAAUUUCAUUAAAAGUAAAUCAUUUUCUAAGAAAAAGAAAUAAAUCUUUGUAAAAUUAAUAGCUUUUUAAGCUUCUUCGUUAUUCUCGAAAUCUAAAUAAUGUCAUUAAAAAAAAAAAAAAAAAAAAUGCAGGAUCGUCUACAGGUUAGUAAACGUUUUUUUUUUCUCUCACUCUCCUUACUGAUAUAUCGAUAGCGCUUACACGUAAGACAUAAUACCUACAAAGGUACUGUAAUAAUUAAUUUUUUUAAUUUUUUAAUAGCGAUGAGGAAAACAAUUUUUAAAAAUAUGAUCCUACGGUAAAUGUGUUUGCGAAUUUCAAUACCUAUGAAACGACUCCCUUUUUUUAUUAUUUUUACUUUUUGACAAUUUAAAUGCUAUAUAUCCCCGAAACGGAAGUCGACCUACGCGUUAGAAGUAACGUUUUGUUAGAAAAAAACCAUCUGCUACGUCACGAACUGUGUAGUACAUUUUAUUAUGCAUUUAUUUUUUUUUUUUCGAUCCAAACUUAACUGCCCAUUCAUUUAACCUUUUGCACAGCAGAGAAAAAAAAAGAAAUCAUUAAUCAACCUUUUUUUAUUUUUUUUUACGGCUUUCGCGCCCGUUAAAGGACGAAAGACUCGCUUUACCCCGUGGCCGAUGCGUAUAUAUUAUUAUAAUAUAAAACGAAGGGUUCGCUCAUAUUGUAACCUAUAUAUAUCUACAAGUUUCCGCGAUGUCAAAUUUAAUAAUAGCAUCGUUUUUAUUCGUCGUUUUACACGCGUGCAUCUACUUUUCAUAUUUCCACGGGGUUUUUUUUUUUUAUUUUUAUUUAAUAUUUGCUACAUUUUAUACGCCACGCCGUCGCCGAUGUGUCUUUGCCGAAUUACCGAACUGCCGUCGCUAUAAGAGCAAUGAACUGUUCGCUUUUAAUGAGAUUUCCCUCCCGUAACGUGUAAUGAUUUACGACUUGGCAAAAAAUACGAAACGUCUAUAAGGUUUUUUUUUUUUUUAUUAUUUUCUUAACGGGGCGACAUUAGUAAAUAUCCUCACGAACGCGGUUUUUGGAUAGCUUACGUGUAUAUAUAUAUAUACACGACUAUAUAUUAUGCAUUUUAUUUAACGCGGAGUAUUUUGUGAUUUUAUCGGGUUAUAUAAAUACAUAAUAAUAUAUGAAUUGCUUAAUGCCGAAAGACCCGCACAUGUUUCCAAUUUUCCAAGAAAAACAAAACUUCUUGAACGCCUAGAGAGAUUUAUAGAAUUUCAUAAAAAAAAGUUAUAAAAUCUUACUGACAAUAGUACCUUACACCAUGACAUCAGUGAAAGUUAACAUGAAAUUUUUUUGUCCUGUUUUAGUAUUUUUGUUUUUCUAGAAUAAUUUAAAAAUUUGAACAUGCACUUGGCCCUUACCGAACUUAACGAUUCACAUAUUAUUAUUCGAUUAACUGUAUUACGAUCUGUAUUAGGACAGGUAUAUAUUAUAACGUCGUUUGUGACUUAAUAUUAUGUCGUCGUGUCGAUUUCUCAAUCGGUUGUAUUGUAUUGGUACUUACGGUAUAGUUACAAACGUUGCAUAAAAGAAAGCCAGUAACAGGGGGGAGGGGUUCACCCUCUCACCCCAAAUUCUUAAAGUGGUGUUCUUAUAGUAUAACAAAUACUAACUACAAGUUCAUGUAUAAAAACAUAUUUUACCCCCUCCUCCCUCUGAAAAUUAAUCCUGAAUACCUGCUUGGCUCUGAUAAUAACAAGACAUUUUGAGUUUAGUCAAUUUGAAAAUCAAUUUUCAUUCACAAUAAAACAUAACAAAAAAUAACAAAACGCAAUCGCUUAAUACUCGUAAAAAAAAAACUUCUGAAAAACUAUAUUGUGUGACGGGCGGUAAAUCCAAUGUUUAUCAAUAUUAAAUAAUCUUGCAUUUAUAAUACUUAUUAAAUCUACUUAUGUUUGUUUAUUUCGAAAUAAAUUGUAUAUUUAUUUAGUGACGCAACGGGAACUUAUUUUAAGGAGAUGAUGGGAGGAGAAGAGAUUAUGAAUUAUAGUAAAAUAUAAAUAAAUAGGUUAAGAGCACGAAUAAUUACACAACUAUUUACAUAUUAGAUAAAAUUCUUAGGUAGAUAAAAAUCUCAAAUUUCGGGGUGAAGGAAUAGUAACAUCAUAGACACCACUUAGACCACGGUUAGCCACUGUAUGAUAAUGAAGAAUAAAGGCAUUAUUUUCAGACAAAAUAAAGUUAAACAACAAUUUUUUGUAUACUCAAAUAAUAAACAAUAAUCAUUAGGCGAGUUUUAAACUUGUUUAUAAAAUAAUUUUCUUUUUAUAUAAUAAGACAUGCUUUAUGUAAGUUCAAUAUUUUUCAUUUUACUGUGACUCUUCGGAGACUUAAGAAUUUUUUUCUAAUUUAAAUUUUGAUAAAAUGAUUGACAAAUUAUUGCAGUAGAAUAUAAUAAUUCGAGUAGACCUUGACACAGAAGAAAACUAUUCAACUCAAAUCGUGUCAAUAAUAAUAUUGUCAUUUCACUUUUACAACCAAAUUGUAAUAAAUUAUUACGAGAUAAAUUUUAGACUCUGAAUGUGACGAGAAAGCAACUAUAUUUUGUUUUCUUGAGAAGUAUUUUUUCUCGGAAAACAAUUUUUUGACGAGCAAUAAGCUCAAAUUUGUAUAACCUAUAAUAUUAAAAACUUCGAAUAACAAUAUUACAUAUAGUAAUGUUACUUUUAUCGAUUUCCCGAAUUCUCUGACUAUAGGGGAGAAACACACGACAAACAACACUAUAACCCUUAUCUGAUUACCGAACUCAGCUUAAAUCGUUUUAUUUGUUGCUAUAUUAUCGUUUUUUUACAGUACCUAAGCUGAAUUACCAUAUAUAUAAUGCAAUAUAAACUUCACAUCUACAACAUUGGUUGUCUCGUAGUGCAAAGUAUGUCCGGUUUACACUUCUUUAGUUUACACAAAUUUAUUUUAGAAACAACAAUACGUAUCACAGCGUGGGAUAAUAAGAUCACUAUCAGAAUCACCGUUAACAAAAUCUGUAGACGGGUGUGACUAAUAAUAUUUCAGGUCUAAAUAACAAAUUUGGUAAUUUCCAAAAAUGUAUUUGAUAAAUGAUACAUUGAUAAUGUAUGGUAAAUUUCACGAUAUUUGCUUAAUAAAAUACCAAAAUUACAACCAAUAAAUGUAUUUAUUUUGUCGACUCUAAAAUUGAAUUUUAUUGUUUAACUACCGAAUCAGUAGUGUAAAUUUCCGAGUUGUUAGGAUCCGAUAUGCCUCUCUCAAUCACCGGGCAUGGUCAAGACAUUGGUUGCUUUUGAGUUUAUAUUUUAUUUUAAACAAUAGUAUUUGUUUGAAUGAAUAAUCAAUGUUUUGAUUGUUAAAUUGUAUUUUUUCGUACAAAGCGUAUAGGUAAUAAUUCCGUCGUGAUAUUUGUAAUAAUGUUUUUUUUUUUCAAUUCUAUUCUUUUCACUUUACCGAAAAGUUUGACAAAAACAAUUUAAAUUCGUAUUUUGCUCUUUCUUUUAUUUAACAAAUUAAUUUAUUCAUUAUAUAUAUAUUCUGUUGAUUGUAAAUUCUGUGAUCACUAAUUUAAACCAAAACUAUAUAAUAUCCAAUACCAUAAUAACAAAUUUACUGUACAGCAAUAUUAAUAAUUAAUGAAAAAUCAUUUCGGAAUUGGGUUCGAGAAACACACAGACGAGUUUUGGAAAGCGGAACAGCAGCUAUAUAAUAUCAUUUUCUCGUCUGAAAUCGGUAUAAUAAAACGGUUAAAGUCCCCCCCCCCAUCUCUAUAGAUUACGUUCAUCUUCCGAGUCGGUCGCCAAUCGGUUUUAUGAUCCAUAAAACGACCUUUGUAAAAUGUUAUGAGUAGAAUCAUUUUUCCUAUCAUUAUUGAGUCUAGCAUGUUAUAUAAACUACACUUCACGGUGUUUUUUUUCAAUUUCAAUUUUACUUUAUUUUAUUUUUUUAGUUAGUAUAUUAUAAUACUCCCCCCACUCCCUAUUUAGGUUUAUAUACUGUGUAAUAUUUUUAUUUCUCUUUGGUUUGUUAAAUUUCAUUUUUAGAACUACCUACUAAAAUAUACAAUCGACGAUUUACGUCUAUCGCCGUCAAAGAUAAUAUUUGUCAAAAAGCUGGAAUCUAUUUAAAACAAAACAAAUUGUUCAGUACAACUUCGUCCGGUUGCAGUAUAUUUUUACUUAAAUCUAUUAGAUAGGCUAUUUAUUAUCCUGCCUUACUCCUCCGGUCUAAACUUUAAACUAUUAUAACUCAUAAACGGUACAUCUAAUGUUAAUCUAGUGUAUAUCAAAAGUUUUAGAAAAAUAGUCUUUAUUGAAAUAAAGCUUAAACGAUUUCAUAAUGAUUAGAAUAAAUACAGAAAUCAAAUUCACCUAAAAUCCUCUGAGAUAAUUGCUGGUUCACGAUAAAAAACAAUCACCCCGUAUUUUACCUAUCGUUUCUAAUAAAUAUAAAAAGUUGCGAUUUAAAACGACUUCUUUAGACGAUUCAAAUAUUUAUCUCCGAUUUAACGGCUCGUGUACCCUAUUUACCGAGAUAAUAUAAAAGAUAAAUUUAUACCUAUCUAGAUAAAACCCGACACCGACUACAGGUUACAACUUAAUGACGUCGAGAAAGUCGUGCAAGUUGAACUCAAUCCACAUAUAUUCAAAUAAAAUCGAGUGUAUGCGUCACUGCAAAUAUAUCGUUUAUACAUAGGAUAUAAUAUGUUUAGGAGACAGAAUUCACUUUGCUUAAUUACUUAUCUCUUUAUGUUUACGCGUUAUUCGGUUCAUUCGUCAACGUAUACCUACACACAGCACCGCAGAAAGCUAAUAUUCACGUCGCCGGUUUUACAGAAAGACGGCAAGUUUGAAUGAACACGACACACGCGACGUCGUCGUCGCCUUCCUACAUGCACCAUACACUGUAUACGCGUUUUCAGCGAUCUUGCGGUGGCCUUAAGUUAAUGGACGCGAUAUAUUAAAUCGUCAAAGGCUCUCCGAAAACGCAUUGGCUAGAUGGUCUAUAGAUAUGUCUUAGCUUUAUUAUACAGUAUCGCGCUGAGCUUUUAUACUCUAUAGAGGGCAAACGAAAAUGUUAAGCUAAAUAAUAAACGAUAUUUAUAUUAACCAGUGGUCCUGUGUCAAUUUAAUUCCCUUGCCGCUUUUUUUUUUCGACCGUUUAAAAAUAUAUGUUUUCAAAAAUCCUUUAAAAAACUCGAAUCAAGUAUAACAGAUUCAAUUUAACGUUUCUACCCGUUUACAAUCCCCAUCGUGAUCACAAUUAACGGUUUUCGUUGUUUACUUGCCCGUGAUAAUUAGAUGAUCAACUAUCCUAAUAUCUGUUUUUGUUAUUCAUCCGUGUAACACGUAAAAACGUAAUUUCUCGCUCUAAUUGCUUCUUUAUUGUUGAAUUUUUUAAGAUUUAAAAAAAAAGCAUUUUAAAAAUGUGUAUUUUUUUUAUUUUUUCUGAUAAUAAAAUUAAAUCAAAUUUCGAAUUCGAAUUAGUUCGCGUUUUAUAGAAACGAACGAAAUUCCAUCUUAUUUUAAUAAGAUAAUAAUUAAUAAUAAUCUUAUUAAUUCCAACUAUUGAUUUCGAUUGAAUUUUGACCUGUUAAUUAGGUUGAAAAAAAGACCGAAGAAAAUAGUCCAAAGUUUAUUAAGUUUAGUCCAACUAUUAUAACAUUCGACGCCCAGAUUUCUUUGCUUAGUGUAUAGUAUAAAACGACUCACUGAACACACAUUUCGCUGUCGGUCGUUUCACUUUUUCGAGGGUUUCCUUCCCGUUUGGCAUUUUCUAUAAAAAUAUAUAUAUAAAUACGAGAAUGAUAUACUGGUGAUAUUCCCACGGGAUCAUGUUGUCAAUAAUAUAAUAAGAAAUAGUGACAGCGGGAAGUUAUUGUGAAAUUUCCAGUGUUAGGUAUAUAAACGAAAUAUAUAUAAUAUAUAUAUAUAUAUAAAGAUUUCAGAUUUGGUAUAUGCUGUCACUUUAAUAAUUGAGGACGGUGUGAGAACAAAAAAAUACUUUUUUUUUUUUUUACAGAAUCGAUUUUAAUAACAUAUACAAUAUAAAAUACUUUCGGUAAGAUAUAAACACCCAAAAAGAAUCCAAUUAUUAAAAAUACUAUGAGAAAACUCGCGACUUAACAUACCCUAUGCACCAACAAAACAAAAUUUGGUACAAACCACCUGUGAAGGUAAUAAUCGGAGCAAGAUUACCAGCAGUAGAAAUGCAGUUUAAAGAUACAAAAAACGAAACGCAUCAUAAUAAAACCAAUACAUUUCUCACUAUACGCUCGAAAUCUAAACCGGAUAUAUAGUUGUUUGUUAAAGGAUUUUCAGAGAGCUUUAUUGCUUUUAAAUUUUUUCUGAAUGAGUGAAUAAUCGAUAUUUCACAAACUUUCGGUUUAAAUUACUGCGGUAGGCGUAACGUGAGAAAGUUAUUGGUUUUCUAACAGUGCGCCUGUACGUUUGGUUUGUUUUUCUGAGGAAAAUCGCAUUUCAGAACAGUAUAAUAGUGUUUUAAAAGUUAUCUAUAGGUAUUAUAUUUGAUUAUAUAUAUAGUAUAUACAAUUGUUUGUGGAAAUUGGAUUUAGAUUGUAUUUCGAAUGUAUCACUUCCAUUAUUGUACGCCCGUGAAAAUCAUAAAGAAACCUAAAAAAUAAAAAACCUGCUAAGUUUAUGAUCAAAGAACAUAAUAUAAGUAUUGUAGAACCUCGAUUAUCCGAACAAAUUUGGACCACACCUAGUUCGGAUAAGCGGAAUUUCGGGGACUGGAAAUUUUUUAAAAGAUUUAAAAAGCUGAAGGCAAAACACUUUAAGUAUGUAGAACGUAAAAUAACGGCCGUUGAUAUUAUGUACAAAAAUAAUAAAAUAUGUAUUAAACGCAUAAAAUACCAAUUAUUGUAUUAUGCAUGUAAAGGUAAUGUGAUACUAAUAAUUUGCGACACAAAUGAUAAAAUCAGUGUACCCGCAGCCGCUAUAACGUCCGGAUAAUUUAGGGUUCGGAUACAUCAAUUGACGCGUAUCGGCGUUUGGAUAAUAGAAGAUUCGUAUAACGGAGGUUUGGAUAAUCGAUGUUCUACUGUAUACGGAAAAAUAACACGUUAAAUGUCUAACCUGCAGACACGUCUCAAAGCGUAGAAAUACAAGAAAUAAAUAUCAACUCUCAGUUAAAAAUAACUUGGCCAAAUAAAAAAAAAGUAGUAGGCACGUCAUCGUCAUAUUUCGAUUCGUUUAAUCUUUUGCUGGAUACGUUUUUUUUUUCAGUAAAAAGCUUUUAUUAAAUAUAUAUAUAUAAUAUUGUUUUUCAAAAUUUUACACAGCAGACGAAGAAUCCUUCGAUCCGUUUAAACAUUUUUCCGCGACAUUGUCUGUGGUUUCGAAAAAAAGCAAUUCGCUCCUUAACACUACAAAUUUUUCUUCGCGUAAAUUUCCCGCGUGAAACAGAUCGAUACUCUACGUCAAUGCGAGUUUUCCCUAUACAUAAAAAAAAAAAAACACGUUUUAUCUACAAGGGGAAAACCCAAUCAUGGACAUUUUUAUUUUAAUCCACGCGGACGAAAGUUAACGGGUGUGGUAAAAAUGUACGUUUGCAACCGUUUCGAGAUCUUCUUCCCCGACACAUUUUUGAUGUUCCUUUUCCAGUUUUAUAAUACUAAUAUUAAUAUAUUUAUACAUGAUGGAACAACGGAUAAAACGUGACUUUGCAGGAGUGUUUAGCAGUUCGACUGACGCUGCGGGUUGAGUUGCAGUUAAAUAAUUUAUGCUCGAAACAUUGGCCCUGGGAAAAGAUAGAACUUUGAAUUUAAUUAAUUAGUGCCGGUGUAUAACUGCAGUGCAUUCGAGAAUCGAAACAACAAAAUGCGAUAUUAUGCAAAACAUAUUUGGCGAACUUUAUCACGACGAAAGACGAAUAAUAUAUUAACAGAGCAUAAAAUAUACCUUUAUAUUUAGGAAUAUAGAAAAAAAAAGAACAAUAUGGAAAUAUGUAGGCGUUCUCUCGGAAACUGAAAAACAUCCGGCAGGUACAAAAUAUAAAAUAAAGUAAAAUAUUGUGGACUUUAAACUAAAUGAAACACAUUUCGAUAAAAUUACUUUUGAACUUUCAAUGUUUAAUUUCUACGUUUAAUAAAUUAAUAUUUGAAUAUAUUUUUAAAAAAAUAAAAUAAAAUAGAAUAAAAUUCUUUAUUGAUUAUGACGAAGACGGGUGUUUACAGACUCGUUCGAAUUUGCCCCAAACCAAAACGUGAUCGAGUCGAGUUUGAGAUAUUUAUGAGAUUUCGUUUGGGUUCGCGGCGCUUCUGUGUAAACGGGGAUUUCAACUUUUCCGAAAAUCCGGCAUGUGACGGCGACAACGGGGAAUGAAACGUAAACGACAUUUUAACGAAAUUCCACGAAAAAAUUCAGCCGAGGUUUCGUAGGACCGCAUAUUGUAGCGACUGUAGAAGCGAUAAACUGGAUUAUAGAACUCGGCAUACUUCUAUGACGAGUUGCCACCAUUCCUAUCUCCUGUAUUUAAGACUUAUUCUUAUUGUUAUCAUUUUCGUUCUUUAUUUUGUAAUUCUAUACAUCAUUUAUAUUAUACAUACGUAUAUAUGUAUAUUCCAUGUUAUGUUACGCACAGCUGUAGUACAAUUAGGUAAGUCGAUACGUGUUUAAAGCCAUACAAAAUAAAUAAAUAAAUUAGUUUUUACGACGUUUUGGAUAGUUUGAAAACCAUAACGUACUUGUUAGUCUCAUUUCUUAAAUUUUGAUGCUGAACCCGCUACCCGUGGGAGAACUGUCUUUGCUUUACUUUUCCGAAAUUAUCAAUCUAUGUGUAAACCUACAUCCUAUUACCCAAGCGACAAAAAGCGACCACGGGUUUAGAUAAAGAAACAGGAAACCGUAAUAGCUAAUUAUCCUACCGGUCGGGUCAAAUCUGAUACGGGAAGUUUUCUCCAAAAAGAAAUUGGUGUACUAAAUAUAAACUUAAAAUCUGGGCGAUUAUCGAUGAAAAUCAAACGACGGAAUUUAAUGUCUUUUCGGACGAACUCGAAUAGGGUUUGUAAAUACAGAUCUUUUUUUGGAUUCUGAGUGAAGCAAAGAAGCUAUUAGUAAUAUAUAUAUAUUUCGGUUGAUAAAAAUGCUCAGAUUUUUUACACAGAAAUGCGCAUUUUUUACCAAGUAGUAUCUUUUGUGUUUGAACAAUUUUUCUAGAUCCUAACAGUUUUUAUUAAAAAUUUAAAUAUAACAAUAAAGAUCCAUAGAUUUAAUUUUUGAUGAUUCCUGGGUACAAUAAAAAAAAAAAAAAAACGAUACUAAAACGGGUUAUUUUUUUUUUUUUAAUUCAUUAAUUUUUUUCAUGGGGCUUUUCUAUGAAUCCUGGUUUCCUUCGGUUGCGUGGUGAUUAAUAAAUAAUAAUAAUAAAAUAUUGAUGCAUACGGCUCUAUUCGCACGCGGCCAAGCGUAUUUUGAUUUAUUUUCUUUAUGAUUUAUGUUUAAGUUUGGCUUAGCUUUUUUUUUCUUUUUUUUUUUUUUUUUUUUUUUUUUUUGAGAUUAGUUAGACAACUAAUUUAUUAUUACUACUAAACCUGGACUACGCCGGGUAACGACAGCUAUCGGUUUUAAUAAAUGGUGAACGUUCAAUACGGUUUUCUAUAAUAUUUUGGAAUAUCGCGAAAUGCCUAUAUAACCUGAUAUAUUGCAAUUUUAUAGUUCGAGAUCAACGAUUACGAUUCUGUUGAAUAAUAAUAAACCGAACAGAUAUUUUAAUUAUAAAAACGAUUCGUUUUAGGUAACGAUUGGCCGUUGUAGGUAAUGUUGUAAUAAUAAUAUUCUGCAGCUGUGUGUAAAAUUGUACAAUUCGUAUUUACGUAUAAUAUUUUCUAAUUUAAUAUCUAUUGAUUUGACCCAGGGGCGGUCAAACGUGGGGGUAUGAGGGCAUGAGAGAAAUAUAUCCCCCCUGACCUCAUUUCCCUUCAAUAUGCAUAGUAAAAUAUAUUAUUAUAUUAUCCAUAACAUAUUUAUAGCAAUUAUUUGACCGCUUUUGAUAUGACCAGUGGAGCACGCAGAGGGAUUAAAAGGUCAACCUACCCCCCCGAAAUGUCUUCUUUCGCGGCAUUUUUUUUAAAUCAAGUUUUGCAUUUAACAACAUAAUAUCUUAUAGGGCACAAUAAAAUAAAAUUCAAUUUAAUCAAAAAUCAUUUAUCCAACGAUAAUAGUGAUAAUACUGUACUUAUAAUAUGUGCUAUAGGAAAUUAUCAUAAACAAAACCUCUCGCGAAAAAAAUCCUAUGUGCGCUACUGAAUGUGAUCGUAUAUUAUGUUGGUGCACAAUAUACAUUGUAGGUACGCUUUUCGUCGUUAAUUAAUUUAAUUAUUUAGUACAGCUUUGUGUUCGACUGCAAAAAUAACGAUGAAAAACAAAACGAAUAUGUUCAGUUUAGAUUAUAUUAGUAAGAAAAAAAAUGUAAAUUCUAAUCUAUAGAAAAAUAUCGAAAUGUCAUAAUAAUACUAUGCGAUUGACGUUCGGCAGUAUUUUUUUUAUUUAAUGUUUUAUUAUGAGUGCGUUUGUUUUUUUAUACAUAUAUAUGUUUCAAAACAAUAUAAUUUUUUAAACUAUACAACACUAUGUACAUCAAAACAUACGUCAUUUGCAUUCAAUUUGUAAAUAGAAAAAUAAAAUAAACUCUGUAGAUUAUUAGCCUUUUUAUUUUUUUAUCUCUAAAUGAAAUAAAUAUUUCAUCGGAAAACCACUUUUUUUACCAAAAUACAAUGCAUUUUUUUAUUUCAAUUAUUUAAUUUUAAUUGUUGUUAAUACUGAUAACGUUUAUAUUUUGCAGUAUGCAUUGUGGAAAAACUAUUAGUUUUACUAUGGUGCAUUUUCUCCCCUCGGAAAACACUUUUUCGAUUAGUGAAAAUGCUGCAAAUAAUUCCCGUCACACCCUAAAAGUUAUGUAGAAUGUUCGCCUGGUGGUACUUUGUUCGAACAAUUAUAUUAACAGAUUCCCAACAGGGUUUUUUUUAAAUAAAAAAAAAAAAAAAGAUGACGUUGUAUAACGGCACGUGUGUUUUACUUUUGUUCAUUUCUGGGUUGUUCCUUUAGAUACACAGGAAAAAUAAAACUCGCGACUCAAAAUCGUUGUUAGAUUGCAACGAUUCAUCGUUUCUUCGGCAUACAAACUAUAUGAUAAAUAGUUACCCUGAUAUCCCACGUACUUUGUCAACUGCCCAAUGGCCUACGCAUGGUGCUAAUUAUGUGUCUGAAUAUUUUCACAGGGAAAUGUUUUGAUGACGGGCGGAUUGUUUUUUUUUUUUUUUUUUUUUAUUACCAAACUACCUAUACACAUUUAAAGUUUUUACUAAAUCGUAUUAACUUUAUAUCCGGAAAAUAUUAUUUUCGUUUAAUUUCGUUUUUUUCUUUCUUUGUGGGGAGUAAAAACUUUUAUAAGUAGGUAGUUUUUAAAUUCGAAUCUAUAUGCAAAAUGUUAUUAUUGUAGUACCAAUCAUGUAAUAUCUAAAUACUUGACGACGUUUCGGCGUUUAUAGUGCAGGGAACUCUCGUUAAAACUUUUGUACUCUUUCGAAAUUGAAUUCGGAUCGAAUGAUUCACUAUACAUAGAUUCACUAUGCAGUAUUAUAAAUAACUGUGUAUUUAUUUUAUUAAAUUAAUAUCGUUCGCUUUAUACUAUUGUGUACAUCGAGUCAAACCAAAGGUUACGGAUUAGACGAUCGUUAUACCGCGACCAUAAUACAAAUUUUACAUCCAUUUUUUUUUUUUUUUUUUUUUUUUUUUUUUUAAUUUUUUUUAACUUGUAGAGUAGAAAUAUUAUACAAAACUACACGAAUUACGACCGCGGUUGUAAAUACUUAUAUUUUUUUUAAUAUAUAAUAAUAUAAUAUUUAAUAAUUUUGAACAUGUGUGUGUAAUGCGUUUAUACGACCAAUGUAAAAAAAUAAUAAUUAUAACGACAUUUAAAUUGCACGGGUAUAGUCGAAAAUUCGAAUUUAAUUUUUCCUUUCCUCCAUCGACCACGAUAAUUUAAAUAACGUUUUGAUGGUAGUUAGUUGAGUUGUUAUUAAAUAAUAAUAUGAUCUCGCAAAUUGUUUGUUUUCGGUAAAGAUAGGCAACGUUGGAUGAGUCAAAAGUAGUAACGGGUAAAAUAUCUUUUUAUAUACCUACGUAGAAAGUAAGUUUUUUCACGCGUUACCUAAUGCGUGAAAAUAUCAGACCAUUUUUAUUAACCGAAAAAGUGUUUUCCAAGACAUAAAAAAAUCGUUUCUUAGUAAAACUAAAAUGGCUUUCUCGGUACACAAAAUAUGAAAAAAAAAAAUUAAUUUUGAAGUUUUUGUUAUAAUGAAACAGUAAAAGAAAAAUGUCGCCAUUAAAAUAUUAUAAUCGACAUCUGAGCGAAGUUUGGUUAAAGGCUAUAAACUGGUAAAAGGUUGUACCAGUAAAAUGUGUGUUUCUCCCAAAGGUUACCCAAAUAUUAACAAAAAUACAAUAGAUGUACCUUCAUUGGUUUUUAAUAUUGUUUUUAAUUAAUAAUGCUAAUGAAAAUUUGAAUUUGUAAGAGAGAAAUGAGUUUGCGAAAUAUCAUAAUUUAAUAAUGCUAAUACAUCCAUUGAUAUUUAAAAAAACCAGAAUAGCGCUGACGUUGCAAAAACUAUGGUCUUAUGUUCAAAUGUUAUAUCCCUAUGUAUUCUGUUUAAAAAAAUUAGUUCUGCGCUAAACCCGGCAAUGAUGUAACUAAUAGGUCGACCAAUAAAAAUGUCCCCGAGUUGGCCACUCUCUUAUUUAUCAAUAGUCUCUCUACAGUUUCGGUACAUUCUCCAUCCGUAUAACUAAUUUCACUCGGUUUUUAUUUGAUUUUGCAAUUUGUUUCGAAAGUUAAGUGAAUUUUUUAUUUUUUAUUUUAUCCUCGACUUUUAGUAAAUUUUUUAAUGGUGGUCUGUUUGUAUUGAAAUAUAAAAAAAACUACCUAUAAUAGUUUCACUAGCUUUUAAGAUAAGACAAAGAUAAAACAGUAGUAUUCCCGUAAUGAUAUAAAUAUAUCACCCGCAUAGCAUUUAUUUGAGAUUAUUUUUCCUAUACCAUAAAAUCUUAAAAUAAUUAGGCUGUGGCAUACUUCUAAAAGUUAUUAAUUCCCAUUAUUUUAUAUAAGUGAAUCAAUAGGGGUAUGGGUUAAUAACAUUUGAACGAUGUGUACAUAUACUGAUGUUAAUAAUGAUACGAUAACAAUAAAAUUAAGCCACAUAAAACCGUAAUCAAAUUUCGUUGAUAUUGUAGAUUGUACCUUUACUCAGCGGACGAUAUUUGAAGGAAGUAACGUAAAUUUAAGGAAACGAAUAUAAAGGAGUUGACAGAGAUCUUUUGACGCCCCGUUUUCGUUGUAUUUAAUCAUUACCACCCCUCCCACUCCUCUCCCAAAAAAUAAAUCGUCAAUUCACCACCGGCGUACAGAGUUAAUAAUAAUAUUGGCUUAUUCGGCCUAUUGUGCGUAUAUUUUAUAAGCUCGUAGCCGGUUUUAUUGACUUCGGGGCCGGCGGCGCUUCAUUAAUACAAUAAUACGCAAACAUCAGAAAUACGUACUAUAUUACGGUGACCAGCAAACAUUACAGUUUGUGGGAUUUACGAGCAAAGGACCCUAAAAGGAUUACCGUAAAGGCGUAUACACAUAACGAUAGACCCGGGCGCAGAUAAAUUAUGCGUCCGGUAUUUAAACGGUUGAUUUUAAUCUAUUUAAAAAUAACUGAUUUAAAAAUCAGUUCAUUCGGUGCGAUGCUGUGACAGCCGAUUGUAAUGGGAUUAGUGGCUACUUUUUUUUUUUUUAUACAUUUUGUAAAGCACUUUCUCGGAACUAAAUAUUAUUUAAUUGGUGCAUUAGAAAGGUCAUUUUUAAAAUAAAUAAAAGUUUCAACAGCAAGUUCAUUUGUUAAAAUAUUGUGUUUCUAAAUUUUUACUAUACAGAAAUUCCUGAACAUACUGGUAUUCUUAACCUGUAAUUAACAAUAAAAAAAGAAAGAACUUUUGCCAGAGGAUCUUCUUUAAGAUUUAAACGUCUGUUUGACCGAUUUCUAUUUACCGUCAAUGUCCAUUUUACCGACUUAACGGUACCUACUCGUGUAUACGGUCUGCUAGACAAUUUUCGCUUGGGCAGACACGAUAUAAUAUUAUUUCGUAGAAGUUUAAUGAUUUGUUUACUGUGCAAUGUUCAAGGUACGGGAGUCCACAUCAUAGCCGAUCGCAGAGCGUUCGAACACCCGGUAGCAAAAGUACGGUACAACUGCAAUUGGGACCCAACGGUAUACCGAAAAAUCGUUCCAACCAGCUGAGUUUGCCACAGCAAAGGUCCAGGGUUGCGAGUAUGCCAAAUACGGGCGUCGAAGAAGAAUACUAUCGGAUCCGUCAGUUUUCCAUUACGGGAAAAGGCAUCAUAAACCGGGGUGAUUCGCUGAAGAGCCGACGAUCAAAAUCUAACAACAGCGUGGCCUCCAGCAACUCGAGGUAAACUAUACGAUAUUUCGCUGUCGAUUUAUAACUUGUUAAGUUGAUUAUCGAUCAAAUCAAACAGUAAAGUAUUGUAUUUUAUACGGAGGUGAUACAAACUAGUUGAAGUUUAUUAUUAUCAUUUUUGACGAACUCUCCGCAAGUUUCCCGAUUUCGUUUCAAAAUAACGUUUAUAAACCGCACCCACAUAAAAUAUAAUAUUGUUCACUAUACUCUGGUUAAGAUUUUCAAAACACAUUUAUUUACACAGAAACUUCAAGUGCAAACGAUAUAUUAUUAAUCAUUUUUGAUUAUAUUUUACGAUAUUAAUUGUCAAAUUUUCAUUUACAUCAGUUGAAAUUGAGUGCUAUCUAUAUUCAUAAAUAAAAAUUGUUCUGUCUGUGUACGAUGAUUAUGAUGCACUACCAAAUCUUUAGCACGCAAUCCUCUUCAAAUGUACAUACGGAUCAGCACCUCGAAGCCAAAUUUCCGAAAUUCAAUCCCUAUAGGGUAGUUGACACAGGGUUUUUGAUAUUUUUAAAACGAUAAUAGAAUAUUUUUUUUUGAUUUAUGGGUUAGGUACUUGUGAUGGAUACAAUGAUAAUAUGAAUGAAAAAGAACAGUUAUUAUAAAUUUAUUCGGUUGUCACGGACAAUGAAGUAUGCUCUUUAAAAAAUAUAUAACCCGAUAAGCAUGGUUAACUGCGAAAUGAAGGGAGGUGGAAAUGGGAAGUCUCGGGAAAACAUGAGGGAAACACGUUAUUAUAUUUUUGUCUAAUUUUCCAAAAAAAAACAAGAACUUUUACACAGCUAUAUUGUGUCUGUCAAAUCUAUACUAAUAUAUUAUAAAGACGUAGGCAUUCAGAUAUUUGUCCGAGGUAAUCUCGAGUGCUACUCGUUCAAUCGUCAUGCGAUUUUUUUUGUAAAAUGAUAUUGCAGAGAAGAUUUUUUUGCUAUUGAAAUCCGCCCAUAAUGAUAACCAUCCAUUUGACCCCUCCUCACCAAAGGUUUAAAAAUUGAAACUACCAAAAUACAUAAUAUCAUCGAUAUAUACACCAUAAUUUACUAAAUUCCGUCUUCAUAGCUUUAUUCAGGAGGUCUGUAGGGGUGUACACAGUUGGAAGAACGCUUUCCUCUCCCCAUAACAACAUGGUUAAGUUCGUAAUGAAAUACAAUCGAAAUUCUAUCAUUUUACCAAUCUAUAAAAAAAAAAAAAAAAAAACUCUAAUUUCCAAGUUCGAAAAGAGGAGCCGCUAAAAUGUCUAAAUAAACAAUAAAAAAAAAGAUAUAAUACGUAGAUUAGACACAAUACAGUAAGUAUAACGCGAAGUAGUAUCUAAACGAAUGGCAGUUUUAUUCGUUAUUUCGAGAUUUUCGUUAUAUCGACCGUCGUUAUACAACGAGUUGGCUGUGCUCUCUAUUUAUGGGGAAAAUUCAACGAAAUCGGAACGCUUGAAGAAACGAGUUUGUGCUUUGCUGCUGUAGAACCGAGUAACAAGAGCGUGGAUAGAUAUUCCUUUCCGGUUCAAUCGGAUAGUCGGCAUUACACAGAAUUAAAGUAGCCGUGCGGGUAAAUUCGACACUACAAUGACGGAGAUCCGUUGCUCCCGGUUUUUAUUUAUUUAAUUUCUGUAGCUUAUACGAGAAAACCAUACGUGCCGUUGUACGGCAAAGCCGUCGCCGAAUAAUCAAUAAACAAUAAUAUCGCGUACUGCGGAGACGGCAGCGGCGAGACGGCCGUUUUAUGUAACGCGAGAUCGUUAAAACGCGACAAAACGGACUCGGGGGAAAACGGUCACAACACGCACACGCGCACGAACACGCACACACACACACACACGCCCGCGCGCGCACACAUCAGUAUUCCACCUGCUCGAAUUUUCUAUAUUAUAUACUCGUAUUUAUAUUAUUGCGAUAGUAAAAAAUGAAAGAAAAAAAAAAAACUGCUACAGGAGGUCGACGGUAACGCCGAGGACUUUUGUAUUUCGUAUUUUAUCGGCACGACGGCGGCGGCGGCGGCGGCGGUGGCGGUGGCGUUUGAUUACACGCGCGACGACAAUUCCGACGCCGCCGGCCGGCCUUUAUAUUUUUAAAUAGCCCGGCGGGACGUUUAUCGGGAUUUUAUUUUUAUUGCACUCGCCGCCGUCUCCGCCAUCAAUGUGCUUAUAUACUAUUAUUGCGCGGAGAGACGACUGUUUUUAUUGCGUCCCCGUGUACCACUGGCUGCAGCAACACCGGUCCCACGUGCGCGGUUCCACGGCCGCGCGACGGCGCGGCGGUACGUCGUGACCGGAAUUGCGGUCCUUUAUGUUGUUUUUGCACCGUACAGUGUAACACGCACGCGUUUCAAACGUCUUUCCGCAUUGUGUCCGCGUUGACGCGUCCCACAAAACCCGCGCGCGGAAGCCUUUCAAAUCUCGAACUUCGCGCCGUCAAAGCCAGGGGUUUCGAACGCGCGUUCCGACGAUUCAAUUUCAGCAAACUGUUUGCUCAUUUGAGUAAACAAUACGUUUUGGCGUUAUUAUUCAGUGCGCAACAACGUUUGGCAGGUACAUAUACGCAUUUCGACGGACCGUUUGCCGCGGAUCCGAUAAACACCCACGAGCGGUGUUUGUUUGCUCGGUAUCAUAACGUUUAAAACGUCUGCGUGUCAUCAGUGUAGUAAACAUUUUCUAGCAAAUAUUUUUUUUAUUUUGUCGUUUCGGCGAAUAACCUACAACGUAGUAGUAAACAAUAGCAAACAAAUGCAGCAAAUUGUUUACUGAAAAUUAUUAACCCGCAAAUCACGCCUAUCGUAGUAAUACGUACGUACAAAUUAUAGUACACACAACGUGUUUAACUACGCUCGCCACACCGAUGACCAAAAAUCAAAAAAACGGUAGCUUAACACGAAAAAAGAAAAACCAAAAUCUAAGAAAUGUGUAGAGAGAAAAUAAAAUAGUAGCGAUAUUUGAAUAGACUUGGCAAAACACGUGUGGCGUACGAAAUAAUGCGAGCGCAUAGUAUGAUCCAAGAAGGAGUAUAAUGGAAUCCGAAGAAUAAAAUACCGCUGUAGGAUGCGCAACACAGAGAUUCGCGAAUAGAGUACAACUUGCAAGGAAUAAGCUUGAUGGUGAAGAAAUGACAGUCGAUAGGCAUGGGCGCCCACGGAGGGGAGAAGAGACGGGGCACUUGCUUCAUCCUGAAAAAAUAACAUGAACUGAUAAUUUUAAUAAAUUGAAAUUAAAACCUUCAUUUAGCGUAUAUUAUGGGAAAUUGUUUUAUUUUUCCUUGCUCCUACCUGAAAUUUUACUUAUGGGCACCCAUGCUGAAAGGGAUUGAUCAUAGAUGCAGAAAACGCCUACGUUAUCAUGUAUGUAGCUGUGCAGCGGACGGCAUUUGAAUAGCGCUCCAUUAUUUUCACUCUACCCAAAAUUAGAAGUGGAAAAUUUCGUCAAUGGGUCGACGGAAAUUAAAAAAUCUCAAUAUCAAAAUGUAUUUAAAUUAAAACUUCGUUUAUUUAUAGAAUUUUCAAUAUGGGUUUCUAUUUGAAAUUCAAUAGCGGGUAGUUUUAUCCUCAAAAUAAGGUUAUGGUAAAAAGGUUAAUGUAAUACUUAAGAGUAUGUUAUGAUUAUAAAACGUUACACAAGUCGUUUUUUGAAAAAAUAAGUAUUUCGUGGAAAAUUUGUCUAUAACAUGAAAGACUUUAAAUGUAAAUAAUUUAUUUUUCCGGCUUAACUUUUAUUAUCCUGAAUUCUAAAAAUCAUUUUUCGCGUAAGUUAUUAUGUUCGAAAUAUAUUCAGUUAUCUCCAGGUACUUAUUAUUCUCGUCAAUAUUAUGUAAAAAAAAAAAAACCUAUUUCCAAGAAUGGGAUAGUAUAUACAUCAAAGUCAAUUAAAAUUAUUAUUUUCAUAAUGUAGCGCGAAAAGGAUAAAUAAAUUAUAAAAAAAAAACCCUGCCAUCCGUCCCAAAUUUAAAAAAAAAACUUUCUGCGAGCUACGAUAGAAAUUCGAAAAAUUGGUUUAAACGAGUUAUUUUUACGGAUAUUCAAUUUCCAUACAAACGAACAUAACUUAAUGUUUAAGGGCAUGACAUAAUUAAUUGGCGAAUUCUUACAAAUCGAGUCUUCCGAUAAAUUCAAAAGGGACACAAUAAGGUAUAUAAUAGUGUAUAACAAUUUAUAAACAAUAAUUUCCGUAAUUCGUUAAUUAAUUAUUCUUCCGAUUGCGUUUAAUAAUGGUAAUAUUAACGAUAAAAUUACAUAUGACGGGUUUUAUAAAAAGAAAACUAAUAAUAAUUUUAUCAAAAAUCUAAUGUCUUUGGAGCGUUGCGGGCCACCGAGUUCAGAAGUCUGUUCCGACUAGAUAUUUUACGUUUACUUUAAUAAUUACAUUCGAUGCUUUUGCGAGUAAAAUCUUCUCUGACAGGUGUCGUUUACGGUUAUUCGGGAGUCUUUCUCGUACACAGCCGGGCGACGGUUACGUUAGUUUUAUAGGCGUUGCUACCGGCGGCGUGGAUUCCGAGCGGACGAAAAACGUAAAUGGUUAAAAAUAUUACAGUUGAACCGCCAAAGUUAAUAAACGCGUCGGAACGGAAAUAAUAAUCAUAAUACUAAUAAUCUAUUAUGUUGCAGUCGCGAAAUUUCGAGUUGUAAAAUUUUGCAUUAACAUUACCAUCUAUCUACAUUUUAUCAUUAGCUACCGUACAUGUACAUUAAUAUAUAAUUGAGUAAAUUUUCAAAACGAAUUUGAGUCUACCCACCUCUAAGUUUACGGAAGUAUGCAUAUCUGUAAUAAUUUUCUUAGUUUAAAAUUUUAGAUUCUGAGCAAAGCGAGGAAUGUAUUGAUUUUACAACGAUAUAUGUAUUUGUGUAUGGGUCUGUAAAUCACUCCCUCCGAAAUCUUGCUCCAAUCAAUUACUUAAUAAGAACUUUUUUCUAAUAAUUUUUAUCUAGUUGGUAUCACGAGAAGGUUAUUAUUAUUAUUAUUUUUUUUUAUUUUUUUAGUUUUCGUAAUAAAUGAGUAAAACUGACUAUUUUCUGUUGAUUUUCGGACUAUUAAAUGCAUAGUGCAAGUGAAAAAAUACGACCAAUAACACUACACUCAGGUCGACUAGAAGAGAUAAAAAAAAAGAAAGAUAUAAGAUUUAAAAGAAAUUACCGUCCCUUGCGCCCCCUCUCUCCCACUAAUUCAAUCACUGGGUUAGAAUCGUUUGAUAGCAAUUGUGUUGGUAUAUAAUUGCGUACUGAUAUAAAUUAAAUAAAUCUAAGUAUGUAUAUUCCCUUCCAACCUCCCUUUUAAAACAAUGACACAUCCAUCAACCGUAUUAGACUUUCUUUUGUUCUUUUUUUUUUUUUUACAAUAAUUUUCCGUUCUGAUUCUAUUAUCAUGUCAUUGUAUUUUCUUUCUGUUACUAUAACGAUAAGUGGUAUUGUUAUUCAAGACAUCAAACUAUAUAUAUAUAUAUUACUAUGUAAGUACUUACUCGUAUUUUGGAAGUCAGUCAAAGUCGAUUAAAAGUUAUUCGUGUAAAAAUUAAAUAUUUUCUCGCCCCUAUAAUACCUCCUGUACAUCUACCUCCACGAUUGCAAAAACUCUUCGAUCGUAUAACCAAAGUUCGGGUCGUCUUAAUUAUACGAGUAUUAUCAUCACUUUCCCUUGCAGUUAACUUGACAUCAACAUUCUUAAUUACCUGACAUUAUUGGAUGGUUCUUUUUUUUUUGAUUUUUCAUAUCAACCGGGCAUACUCGGGAAUUUCUUUUUAUUCGAAAAUAUUAUUUGUACAUCUCAUUGUAAGAAUCGAAUAAUUAUAAUUAUUGAAUCUAUUAUGAAUAGAAACCGGACCUUUAACAUGAAUAGUUUUUAAAAAUGAAUUCAUUAACUUUGUUUUGUACCUACGUUGUAUCAAAUAUAUUAUGUAUUAAUACAUACAAAACCGACUUUUUAAAAUAUUAUUUUAACAGCUUCCGUACAAAUAUUGUAUUUGCGUAACGAUUAAUUAUAAAACAAAAAAAAAGUAAAAAUUAAUAAUAUUUCUAUGAAAAAUUACGCCGGUGGAAAAAAUGUAAAACAAAACCCAUUUACUUUAAAGUUUAAAAUACCAAUUAGCAAAAUGAUUUUUUUUAAAUUAUUAUAUAAAGCGAUCGUUUUAAAUAAUAUUAAAAACCUAUUCAUACCAUAGUAUAUGGAAUAUUUUCCGCGGUUGUAUUGGGCCAGAAUUUAUUAAUAAGAGCGGAAAGAAAGAAAAAUCGAUAGAAAAGAAUAGUGUUGAAUUGAGGAGUGAGAAGCGGUGGGUCGUGGAAGCCUACAUAUCGGAAAUUGUAUGUUACAUCGGCCCGUAGUAUAACAUCAACGUUGACAAAAAAAAUAAUCCACCACGUCCUAAUAUGAUACACCCAAAAACCUAAAACCCAAAACCCUUGGUCGCUGUGAAACCACGUCGAAUAGCAAUAAAAGGAAUGGGAAAACGUUGGGUGGCAAAAAGAAAAUUCCACGACUGAUAAGUCACAUUUUUAUGCAAACAUAAUCCGCGUGGCGGGGCGAUAACGUGCACAAGAAAUAAUAUACGAAAUUGUGAUACUGCGGUAUGUUUAUAGGAGACGGUUGACAACAAUGAAAUACUAUAUUCCGUAUCAAUUUCUUGAACAUUUAGUAAUAUACAAAAAAAAAAAAAAAAAAUAUGAAAUACUGCCGGGUCCGUAUGCACAAUAUUAUAAUAUCCUGUACUUAAAACCGAACACUCCGAAUACAUAAUAUUACAAUCAAAAUUUAAUAUUCCCGCGGAGUUUUCCGUUUAUUCGAAUACAUAAUAAUAUAUAUACAUAUAUAGGUAGUUACGUAUAACAACAAUCAAAAACUUUUUGUUAACAACUUUUGGUAAUUUGUCGCACGUUCGUAUAAUAAUAAGUAUAAAAGUCUCGCGAAACUAAAUGCGGGUAUAAAACGUACCUAUGUAUUUUUGUUUAAACUAUACAAAAGUAUAUCCAUCGUAUAUAAUGCAAUGUAUUAUGUAUCGGUACAAUGUUUGCACACACACAAACACACACACACGAGCGUACGAUAAAUUACUGUAGUAAAACUACAGCGAGUGUAAUGAGUUACAUGAAUAUGUAAUUCGAAUAUAAAAAAAAAAAAGUUUUUAGUUUUCGCAGUCGUAUUUUUCAUUUCGAUUGAAUAUUAUAAAUAAAAUAUGAAAGCGGUAAUAUUAUAACACGGGCACGAAAACAUAUAAAAUUCUAUAAAUACGAAUAUUGUUUUUUUUUUUUAAGAUUAAAUCGUGCGUACUAUUAAAUUUGUUAUUUCGACAGUAUAUUUUAAAUUAUUCUAUUCAAAUUUGUUUUCUUUGAAAACAAAAAUAUUUAAUGACAAUACUGAUAAACUUGAAAAAAAAAAGUAAUAAUAAAAUAUUAGUCUUUGACGGGAAAAACUAAAUAUGCAUAUUUAGUUUUUCCCGUCAAAGACUAUGUUAUAAGAGGUAAUAUUCGAAAAGUGUUUAAAAGAAAAUACACAUUAUCGUUUUUAAAUAUUCUCGCUCCACUCAGAAUCUAAGCAAAAUAUUAUCAUUAUUUCGUUUUUUAAAUAUUUAGAAAAAAAUUUUUUUCUCACGUAAUGUACUAAAAUAUUUUUUUUUAAAAAUACUGUUUUAAAAUACUAACGUUUUUUUAUAAACACGGUAAAUAAAUAAAUGAACUAACAAACUUUUCUUUCCAUCUUUUAUCCCGUAUAAUCUCCGUAUAAAUAUAACACAGUUUCACAAAAUUAACAACAACAGUAAAGAACUUAUUCACGCGUCAUCUCUAAUUUUCCUAGUCGUAUUCUCGUUGAUCUUAGCCGUCAUUUAAACAAUAAGUUCACAACAUAAAGUUUAAAAUAAGUUUUAUUAGUUCAAUACUAAUGCUUUUUAAUCGGUAAACCGGCUAUACAUAUAAAUUUCGUGUAGAUAUAUUAAGUACAUAAUUUUCUAGAACAACCGAAAAUUGAUUUAUAAUCGGAGGAAUAUAACAAUGUACUUACAUAUAUUUUAGAAAAAUAUAAUAUAACACAGAGGUAUAGAUGAUUCGUAUAACACGAAUCAACGAUUUUCCCAGAGGAUUUUAAGCCAAUUUGAUUUUUGUUUUUUCAAUCGUUAUAAAAAUUUUAAACUUUAUUUUACACGAUUAUUAAUUUUUAACUGUACUCUAUUUGAAAAUAAUGUCAGAAUAAAUUUCAAACAGUUCCAAAAUAGUUGAAAAAAAACAGCAUACAACAGAUUAACUUAAAAAACACAAAACUCUGGUUAUAUAUCUAUAGUAUUCGUAUAUAGGUAUAUUAUAUAUAUUUAUAUAUACGAGUAUGUAACUUUUUGUCUGAUGUAUUUCGAAUAAUCUGAAAAUACUUUUUUUUAUCAUAUUUUUAUUACAGAUUUUAAAAUACUUUGUUCAUAAUAGUACGUUGCAUGUUAAAUUGCUUUUGUAGCAAUUGUUGUUUUAAAAUGUCUUUAAAAAUUCUAAGAAUUCUAAGUGUUCUAAAAAUUUGUAAUACGGUCUUUUACAAAACUCAUUAGCUUAUAAAAAUUAAUGCAAUGUAAUCUAUCUAGAUAAAGUUAAUCCAAUAAGCUAAUUACUAAUAUAUAACUUCUGAAAUUCUUGAACCUAUAAAAAUUAAAUGUACAUAAAUAAGUUUAAGCGUUCAUUUGUAAUUUGUUAAGUGUAGACAUCUUUCAAAACAUACUUAAUAUAUCGAAUAUUAAAAAAAAAAAAACCGUAUUUGUAAAGCAUUUUUACUAUUUUUAACAGUUAUUUGUAUUUAUAUUUAAAUCCUUUUAAAAGAGAGUAUACUAAGCUAUUGAAUUUUUACAAUUCACACAAGUAUUCAAAAACGUAUUCUGAAUACAUUUGAAAAGUACAAGACUAUAAUAUAUUAUGAUAUUGUACAAUGGAAAAAUCUUCUUGACUCCUACGCCUCUACAUAUAGAUUAGUUACUCCUAAUAUCUUAGUCUACCUUAGGGGCAAUCAACCGGUCUAUAAUUGCCAUGUACACUAGACUCAUGGGCAACAAACUGUUACCCAAAUAUACCUAUAUCAUUUAGGUAUGAUUGAGGGCAUUCACCCUCCCCCUUGGAUCGUAUAAUUCAUUAUAUGUGACAAUAUGUGUGCAUUGUUAUAUUUUUUAAAUUUGUAAGAAAUGUUAUACUUUAAGAACGGGUGAAAAUAUAUUUUGCCCCUUCCCCGUAGGAGAGGUCGAGGAACGCCACUGGUAAUCCCGCUGUACCCUCACCAACUGCGGCGGUGAAUGUUGCGAUUUUUACCGCUUGUUAAUAUUUUGCCUUUCUCUCCAUUCCAAUAGGCUUAAUUUGAAAAAUAGUUUUUCUUCGUUUCACGUUAAUUCUUCAUAUUCCGACGCCCUUUCCUCCAAUAAUGAAGUAUUGAUUAAAUAAUUAAUCGGUUUCGUUGCUCAAAUGGUUUGAAAAUUUACGGAUCUGUGGGUUUUAUGGUAAACUCAAUUGCCGAGAUAUAAUAAUUUAUGUUCAUAUUUCAUCAAAUAAAAAAAAAAACAAAACAAAACAAAAAGAUUGUGUGUGGUUGAACACCUGACGAAUUUCCGCGUCAUAUUUUCACAGCACGGAACACUUGACGACCACCAACUGCACGGUGAUUGGAGUGGGCGGCGGUGUAGUCGGUGGCGGCGGAGGAGGAGGCUCCUAUCCGGGAUCGGCGAGGACCAGUGCCGGCACGUCGUUGGCGUCUUCCAGGGAGUCGAGCUGCGCCAGUUGUCCAGGCAUCACACAGCCGUUCCGCAUAGCCAUGUUGGGCGCGACAGGCGUGGGCAAAACGUCGCUGGUGUGUCAGUUCAUGACGUCCGAAUCGCUGCACAUUUACGACGCGUCCAUUGGUAAGAUCACGUUUUUUCCCGUCGCUUUUUAGUUUUUCGCGCGGUUUCCAAUAAGUCUAUCGUCGGCGUGAACUCGCGUGUACGCUCAAAUAUACUCACUUUUGCCCGGGUAAUAAUAAAUUAAAAUAAAACGACCGGAAAAUCGAAAUCCGGGUAUUUCGACUUUGAACCAUACAAAUCUCGUCCCAAAUUCCAAACCUGAUACUGAUACUCUAUGGAAGUUAACGUCUUGAGUGUAAACUCGAAAUACGUCCAAUGUCCGUACUAUAAGGUAUAACACAAACAUGACGUUACUGGAUUUUACCAUUUAGUAUUUACAUUUUAAGUAUUUAUAUGAUUUUAGAUAGAGUCGUUUAUGAAUUAUCUUUAUUCAUAUUGGACAAUAUAACUAGUGUCCAAUCAGUUUUAUGUUUAUAAUAACAUAUUAUAUUUCAUGUCUGGGACAUACUUUAUGUACAAAACAAUUUUGCUGACAUGCCGUUUGUUUAGCCAUGGAUUAGUAUAAUAUUAUCCACAUACUUGGGUUGACGCAUACUCACAGACUUAUUAUAAAAUAUGUAUAAAUCUAUGCAUAUAUUAUCCAAACAAUUUAUCAUACAAAAAUACACCCAAGAUACACCACAACCCAUUCGCACCCCAUACUUCUUGGGAGUUCAUAGUUCUUGGGACCCGAUUUUUAAUCCAUGCCUACGGCACCGGUAUAACUUGGUACCUUAUAUUAGAUAAAGGUAGCUAUUCAAAAGACCUAGAGGGAUCAGGGCAAGCCCCGGAUACGUAUCAACGUAUCAGAACGUGAUCCCACCAACCACUACCCAAUUCAUAUACCGUCUACUUACGGGUUUAGUCGCCGUCGGGUGGGUAACCCCAGGUUAUUUAACCACUACCCAACGAAACUCAUUAGUCCGUUCGAAUGCCCGUUACUCUUGGGAGUACAGUUAAUCUCUCAUAAGUGUAUUCAAGCAGUUUCUGUCGUAAAAUAUAUUGUAAUAUAUUCUAUAGUUGCAACAAUAUUAUGAUACGAAUUUCAGUUGAAUAAACUGAAUCCCCGCUGAGCAACAUUUUCUUUUCUACAUAACUACACUGAGGAUUGGCUACGGACAACGUAUAGUAAAAUAUUUCGUUUUAUACAUGACAUUUCGGUGGGGGAAAAAAGGAGAGAUAAAAAAAAAACUGUCAUCUAUGUUUCAUUGAACCAGGUAGUGAACGAGAAAUCGUGUAAACGGUAAAAUAUUAAUGUAAUAUUAUCUACUCGUGUAACACGAUCAUCGGGAGAUUUUCGGAUCGUUCCGAAGACAAGUUGACCAUUUUCAAAGCAAUAGGUACGUUCGGCUACACCGGGUAAGAAUACUCAUAUAAUAAUUAAUGGGAGAUUUACAUAUAUACCUGCGUUUGUUGUUUUGGGUUCGGGAAAAGCGCUUUGGAUUUCGCUGUUAAAUUGGUUUUCGGUAACAAUAUUAUAAUAUUAUUGUAGGUAUUGUAGGUAGAUAAACCCACGUAGUUUAUAUAAGUGGACAUUACUGAGCGCGUUAUCGCGAUUAAUAUCCGUCCAAACGCCGUGAUAAGUAGCGCUUAUCAGCCGUGUUUAUCGUUCUGGCGGACGAGGGAAAUGAUUCUGGUACACAUUUUAUGGUCUUGCGAGGAGUUUAGGGGAAGUGAAACGGUUUGGAAAACUUACAGCUACCUGUAUGUAUAGUGCCUAAAUUGUAUAGAACAGUGUGUAUAGGCUACUAAAUAAUUUUACGCCGUCGAUAACGCGAAUAAAAUGUUCUGAAAGGAUAAGUAUUAUCGUGUAUACAUAUAAAUACGAUUUAUAUAUAGGUACUAAUGGUAGGUUCAUUAUACACGAAUAUCAAACACCAAAAAUUGUUUCUUUUUCUCCAAUUUCUAAAUUCAAAAUUCACGUAUACAAACGCAUUAGCAUCAUACAACACUAUACGUAAUCACGUAAUAAACGAUGAUUGAUAUAAAUAAUUAUAAUAUUCGCAGUGGGUACAAAGCGGUAUAAAAAAAAAAAUUAUAAUAUUCUAAGUAUACCCACUUAUAAAUGUUUCCACGGCAUUUUUUUAAGCCAACCAAUUAUUUAAGGAAAAUAAUAUUAUCUACCUACCGCAUAACUGGUGACAAUGCGACCCUCGAUGAGUUAUAAGCGAUUAAAAAAAAUAUGAAAUAUACCGUUAUUAUAAUUGGUUAUUUUUUUUCAUUACCAUAAUCUAAGUUCCAGAAAAAUGUCUACGUACAUUUUCCGGGUUCGGUCGUAAAUUUUAAAUGGUUACCUGACCCACUAUACCUAAUUUUUUUUUUUUUGUUUUUAGCUGCAGUGACCCAAUACAUUAAAAUUUUAAAACAACAUUUCUAAAUAAAACGUUAUUAUUAUAAUAUUAUAAAGAUAACUAAUGAAAAAUGUUCACUUUGUUUCUAUUUUGGAUUAAAUAUAAUAAUCUUAUUCUUUAUUUAAUUCAAAAUUGUGAAGUUUAUACUUUCCAUUAACUAGAAUCGUAAUUAAAAUGAACAUUUGUUUUAGUAUCGAAAACGAAAUAGACUUUUUUAAUUAAGUGUUUAAAGCGUCAAUUGUCUAACAUAUAUAUUAUUUACGUAAUAAAUUCAAAACUACUUGAGACUUCGAUAUACUUUAAUUAGGUAAAUAUCUAUAUAUAUAUAUUGUAUAGUUGUUUAUUAUAUUAGAUUAUGUUCGUUUUUGAUCGUACUUUGUUCAUAAUUAAAAUGAGUGCGAAUUUGAUCGGUAACGGAUUUACGAGAGCGUAUUAAACGCAGAGCAAAAAAAAAUGUGAAUACAAGCCGUUAAGUAGUUCGUACACAAACAAAAGCUUCGGCAUCAAAUAAGUAUUUAUUUUAUUUUAUUUUUAUUUGGACUAUUGGUGGAAUUAAUCCAAUUAAAUUAAAACCACGUGUAAAUACUAUUCAUUCGUAUAUUAUUCUGUGAAGUCUCUGCAGUAUAAAUAAUCAAAUCAUCCUUGAUAAAUUAAAUGUAAUAACAAAUAUUUCGCAAAAAGUAACUUUUCUUCUUAUUAUUUUACAUUCUUCGUACAAGAGUGAGAAAAUUGCAGACUCCAUAAUAUAGAGGUGAAAAAUGUAUACGUCAUAUAUUAAAACAAAUAGAAGUAAAACAUCAAUACCUAAGAACAAGUUUAGUUUCAUACAAUGAAAAUUCAAAACCGUUCAAACCAAAAUCAAAACCAAUGUUUUGUGUAAGAUAGAUUGUCGAAAAGUGUAUGCAGAUUAAAAAAAAUCUAUGUUGUAUGCAUUUUACAGAUUUGAAGAAAGCUUAUUAUGAUAGAGUACUAAAAGAGGUUCCGAUGUGGUCGUUAACGAGAAAAAGUAUUCCACAUUGGUUUAUUUAGUUUAUAAAAUGAUAAGGCUUUUCCACUGAUUUACCGCCCGAUACCCAUUUAAGAAGUAGCGGAAGACAAAUAUGUCGUUGUAUACCGAAAAGCCGAAUAAAACUAUAGUGUUGUAUUGUUCGACAGGUUCUCAUUGAAUAUUUUAAUGAUUCUUUAGGUUUAUUACCAUAGGAUACGUAGAAAUUAUUUUUUGAAUUUUAAUUAUAUUUAUCAUGAGUAAAAGCAAAAUUUGUUAAUUGCACCUUUGAAAAGUGUUCGAAAAUACAAUAAAAUUUGUUUAGGAUUUCCAGCGAAAUAAUUACUCAAUUAUCUACUUCCAACAUAUUCUCCUAGAGAGCGUCUAGAGAAUCAUAUAAUCCGUUUUCAAAAUUUAAUCCUACCAAACGCAAUUCCUGCGAUUUUCUCCGGCUUAUAUUUCUAAAAUGUACACCAUUACCAACCCCAUUUAAGAAAUAUAUAUAUAUAUACAGGCUGUCCUAAAAUGUUAUAUAAACGUUAUGUAACUAAUGAUGUUAACCUAUGAUCGUUAUUUUAUAUUAUUAUUUUUUUUUUCAUUUUUUCAAUCGGGUUUUGGGCCAGUAGGACACAUAUGCAGGGAAAAGUCAUCAUUAUUUCCGUCACGUAAUCACUGACAAAAAAUAACUUUGUUUUUCACUUUUCGAAAUAGCCGUUUUGUAAAAAAUGUAUCAUUUUAAAAAUUUGAAUGUACCGUGCAUUUAUAUCUAAUCAAUCGGCGACCGGGUAACAGCCGUUAUUAUUUCUAGCAAAUUGGCGCGAAACCGAUUAAUUGUCAAUAAAAAAAAAAAAUAAGGAGUUGCCGUACAAAUUGUGAUUCUUUAUCGCGUAACGCGUUAUUCGAUUGAAAAAAAAAAAAGAAAAAAAAAAGAAAAAUAAUAAAUAAUGAUAGAGUUAUAUAACGUUCAUAUAACACUGUAGGACACUCUGUAUUUAACGAAAAAAAAAAAAAAAUCGAGGCCGGCCGGUAUGUGAAGGUUUAUUAUUAUCACGAUGACGCACGCGGAUCCAUAGCAGUCGGUGGAUAAAAUACGGAGGGUGAUCUGCGCGUUACCUCCGCGGAAAAUAGAAAAAUAAAACGAUAUAUUUUCCGGCUUUACGUUUUAUUUGGCCCGAACCAUUCAUGAACUGCGUGUAUCCUUUAGAAAGCGAAAGAGAAAAAAAAAACACAAUAUACCUGCUUACAUAAUAACACGGUAUCUAAAGGCGGUCUAUCUGAUUUAUUGGCGGCGGAUUUAAAACGCGCGGCCGUUCGUUUUGCUCGGGCUCGAAACGCGCGCGCACCCACACGGGUAUGAUAUUCGGGUAAAAGCGGAACAACAACAACAACAACAACAACCGUCGUCUGGCGUCCGGUCGUCGGCGCGAGCCCGGCGCACAGCGCGAGUUGUCGUUUUUUAACGGUUCCUGCGGAAUUGCAAUUUUCCCGCCGUGUAGAAACGCGAAUUUCCCUUUCGGCCGUUGAAUGUGUAUUGUAAAUAUCCGGUACCGCGACUGCCGUGUUUAAACAUACGUACACUCCAUACGUUCCGUAUCGAUUUUGCGACCGCGGACGAAGUAAACGCCGACAGAGAGUACACCGUAACGCGACCGGGGCGUACGGCCGCAUUAAGCGAAAUAAAACAACGCGCGUAACACGAUAUUACCGUCGCCGUCGGAAACACACUACCUAGGUAUUCGCGGAUUUACCGACCGCGAUAAAAGUAUCAAAUGUAUUUCAUAUGAAACGGUGUAUGAUCGUAUCGAGUACACAUACGUGGCGAGUGUUUUGUUUUUUUCGAUUUCGCGCCCGCGAGAUUUCCCGUUGAACCGAUAAAAUAAUAACGAAUAAUGCAUAAUAUUACGAUAUUCGUUAUUACGAAAAACGUCCCAGGACAACGGGGACGGGCGCAGCCACCGUUAUAGGUGAUUGUGCGUAUACCCGCGAGCGACGAUAAACCAUUGCUUACGGGAAAACGAUUCUGAACGGAAUCCAGUUGAUAGUGAUGCUUUUUCAACAAUAUAUAUAUAUAUAUAUAUAUGUAUAUUCUUUAAUAAUAUUUGUUUAAUGUUGUACCGAUUAUUCCCAGUUUUUCACGUUUGCCGAGAAAACUCCGGAGAAAAUCGAAAAACGACCUCUUUAAAGUACCUCCCAAGACCAAUUUCCUUUCGGAAAAGAUGCUGCACGUAAAUAUCGGAGCAAGUCUUCUGGUAUAAAAAUUGUCCAUUCUUUCUGGGUUUUUUUUCUGGCGUUUUUACAUUUUAAAUACAAUAUGUUCUGUUUAAUUUGCUUAGUCGGUUAUAAAAUUAAUUGCGGGCACCUCAUAUACAACGUAUUAUAAACCAAAAACCUGUAGUUCGAAUUUUAUCUAUCGAUUAACCGACGAUCUCAUAUUUUACAGGUCCAACAGUCUAUCUGCUUACCUACACAGUUGAACAGCAAACUCAAUUUUAGUCUGUCCGCUUUUACGUUCCGUUAGUCUUUUUGGCAUUUUGUUUUUAGUUAAAAAUGAUCGAAGUUUAAAAACAAAGUAUUUAACAAAGUGCUGCACUCUAUAUCACGGUUAUUAUGCUUUGUACACGUUUUGACCGUUUUGUAUAUUAUACGCAUUAUAGGCAAGUUUAUUCAAUGAUAGAGGGCGUAGGUCGCGUACGGGGUACUUUAUACAAUUUUAAAUAACCAUUUAGGGAAACUACCGUAUAUUAUGAGAUAAAUGUGGAUUAACCAACGAACUAUUAGCGUGUGCCAUUAAUAGUAUGCAAUAAUAUUAAGCAUGUUUGAAAUUAAUUAUAAAGGCGUGAAUGCCAUAUUUUAUAAUAUGCAAAUCGUAUAUUUUCUUAUAAUUCAUGUUUUGUGUUUAUUAAGUAAUUUAAUUGAUUAAUGCCUGAAUCUUGACAGCGGUUUUUUAUUUUAAAACGAUUGAAGUAAGUACCUAUGGCAAGAUAUUGAAACGGGUCUUAAAAUAACCGAUAAUUCGGAUCAAUAGACAAUUUCGAUUUAUCGACAUUAUCGACACAGUAAUAGACUGCUCUGCCUAUAUUCUUUUACUUAGUACUUAUUCAUCAAAAUUCUUCGCCACAUAUCAACCAUAUCACAGUGAAUACACCAGUUGUCGUCCGAUCGCUGGAGUUAAGCAACGUCGGGCGCAGUUAGUUCUUAGAUGGUUGCCACUUGGAAAUACUACUACGUGCCGUUGAUAUUAUUUUUUUUAUUCUUUUAUUAUUUAAAACAUUAGAAUUCUAGUAUGCAUUUUUUAAAUUAUUUUCUUAAUUUACUAUAGUUGUAAGUCAAUUUUAUUUUGGUUCUCUACAGUGAUACGAUAAAUAAUAAAUAAAACCAUGUACCAGAGUACAACAGAAUUCUUUUUUUUCUUUUUCAGAAUUUCUUUCCUAGAUUUAUUCCAUGAUUGCACAACGUAUAAUUGUGGCUGAGUUUACGGGUCUACACACAAAUUUAUUUGAAAUUGAAUUUAAAUAGUUUCGAUUUGAUAAAUAACUGUUUUUAUUUUUUGUAAAUGUUUAUAAAUAUUCAAUUGUAAAUGACGGUUGAAUGUAAUUUAGAUUAAGUAUAUUUUAUAUAUUAUUGUUCCAUGUUCUCGUAUUUAUUUUAAAAUAAUAUGUCUUACAUAUUCACAGUUUAAAAAUUAACGUAAGCCAUACUCAACCAACUUUUAAUAGAUCACGUAUAAUUCAAUAUAUACGUCAUGUGCGUAUAGCUUUAAAUCAGAAGAGAAAUAAUAUAAGACAAAAAUGCAUUUUUUACGUACAUGAAUGCUGAAAUUGUAUUUGACAAGUUUGAACUGUUUGAAAUCUCGGAGUACCAAAGGCUCAAAAGCAAUUCUAUGCGGUGAUUUUGGUGGGUGUGCAUUGGAAAACUGUGAACACAUGAAAAAAAAAUCACAGCCUCUUGUAGGUAUAUUACGCCAUUAUCAGGGCCUGGUUAACCAAUAGACUAAAAAUGCUGAAGCCUAUCUAUCGGGCGUGAGGAGCGCAAAAAAACUAUUUAUUUUUUUAAAUCGAUUUCUUCCAAGAAACUUGUAUCUCUAUAUAUCAGUGACCAUAAUAAUGGAGUCAAUUUUUUUUUUUUUUUUUGUAUAGUAUGCAAGAAUUUAAGGGAGAACCGGUUUACAAAAAAAAAGGUCAUCGGGUAUUGUAACGCCCUCUUGAUUUCUUCAACAUCAGUUCUUAGGCCAUUCUACGUGUUUAUAAUCACCGUCGGUCUUUACAACAAGUGCAUUUUGUUAUAUAGUUGAUAUUUUAGUGUUAUUAAAAUGUAAAUGAAAGUAAACAACGUCCCUGAUUGUCUAGUCAAAGGUGGAUCCAAUGGUGGAGCCUAGGGGCACGCGUCCCCCUGUCAAUGAACUACAGUUUUUUACGUAUAUAUUUUAUAUUGAUUUUUAUGAUUUAUAAUUUAUAUGGUGAAAAUAUAAAUAAUGUGCCCUUGCUUUAAAAAAUUUAAAUUCUGGAUCCACUACUGAGCCUAGUUUGUACACUAGAAGAGUUGCCCAUUCAGGUUAAUUUACUAUUGAAUUAACCAGUGGUUCAACAUUUUUUGAUAUUGCAUCACUAGAUUUAAACAUAUGGCGGGCUCCUGAUGCUCACGGUGCUAGAUAAUCAUUUACGGUCCAUAUUUCACUCAGAUUUGCACACACCAUUAACCAUAUUAACCAUAAUCUUAAUAUGAUGUAUAACUUUACGUUAUAUAGGCUCUAUACAUAGUCAGUUAGAUACAGGUGGGGUUUUUUUUUUUUUUUUUCCGAGAAACCGUUUUGUCAUCAUAAUUUAUAUUAAGUAUAUAUAUUGUGAAUUGUUAGGUAUAUAACUAAUAAUUUUCAAAUAUUGACAACACUUCACAACAUAUAAAGUGGCUACAACGGGUGCCCGUAUGAGUAAGUUUCACUGUUGGUCGCGUAUGAUACAAGUGCAAAAAUACGUAUGUAACGCGCGUAAUAAUCGGACAAUUAUUAUUCGCCAAAUAACAUCACGGAAUAACAGAUAAAACGCCUUGUCACUGUCAACGCACGAGUUGUGUUUAUCGCGAAACAGUAACCGCGAAUCCCGCUAACCGCGUAAUACACUACAGUACGCACUACAAUACGUAUUAGAACAUUGUGCGCGUCGCGUUUGUUGAAUGAUAAACACAUAGAUGGGCAAGUAUCAACACGUUUUUACCGUAACGUAAUAACAAAACAACCGUUUCGUUAUAUUUAAACAGUUUCCAGCGAAUUGGAUUCCGAACCGACCCUUGGCGUAUAAAUGAAGAAGAAGAAAAAAAAGAAAAUAUCGAGGUACGUACCGCGUUGGCGUUAUAGCCAACCGAACCGCGCGACCGCGGCCGUGUACGAGGGGGUUCUGCGUCCCGGACGAUCGGUCGGCGGGCUCACCUGUCUGCCGGACGCGCGCGGCGACCCAACCCACAGUAAUCAUGGCCACCGUUCUUUUGUACCGCGGUCCGUCGUGUUUCCGGACCGUAUAAUCAGAAUAUUAUUGUGUACUAUUAUUAUUAUUAUUAUCGUUUAUUAUCGUUUAUUAUUGAAUAUUGCGCCACGCGUCCUUUUAAAACAAUCGUUUAAAGCCAACGACGUGACGACAAAGCGACGACGGGCGGGAAAUUGAAUAUUUACACUCCGGUACGCGUCACGCACUAUUUGACGACGACGACGACGACAGCGAUGAUAAUAAUAAAAAUAAUAAUAAUAAUACGUGCGCGCAUAAUAUCGCGACCGUUUCCGAAUAUUAUUAUCAAGUGAAAAUAGUCGAACGGGAACAAAAAAAAGAAAAAAAAAAAAAAAGAAGUUUAAAACUAUUCAUCUUUUGCCCUUUCGACCCGAAAGGUUUUUGAAGCGUUAUAAUUCACUUUGUGGUACACGGGUACACGACCGCUGUUCGUUUUUAAUCGGCCCGCGAGUACCUAAACACUUCUAAUAUUAUUUUAAUUACAAUUGUUUAGUUGCGGAUAAUUUCGGUGAACAAUAUAUUGCUCAUAACAUUAUAGUGGGACCCGGGGAUUGUCUCGCGAAGCGUUUUUUUCGGGUCGCCAUGUGCGUGAUGAUGUGUUACGGCGGCGCGUUUCAAACCAACAACUGUUUAUAUUUUAUUGUUGAUGCCUAUAAACACCGCGGUACCGUAAGGAUAUGUGUAAAACAAAAAUUCUAAAUAUCGACCUAGUAGUUUUUACACGGUUAAUGCUCGCGUCCGAAAAUCAAUGUCGGGUUCCUUUUUUUGUUUUUUUUUUUUUUUUGGUUUUUGUUUCAUACGAAUCGUAGUGACGGACACGUAUUAUACUUAUCGCUACAAUAUAAACUUAACGUUUAACAAAUUUCGCAACGCUUUCCAUCGGAUCGCCGAAAUUGUUUAACAAUAAUCGGAAUACGGUUGAAUAGAAUUAUUUUGCAAAGUCGCGCUGUGUUUUUUUUAAUUACGGGAGAGGGGCGGUCGGGGCGAGUGCUUCGCGUAUCUUAUUAAUAUAUUUGUAUAUUAUAAUAUGAAUAUUACCUACGUACGCGCGUUUCGUUUUAGCGCUGACGUUGGCAUUUAUUAAUUUUUCCCCAUCACGGACGUCAGUUGGGUACGUAAUUAAUUUGCCCGAGUCCCGAGAUGCCUGGCGCGGGCAGCGACCGCCUUUCUACCGGUAAAUAUACGUAAUAAUGUUGAUAUCAUUAAACAUUCCUUUUUUGCCGUUCUACUUAGAAAAAAAAAAAAAAAAAAUUUAAAAUUAAAAUUAAAAAAUCCGCGCUGAUCGAAAGAGCACCGGCGACGGCGUUUAAUAACACGGUGGGGCAAAGGUCGAGUCUUCGAGAAGUUUGGAUUUAAUUAAUAUUAUUGUCAGUUGACAUUGAUUGUUCCUCGAAACUGUAAUUGCCGCCAUUCCGGAGAGUCGCGGCCACGCGCAAAGUCGCCGGACGCGGCGCGCUACCGCCGUCUACCGCCCGUCGUAAUAUUGUUCUCGCCAAACGUAUUAGCGCGGACCGGCUCCGACCCGAUUGAGCGUCUGACGCGGCGUCCCGCCAUGUGUUUCACGGAAAACGUUUCACGCGGCGCGUCGCGGGAAACUGACCGCGAAAAAUGAAAAAAAAAAAAAUCGCAAAGAAAUGCUUUUGCGAAAAAUUCCCCGCCUCCCGGUUCCGUCCGUAUUAUCGUUACAGUCGGCGUCCGCGGCGGUUUUUUCGACCGGGUCCCGGUGUGCGUUGACGCGGAACACCACAGCGGUUCGGACAAACCCGUCGUGACGCGUUUCUCGUAGACUGUCCUUUCGCGUGCCGACCGGGUGUUGUAUUAUUACCGUCGAGUGGCGGGCGUAUUUUCUUUAUUAUUACUUUAGUAUUACACCGUGCCGUACGGACACGUACCGGCGCCAAGUACCGUGUACAAUUAUUGUCGGAAACGCGAACGUUGUCCCCAUUUUGGAACUUCUCGAGCGCGCGACAUUGAAAUUCGGUUAAGCCCCCCCCCACCCCCAAGAGCGUCUAUAGGCAACAUGCGUACGCUAUUGUCGCCGGGGCCGAUUCGCGUCGUGUCGCACGCGCGUAGAAUAAAAAAAAAAGGACCCGCUCGAUUCCGAAUGCCGAACAGUCGCAAGACGUUCGCCGGAAAAACCGUCUCUCGCCGAACGGUGGUGUUCACAAACGCCGUACGAUACAAAAAUCGAAAUAACAUCAAUGACAUUUGUUUUACGUAUACCGUUUGCGCGCGUCAACAUAGUUUUUUUAAAACUCCGAGCGGAUCGGGGAAUGUGUUGGUUUUACAACGACGUCUGUUAUUAUUAUAUCGGAUAUCGUAUUUUAACCCCGCGUAAUUCCCGCCGACCAAGGAGAGCGGCGUGUGCGGCCAUUGCGGGCUGUAUAAAAAAAUUGUUCGGACGUUUUUACUAUUAUUAUUAUUAUUGUUGUUAUUAUUGUCGUAGCAGUAAACCGGAUCAAAGUUUAAAUGUAUAUUUUAUUCGGUUCGAUAUAAAUAUCAUAUUUCAAGCAAUAAAAAUUUCAUACGUAAACUUUUUAUAAACGUGUAAAAUUAUGAUGGGCGCGUGUUUAAUAAAUACGUCGUCGCCUGGCAACAAUAUAUUCUGCACAUCUACACUUUGUCGUUUAAACGCUUUUCAGAGGUUUGCAGAAUUGUUUUUAUUAUUAUUAUUAUUAUUAUUCUAUCGCGGUUUAUUGUACGCGAUUGCAAAGUUUUUAAAAACCGUCCAUACACUUUCGCGAUUUGUACUUCAAUAUUCAUUGUAUUAUGAUAUAUAAAUAAUAUAAUGCAAUUACGAUGUUAUCUUUGAAUCGUUUCCCGUUCGAACGUGUUUUCAGUUUUUUUUUUAAUUUUUUUUUUUCUUUCUGCGCGUAAUUUUUCACCGGAAAUCUAGAUCCAUUCAAAAAAUAACAAGAGGCCUUUUUUUUUUACCGUUUUAAAUUUAGUAUAGCGUUGAGGUGGUUUUUCGUUUCAAUUUCCCAAGUCGUUUUCGUCUAUUGAAUGAAAAUCCUGGAAAUAACGUAUAAGAAAACCGUUAAAUAUUUCCGGUGACGUUUAACGUUUCGUUGUUUUAAAUUUCUUCAACUUUGUUUGUCGAAAACCAUGAUUCCGGAAACCAUUGCAAAAUAUUGUUUAACCGUGUUUGUAACUCUUCCGUCACAGAUGAGAUGAACCGAUGAACGGCAUUCGUUUGAAAAACGAUUAGAAAAAUACGGAAAUACGGCCCGGUCGCAUAUUAAUACAUUAAACACAGUGCCCCGCGAAAUAAAAUACUACUUGAACGACGAACGUGGUUUUGCAUAGCGAAUCGGGAUUUAUUUUCAAUUAAUUUCCUCCGUCCGAUUCGUCAGUUGUCCUUGGCUCCUGACGAAGCAACAUUACAAUUAAAUAUAGCAGUAUUUAGUAAUCAAAUAUUACAGAUUUAAAUAUUUUAAAAUUGUACAAGUAUAGGAAUUACGCUUUCGGUCCGUCAUUAUUUAUCCUUAUCAUAUUCGAACAACGGCUCUCUGAGAAUUUCUUUAGUUCAUUGUAAUCGCGGUUCGGGUACAAUAGGAUUGGCCCGUCCAUUUCUUUACUAUCUAUGGAUAGGGAGCCGCGGAAUGAGUUGCGGUAUCUGCUCAUCAAUAAACUGUUGGCUAGGGCAUGAUGAAUGAUUCCGGUGCAGACGAUCGUUUAUUGUAAGCGGUUUUGUACAUUUUAGUCCGAUACUGUGGUGAAUCAAACAUAAGCGUUAAAAUACGGCUGUAUAGGUAAUUAUUAUUUUUGCAAAAUGCCGUUUAUUUUUUUAUUUAUUAUUUUUUUUUUCUAAAAGAAAUAUAAUAUAAUAUUAAUUAGGUACCUACCUAAAUAACUAGUCGUUUUUUUUAUUUCACCCGCGCAAUUAAUUGCGCCAUUUUUAUUUUUCGUUAUAAUUAUUAUUUUCUAACGAGAUCACUUAUAUUAUAAUACAUUGUUCUUUCAGCUGGUUUUAUUUUUAAUUUUAUACGCUACCUAUUCUGAUAUUGUUUAUGCGUACAAUGAUUUUAAUAAAUACGUUUUUAAAGCUAAAAAAUUAAUUAAACGAAAUUAUUUGAAUAUUAAUUAUUACCCACCUACCUAUAGGUUAAUUCAUCCGUAAAUAAAUUUAUAUUUUACGUUUUGACUUUAAUUAUUAAUAAAAAGGUACUUGAAUAAAAAAAAAAAACUUUGUAUUACAGUAAAUUAAUUAACUUUUUACCGUGUUUUUAUUUAUUUAUAAAGCCACAUUUUGAAAACGAAAAUCGGGUCAAUAAUAAUGAUAUUCUACGAAUUAUAUAGUAUUCAAAAAUGAAUCUCAUUAAUAUACAUUUCGAUUUUCAGAUUCUGAGUGGAGCGAGUAACAUAAUAUUGAUUUUACAAUGAUGUUUAUUUUUAAAAAAAUUUUUUGUUAUUUGUGAACACAUAUUCUACUAGCAACUUUGCUUCUAUUUACAAUAAAAGAAAUUUUUCAAUUAAGAAAUUUGAUUAGGGAGGAACUUUAAAGAGGACAUUUUUCAAUUUUCCCGGGAAUUUUCACAAUAAAUGGGAAAAACCGGGAAAAACGUGAGUAAAACGGAAAAAUAAAUACAAUAAUAAAGAAAUAUUAUUAAAGAAAAUGUUAAAUGCAUAUAAGGUUUCCGUCAAGAUUUCAAGUAUCUACAAAUAUUUUGAACUGAAUUAUAGCAAAGAAACAAAAUUGAAAAUAAUAAAAGUAUUAUUUUCAUAAAUUUCCCCAUUUUUCCUACGUUUUUUCCUACUUUUUCCCAUUUAUUGGGAAAACUGCUGGGAAAAUAAAAAAUUACUUCUUUAAAGUACCACCCCGGGAAAAUUCUCUUUUAGAAAAGGUGUUAUAUUUGAUACUUCGGGUCUAGAUUUCUGGUAGAAUUACUUUGGUACACACUAUAAAAAAUUAACAGCAUUAUAAAACCAAUAAAUUCUUCGCUCCCUUCAGACUCUAAAAAUGUCUACGCGUCUACGGUCGCUUUCAAAAAAAAAUUACAAAAGAAUAGUAUUAAAUCCGUAUAGAUUACUCGGUUCGCCAAUUCACUCAAACAAAUAUUAAGUAUAAAAUAUUUGACUGACGAUGAAUCGAUGAACUCCGGUUUGACAUUGCAAAUAAAAUAUAAAAAUGUAUAAGACUCGUUCGGCCGCAAUCUUGGCCGUUAUUUUACAGCUAUAAAAUAGCGUAUUAAAAGAUACAACUAUCGGAUCAACGAGACUGCUUAAAUCUAUCAACGUGGAAAGAAACCGAAAAUGGAAUGGUUUCUCACCAACCAUCGUGGUUUGUGAGAAACUGUUUUAAACAAAAUUGAUACACUGUAAAAACAAUGACCGCCCGUAAUCAAAUAGACACAAAUCGUUUCAAAUCUCCCGAUGGUAUACAUUUAGGUGCCAUUAAAUUGAUGUAAACAUAAAAAUUACUUAACCGCAAUGCACAAUUGUAUUCCUGAUAAACUGUAAAAUUGUCGAAAUUAACGAAAAAUAAAACUCCAUCAAACGAAUAUGUUCUCACUUUUAGCAUACUAUAUUAUUAUAUUAUCAAAAAGUAAUAGUCUAAAACCCUUUACGAAUCCAAACGGCACGGACGCUCGGAAUGGGAGUAUACUUUUAAAAUAAUUGAACUUUAUAAAAAGCUAAUACGCCUAGCAAUAAAAUAAAAUGAGAUUAUCGAUCGGAUAUAAUUCGUCAGAAUGCAUUUCGGUAUUUGUUCGCCCGACAAAAUAAUUACCUGUUUUUAUUUUCCGCGCGUUCGGUUAUAACACAAAAGAUCGCGUUGCGAUGAAAAAAAAACUCGUAACGCUUACGCAAGACAUGGAGGGAGACCAUAAAAAGAGAAAAAUAAAAUCCGCGUUCUCAAGCUGUUAUUAAAAUCCCGGUAGGUACAACACGUUGUUAUCGACACACUGAAAUUAUUUGUCGGAAUCAAAAUGUAAAAUAAUCACUUUUCGAUUUUGAGUAUAGCGAAGAAGUUAUUAUAGCUUUAUAAUGAUGCAUACAUUUUUUUUCUUGGAAAACGUUUUUUCAUUUAGUAAAAAUGCUCCAAUUUCGUCACGUCGUACCUUAUAAGAUGCGGAUUUUCGGUCUAAUGGCACUUUAUAUCAAACACUCAUCAUAACAAUUGUCUUAGAUGACAGGUUUUGGCAAGUAUAUGACGUAAAAUGUAAUUUAGUUCAUUGUUUAUGUAUUGAAAAGAAUAAUAAAUCAUUGUAAUCAAAAAACGAUACUGAGCGGAGCGUUACUAAACUAAUAAGAUAACUUUUAAAUUAACAAAAAUACAACCAAUAUAAUUACAUUAGUUUUCAAGUUUUUUAAUUUUUUAUAAAACACAAUUGGGAAUAUAAAAAAAAAUGUUUGAAUAAAGGACCACUGCAGUGGUUGAGAAAUGUUCGAUAUUAAAGAUACGAUUUGAACCAUUUGAGGUAUUUUUACUCAACAAAAGAAAAACUUAGAAAUUAAAGCUUUUUCGUUACACUCAGAAUUUAAAAAUUAUGUUUCUUUUCUUUUUAACUUUAUUAGAUAUGUAAAAAUGCGAGUUAUUUUUUAGUGAUACACAAUAAUAACAAUACAGUUAUUCUACUGUCAGUUUCUGAGCUUUUAGUUUACAAAUAAUAUUAGGAGACUCAAUUUUUAGGAGUUUCACACAGUCGGAAUGAAAAGAAUUGCCAUCAAAUUAUUCAAAUUAGAUCGAAUAAAACGAAUAUAUUAUGAUUAUUGCCUUUGCGGUUCGAGUGUAAUAUAAAAAAUACCGCAGUAUAUUGGAACCGAGUUUCGUGCGUUAACGACGUCUCACAUUCAUAUGUGCGUAGCUAAAAAGUUAAUACGAAAAAUAAAUGAUGACAUGUAAUACUAAUUGUCGUACCUUAGGUUCUUAGCCGUGUGCUUGUGUAUAGUUAUAUAAUAUAGAAUAUUAUGAAUAAUUUAAAUGCAAACAGAGACAUUAUAAAUAAAUAUUAAAAUAAUGACGAAUAAUUAAAAGAAGCUUAUGAUGGUGUCUUUUUACUGCCUAAAAAGUAACAAUAUAUGAGGAUAGGGAAAAAAAAUGAGCUAAAAAAGUUAAAUCAACAGUGAAGAUGAUUUUUUUUUUUAAACAUAACAAUACAUUUUUUUUCGGUUUGUCACUUGAUAUUUUACCCUCUAUUGCGAUGUUUGUUUGUUACAGCUUUUCCGGUUCGGAAACCAAACUAACAACAAUUACUUUACAUAAAAUUAUAUUACUGAUAAGCCGACCUUUUAUUAGUGACAGACGAUAGGGUAAAUAAACCUUGUUAAAAGGUCGUCUAUGGCCGAACGUAUUGUUUACCAAGUCGAGGAGAGAGUGGACAUUGUCAAUUUCGGGCGAAAAGGGUACAUGGUUUUCAAUACGAGGGGAGGAUACGGCGACUUAUGCCGGCCUUCGUCUUCCCCGGUGGCGUUCCCGUGAUUUUCCCACAGAACAUUAAACGGUCUGUUGCCCUCUUCUCCCUUCCCCCACUCCGUCAUUCAUCUACCGAGGAGUUUCGAACGACCUCCGUGAUAAGAAAUAGACGCAGUAAACCCACGACAUUUAAUCGGUCAGGUGAUGAUAUUUAUUUUUAUAUUCAGAAUGUAGCAAGUACUUAACUGGUUAUACAAUGAUGUGUGGUUUUGUUCUGUUUGUAAACAAUUUACCUAUCAAAAUAUUGCUCCAAAUACAACUGAUAGAUAGAUAAGGUUUUUAAUAAAAUGAUUUUUUUUGUGUUUAGUUUUCGUAAAAUUUCCUCCCGAAUUUCAGUAGAAACUAUUGUACUGUCUUGUACCAAUCGUAUACAAAUAUUUCUCGGUAUUUUUCAACAAUUCUACCGGUUCCCUCUGAAUCGAAUGGAAAACUCAAACUUGGCAAUUUGAGUGGUUCUGUAGGUGGAUUGAUGUAAUUAAAGUUGAGUUGAAUAUAAAUAUGAAUAAUUUUAAUGUGCCAUUGCAGGAAGCUGUAUUUUUAUACAUGAAAACACCCCUAAUGAAGCAAAGGUGGUGAAAUUAUGUACGCAUAACAUUAAUAUCAAUGAUGUGCCACUUUGGUCCUUCAACAUUUUAACUCUUACUCCUACCAUUUUUAUAAUCAAAUAUUACAAUUUUUUUUUUUUUUUAGUAGAAAUUUAGUUUUUGUAUUAUUACUUUAAUAAUAUUAUAGUAUUCGGUUAUUUAUUAUUACGAUUGAUAUUAUAAAACAUAGGGAGGGAGGGGGGAAUUCGGCUUUAGUGGUAGAGCUCUGUUGUUCACAGUUGUUUUUUAAUAAUAUGGAAACAAAGUAAAGAAAGAGGAAUAAUAAUUACACAAUAAUGGGUUUUGUUGAAAUUCAGUAAAAGUUCUAACAUUUAUACCGAAUACUUAUAUUAGUUUUUUGUGAUGUGGUAAAUUUUCAAAUUAUUCUGGCAAUUUUUGAGGUAUUUAUAGCCAUUGGAAAUUUUUGUUUUAUUUUUUAUUUUUGUUUCUUUUUUUUUGUUUUAUGUAGAUAAAAUUGUUUUAGUCAAGAAAGAAUCCUUAAAAAUUUUACACGAGAAUCAUCAUUAUACAACUGGUGGUCAAAAAAAUAGGAAAAGAAAAUUGAGAGCAAUAUUUUUGAAAAGUAUUUAAUAUCCCAAUUUUAACGAAAAACGUGAAAAUCACAACAAUUUGCGUACUAUUUUUCUACAAAAAAGUCGAGUUCACAAAACUAAUUAAUAAUAUAUUAUAAUCUUGUUAUUGGGUCAAUGUGAUAUUUUAGUACGUUUUAGUUCAUGUUUAUUGACGGUUUACUGCUCUGUCUGGUAUAAACAAAUAACCAGUAGGAUCGAACAUUUUUCGUAGUUAUUUUUAAUUUAAAAGAGCAUGUUGACUUUUUUUAUUUGCCCUUCGUGAAUUGAACGCAAAAGUUCCGAUGAUCCAUUGCAGUUACUCCGUAUACUCGAAAAUGGGUUUGAAUCCACUUUUGAGUGUUUUCACGUCUGCAAGCGACUACACUUCUCUUUCCUAUACAUGAUUUCAACGCCCGUUUUUCUUUGAAAAAUACAAAAACACAAUAUAAUAUAUUUGGAGGUACUUAUAUAGAGUGUGUUGACGUUUCUUAAGUAACACUAGAUAUUUACUUGGACUUGAAUUCUGUUUUUGGAAUGUGAUAGGGGUACCUAAAUACAUAAGACUAAAUUUAAAAUGUUUAACUUUUUCAGUAUGUGCAUACGCAAUAUAAUCUUCUUAUUUUGAACAGCAUGUCAUUUAAACAUUUAAAUAUCUAUUUAAAAACCAUAUUUUCAACCAACUUAAGAAUUUCUGAUAAAAAUACAUAUUUUAUGUACCUAUGUUGUUUGAAAAAGAAAACACUAUUCCAAUAUACUGUUAAAAAUAAACGAAAAAAAGCCAAAAUGUUGGGUUCGAAUAAAAUAGAAUUGAGAAAAGAGCGUUGUUAAUUUGUUUCUAAUUUUCUAAAAGACGUCCUCAUAAACGUUAAACAAAUACCUUCAUUGUUAUAUUACGUGCGAGACAGACAGAGAAACAAAUGUUAGUGCGAAGUCCUUUAACCGAAUUAAAUAACGGUUCGGUAUAACGUGACGAGCUAAAAUACAUACUUUGGGACAGUGGCGCCGAACGUAUAUAUUAAGUGUGGCGGCUGCCACACCUAAUUUAAGGGGUGGGUAUACCACCUAUCACGGGUAGUUUAGUAUAAAACAUUACACAUUUUACAAUUAAUGUAAGGAACCGUAGACAUAAUAUUACAAAUAACGUAACAUGACGUGUACUGUGUGACUGCAUUAGCAAAGCAAAUAACUAUAACUAUAACUAUUUAAUUAAUGGUUUAUCGAUAAAUAACCAAUAGUAUGUAAUACAUUUCUAAAUCUACAACAGCGGCUACAGCUAGUUCACGGUAUUGUAAGCAGACUAUACAGAAUGAAAACAUAUACACAAUAGUAUUGUUAUUAUUUAACUAAUUUCGGUUAUAUCCGAGAUUAUACAUUUUUGUAGCAAAAGAAUAAUAUGAUUUUAUAUGCAUUCAGAAGAUACAAAUAUUAUGCUAAUCAAACGAAAAACAAUGAACAUUGAACGUAUAUAUUUCAUAUUGAAAAAGACGGAUAUACUUCGCAAGAUGUGUGGGCCAUUGAAGUAGGUAAGAAGUUGGAAAGAUGGGAUAUAAAAAGGAAAUUUAAUGUAUGUCUGUGCGUAAUAAUUAAUUAUUGCUAACCAAAAACGAUUCUAAGCAGAGUACGGUUAUACAUGUUUCGAAAGACCGUAGGUGAUAUUUACGAUUUUCGUAAAAAUAUGAUUUUAAAACUUAUAAAAACAAAUAUACUACAUUACACUUUAUUUAUUUUUAACCACCGAGUAUAACUUAAAUUAGACCUAUUGUCAAAUUUUCAAGCAUUUCUGUUUGGUCUAACAAUUGUAUCAAAAGAGUACGUAUACCAAAUUAUUACGUAAAAUAUUACCAAAAUUAUAACAUUUAUAAAUAGCUCUAAGAAAAAUGUUUUGAUAUGUUACUACUUUUAGAUUAAGUAAAUAUACGUUCUUUGUCCAAACUUCAAGUUGCUACGAAUAUUCCUAACUGAAUCACAACAAAAAAAAGGAAAUUGAAAAUAAUAAAAGCAUUAUUUCCGUAGAUUGUCUCCUUCUUUCUAUGUUUUUUUUUUUUUUUUUUGUUUUGCUCACUUAUUAAAAUAACUACACGGAAAAUGAAAAAACUAUCUAAUUCACCAACCUAAUCAAGAAUUAAACAAAAAAUGUCACUUGUAAUUUUUCUAUUGGAACAAUUUUUCUGGUAGAAAAUAUACUGUAUACAAAUUUGAAAUAAUGAAAUCGAUAACGCCGUGGCGCAGUGUCAAUAUUUUCCGUUUUACCUAUAAUUUAGGUCUGUCGGGUUUUUCCAAAUUAUUUCAAAAACCCCUAAGAAAAUUUAAAAAUGUACGUCUUUAAUUUACUUAUUAGACAAAAUCACCUUUCAGACAAAAUGUUAUACCCUACACAUCGGAUCAAGAUUUUCAGUAGAAAAGUUGUUUACAGGCACACAAAAGAAACAAUAACAAUAAUAAUACAAAAACACACAUCGUAGUUAAACUCUAAAACCAUUAGGUUCCUCGCUAUGCUCAGAACCUAAAAUAAAUAAAUAGUAAAAGCAUAUUCCUGUCAAAUGUCAAUAAUUUCCAUGCUAAUUAAAAUGUAAGUACCUAUGUACAUAAAUUUAAGUAUUCGUGCAUUAAAAUAUUAAAUAAUUCAGAUAUGUAUACAUUAUUCAGUAAAUAACAUUAUAAUUGUAAAAAUAAUAUUUUAUAUUUUCGGAAUUUGGUAGUUGGUGUGGGGGCUACGCCCCUCACGAAAUACGCUUAAUACCGUGUAAAGGUAGGUGGGAAUGAAUUAAUGUUUAUUGCCACACAUACAAAAGAAUAUUUCGGCACCACUGCUUUGAGGACUCGAACAAUUUUAAAUAUAUUAUUAUGCUAUAGCGAAUAGUUUUUCACCAAAAACUUUCUUCGCCAAGACUACAUAGACUAUACUGAACAGCCAAGUUUUUUCUUACAUAAAUAUUCAAUGAAAAAUAUUAUAGACACCUUUGUAUAUUACACGGUUAUCACAUUUUCCAGUCUGUUUUCGCGAAUAUUUUGAAAGUAUAAUAAAUUCUUAAACAAUAUUUCGACAAAACUUUAUGUUAUCAUUAUCCUCACGUCGUUGGCGAAUAAUUCAAAUCAAAUAAUACUCUAUACCUACCUACAAAAUAUAAUAAUACGUUUCGCGAAAUGUGCAGAAAAAAAUCCUUAACAUUGAAUAUCAACAGUACAACAUAGUACGAAGUGCCUACCUACCAGAAAACAACUAUCCUAUUUUAGAUCCCGAAGAAAAAGAAAAAAAGCUAUUAUUUAUAUAAUACAGGUACUAUAGGAUGUUUAUUACCCUAGGGAAACCUUUUUAACAAAUCCGGAAAAUGUAUCGACAAAUAAUUGAACACGGAUGGUUAGUAUAUGUACUUUUAAAGAAGAUUUUUUUUUCCAUUUCCUCGUUCGAUGCACUAAAAACGGAUAUUUUAUCUGUAAUUUUCAUCAAACGUUAAAUUUUAAUUUCCUAAUAGUUUUAUACUCGCUGUGUCAUAAGUACACAAAAUCGUUUUCAAUUUUUAGAUUAUUUAUUUCGUUCUCAUCGUGACCCUACUAUAAAAUACCAUUACCUACGACCUUAUCAAAAUGAUUAUUUUCAUGCAUUUCUUAUUAUAUACCUAUAAUACAUAUUUUUUUAUAUUAUAAAAUUAUAAAUAGAGAAAGAGAGUGAAUAGCGUUUAAUUUGUUAUGGUAGGUAGGUAAUAUACCGAAAAAAAAUAACACCGACACGCCUUGAAAAAUCGCUUUUAAAGUUUUAAUAUUCUUUUAUUUUAAUAUGAAUUUUUGAAAAAAAUAAAAAAAAAAACGGUCCUAAAUGACAUUUUACUAUAGGUAUACAAAACAACGGGAAAAUGUAAGCCGUAAACGACUUUUGACUGUAACGAUAAUCGAGGAGAACUUCAACGACGGUAGGGUAACGGCGUUAUAAUUUCAUUUAUUUACAAUGAAAUCGUAAUAACUUUAGUAGUGGUUAUACAGAGUGGGUUUUUAAUAAUAAAUUAAUAAUGUCCCGUGAAGAUUGAAUAUGAAUUCGAUUUUGGUUUAUUUUUAAUCGUUGAAGAGUUAUUAUUUGUGUGGUUUUUUUUUUCUUGGUACAUUGUAUUUCCGAAAUAAUACUCGUCUUCCGUUUACUUCGGUUACCCAUACCAACAUAUUACUCACUAUAUCUAUACUGAAGUAUUGAUUUAUCGUAAAUGUCUAUUAUCUACGCAUCAAUCUAUUCUAGGUGGUCUUUUAAACAAACCAUGUGCGUGCUGCCCGUUGGAAAUUUUCGAAAACAAAUCGAAUAUGAAAUAUCAGCGUUUUUAUCGGCGUUUUUCUGAAAAAGUUUACACUGCCCAUGGUUAUGCCACUGUUGUACGUGGUCACGCGGGUCGUUAAUAAGGUAGCAUACAUUAAAAUGUAAUUUCGUUUAUGUACCAUAUGCAACGACGGACCACUGCAAACGGAAAAAACGAUUCUGGGCGCAGCAGUUGUUAUACCAAUUAGUAUAUAUUAGUAAUGUCAAUAGAUAUUAGUAUACUUCAAUGUCAGCGACCCGUGUGAAUAAGUGAGUGUCGGGAAAUGGAGACUACGGCGGCGACGGCGAAUGAAUAACCGAAUCGCCGCGGAAAAGACAGUAUUGUCGGCGCAACGACAUCGUCUGCCCGUGAAAUAGCAAUAAUAACAAUUCAAAUCGUUGACACGUGCUGAAAAAGCUCACCGGACUCCGAUAUCGUGCCGCAUGCAACGGUGCGCAAUUAUUUUUUUAUUUUAUUACAAUGUUGUGUCAGUGCGAUGGCCAGUCGAUCGUAUUGAAAUCGCGUGUACUCACUUGCCGCCGUCAUAAUAUUAUAAUAAAUUAUUAUCAUUCCGUGUUGUGUGUAAUAUUUCCCCAUCAAAACACGUUGGCGAUAUUUGUUAUUUAUUAAUUUUUGGCCCGGGUUUGUCUGCGAAAAAUACUAUAGAAUAUUAUAUUAUGCGCAAAAAAUGCUUAUGGUGGGCGUACGCGCUUAAAAACGGGUUAAUAAUAAUGUUGCAACGGCAAUUCGCGGGAAAUGCGUCGGUGAAGGGGAGUACACAAUCGGUGGAUUUUUUUUUUUUCGUUACACUAGGCUCCACUCGGAAUCUAAAAGAAUAACAUAAUUUUGUAAACACCAAUAAACGUUCUGGAAUAAAGUCGUUCGAGAUCUAUACCAAAUUAAUUUUAAUUUUCCAUAACAUUCACCCGAGUGGUGCAAACUGUGCAAUGUGCAAUAUUCUAGGUAUAAACAACACGCCCAUAGAGUCAAGGUUAGAACUGGAUAAUGAUAAUCUUCAAAAGGUUUUAUUUAAUUAAAUUGUCUGGAAAAGCGUAUUAACGCGUGAAAAUAAAAUAAUCUGAGAGAGAGGAACGGAAUAAUAAUAACAAUGAUAUUAACAAUUAUCUUAUUUCACCGCAGCCGCCGCUCUGUGGAGACUCGCGCUCACGUAAAUAAUUGCAAAAGUCGUUAAUUAAACACGUUUGCUUAACGUAUGAAACGACGAAACGGUGUCUGAAUAAAUUUAGAUCUUAUCUCUUUUAUAACGAAAUUUUAAUAAAACCGAUUUUAUUUUCGGUUUGGAUAAUCUUUUUGGCAUUUUAUAAAUGCCUCUCUCCUCCCCCGAUAUAAGUGUAAAAAAUAUACAGUGUAGGUGUCGAUAUUAUUAGCAUAUUUCAAAUAUAGUCAGGUUGAAUUUGUCUAGCAAGCGUUAAUAAGAAAGUAAAAAAGGGUUACCGUGAUAGUUACAUACAUCAUAAAUAAAUAAAUAAUAAUUAGUUUAAAACACCCUAUGUCAAUAUCAAUUACAAUCGAACAAAAACAUAUUAUGUCGAUGUAGAGCAAACUUAGACAUUUGUAAAGUAUUGUUCGAAGAAAUCUGAUAGUGUAGUCAAAUAGACUUUUCAAAGAAAUAAGGAUGUCACGGGGAAACACGGGGAGACGCAUGAUCAUUUUUUAAAAAUUGGUUUUGGUCAAUAGUGUGCACAAGCAAAACCGUGUGGAACACCUCAACUAUAAUACGAAAUCCGAGGUCUGUAACAUUUUUUUUUUUUUGAUUUUCCAUGGCGACAAAUUAUAGAAUCCACAAUUUCCCGUCAUAAUAUGGCAGACAUAUUGAUUUACCUUAGCAAUAAAAUAUAAAAUCCACAGUAGUCCGUCAUAAUGUAACGUGGCAUAUUGAUUUACCAUGGCAGCCAAAUAUUUUAUCCACUAUAACCUGCCAUAUAAUAAAGGACACACCACUAGUUUUCAAUAUUGAGCAUUGGUUAAUGAUUGAAAUAAAAACUCCCCUUUUUGUUCGGAAUCGUGAGUUUAUAUCAUACUCAUAUAUGUGAACAUUUUAUUUAGGUCGUGUUUUUUUUUCUGUUUCAGAUGAAGACGGAGAAAAGUCAGUUUCUGUAUUGCUGGACGCAGAAGAGUCAGAGUUGAUAUUUUUAGACAAUUCAAACAUGGUGAGUUCUAAUAUAUAUAUAUAUAUUCAUAAAUUUACAAAUUUAAACAAUAGUUUUGCAUGACAAUGCCCUAUUAUAAUACUUUAAUUCAUUCAUUUUUUAGAUUCUGAACGGACCGUUUAGAUUGAAAUAUGUAGGUUUUUUUAAUUUGUUCUAUUUAAGACCAAAUUUUGACGAAAAUCCUACAAAUCACGGCAUUUUAAAAACAUGUAUAACAGAAUUUCUGUGAAUAAUCGUUUUUCGUAGACAUUGGUUUAACGAUUCGUACAGAUAAAAAAAUGUAAUAACUCUAAGUAUUUUAUCUUCUCAAUUUCCCGCCUACAACAAUAGCACAUCCAUCAGCAGUAUCUGCUCUUUUUCAGGUUAAUUUAACAAUUUGAAAUCAAUUGAGAAAUUAUUAAAUCACGCCUACUUUUAUGAUAAUAAUAUACAAACAUGUAUUCAAACUAUAUAGAUAGAUUAAAUGAAACUGACUCAGCCCUGUUAAAGUUUAAAAUUAUUAAUAAAUAUUAAAUAUUCGUAUACAUCAUACAAUAUAUACAACUUAUAUGUUAAACUACUCCUGAUACGGUAAAAACCGGAUUUCAUCUAUUUUGUUUGCAGUAUUAAAACCUAUACAAUACGGUAAUAUUUUUUCAUAUUAUUUCAUUCGACCGGAAAUACUAUUAUAUUUAUUCGGUCGUGUAAAAAAAAAAUAUUUAUAAAUAUUAUAUUAAAUAUUACCGCGAAAACUUUGUGUGCCGAUAGAAGUAAUUCGAUAAACGAAUUAAACACACUUGCCCACAAUUCAAUACGUACAACAGACGUUUUAUUAUAAUCCCGUAGUGUGUUGUACGAACAGAGUGCACGUUUCAAAUGUAAAAUAUAAAAAAAUGUACAUGGUAGUCGGGAUUAAUUUUUUUUUUUUUUUGUCGGUGUCUCGUUUAAAAAAUAUAUGGAUUUUUACCACAAUUGUUUGCGUAUAAAAAACAAUAAAAUCCAAUGAUGCGGUAAGUAAUGUAUUUAUUACUUCGUACACGAGUUGUAUUAAGGUUAUGAUAGGUUAUUAAUUUUGUAUAAUAUUAUUUUAUAGCGCUUUUUUGUUCUUCUAAGAAAAAAAAAAAUGAUUACUUAUGUCAAAAUUUAUGAAAGUUUUACGAUAUAUAUAAUUUAAUAUGUUUACAUUUUGUCCAACGAACGGUAAUGUUUUGUUUUUUUUUCUGAAAAUAAUAAAGAAAUAGACGGACAUGCUUUGCACGAUGCUUUACACAAGAAUUUUAUUGAAACCAAAUGUUUUAACCAAAAUUGUAUUUAAACAACAUUAUUAUUACGUAGAAAAACUGCGUUCGAUUUUAAAAAUGUACUAAAGUUUGAAUAAUAUUAACUAUCGACUUACAAUAAUUUAUUGGAGUCCAUCAAUCGCACUCAUCUGAUAAAAAUUGGCUGUAACAAUCAAUGCCUUUUGUUGUGCGUUCAAAAUUCAAGAAAUUGGUUACACUCUGAUACAAAGUUGCAUUGCUGUCGUAACUAUUACAAUGAGUACGUUUUAAAUAAAUGUGACUUGAAUAUAACUACAAUUUGUUGGUUAAUCUCAUACUCACACUCCGUCUUACUAACGCACGAUAUAGCAAAAUUAAGUAUGUAAUUAGACGUGGCGUUUAAACUGGAAUUCGAGUUUAAUUCCAAAUAACGGAAUCUAAAGAAUUAAAUGUAUUUUAAAAAUGUAAAACUAACAUGGCUGUAACUUCCUUCCGAGACAAUUUUUUAGAAAAAACCAAAUACGGCCGACCAUCGAAAAUAUACUCCUCUUUGAAUUUUGUUAGUUUUGUUGAAUCUACAAUUUCAACCUAAACGUCAAAAUUUAAAUUGUAUACGUAUUAGAGACGUUACAGACAGACAGAUCUGGUCUGUUAUUAAUUUUAUAAGAUUAUGUUUUGUUUUUCGACGUUAGUUUUUGUAAAUUCAUCAGUAUAUUACGCGUAUUACGAUUCAUAAAUUAAUUUUACGGCGACAGUGUGUCAAACAAAUAUUUGAACAAUUUCAGAUUUGGAGCGUAUCGCCGAGGGAUUUAUUGGGUUCACUUUGGUGUGUGCUUUGGCAUUUUUUUUUCCGCCUGUUAACGACUUCUUUACCAGAAAACUUGCUCCGAAGUUUAGACAAUCGCACCUUUACCGCGGAUAGGCAAUUUUCUCCAGUUGGUAGGCGCUGGGAAUGUCAUUUUUUGAUUUUCCAAGGGGUUUUCGGAAUAAUUGAAAAAAACCCGAGAGAAAAAAUUAUCGGAAAAACGGCAAUUUCGUUUGCGGUUUUCAACCCGCGCGUCUGUAUGUGCGGCAAUAUCGACGACUGUAGGUAAUAUUUUCAACACGCCGUAAUGCAUAUUAUCAAUACACUUAUAAUAUAUACUACUACUCGUAUAAUAUUAUGGCUGAUAGUUAUAAUGAUUGAUAUCCCGUGUCGCGUGUAAUGAUAACAACGAUAAUUACGUUUGAAUCAAUCGCAAAGGCUACGUUCAAUGCUAUAGUAUAUUAAUAGGCAUUGCAUAGCGAACGACGUGAAUAAAUCGCUAACACGUUUCCGGCGUCAGUCGAUCUAACGCAAUCUGUAGCGGGCGCGCGCGAUCUACGUAAAUGAGCUCGCGGUAAUCAACUUAAACGCUCGUUCUUUAUGCGAGUAAUAAUAAUACGUGUAUCGGCAACUGCAGCAGUGUACCGGCAGCAGCAGCUAGCUUCGAAAACCACUUCACACAAAAGGCUGUAACAAUUUCGAAAAUCAAUAGCGCCCUCCCCUCCCUCCAUACCCUCCCCUGCCCCCAUACCCUCGGUGUUCCGCGUUUUCGUAUUUCACCUAUGCGCUCGUGUUUCAAUAAAAAUGUGCGAUGAUGAUAAUACGGUGUAACGUCAAAGGGGCGUAUUAUAUAGUCAAAUCGCCCAUGAUUGAUAUCGCGGAUAAUGCAAUAUAUUCACGUACAAAGGCCUCUCUUGUAUCACUUUCGUACGCUACAUAAUAUUAUAUAGACGCCAGAAUUACAAUUAAAUAUUUACGGAAAGUCUAAAAAUUGCAUGUCACACAUUUAUACAGGCUGUCCCAACGAAAAUACGCCCCUUGAAUAUCUCCGGACAUAGUAAAGAUAAUCAGGUUUUUUUUUUCUAUAUUACUCAAAUAUUACUCACUGUAGAGACUACAAACAUGUAUAUUUGAAUUUAUUUUUUUUUAUUUUUUUUAUUAAAAAAAUUACUUUUUAUUAUAUUAUCUCCGGAGAUAUUCAAGGGGUAUAUCUUCGUGGGACAAUCUGUAUAGUUAACUCCAUCGUCGACUCUAAAAUGUAAACCUUUUUUCUUUCGUCAUACUCGAAUUGGAAAUGUUCUUCGUGGAUCAAUAAUACCGCACAGAAAAUUGCUUGUUUUAAUGGAAUACGAUCGUAAUCCAAAUAGUAUGGAAUUUUUUUUCGGAAAUUUUCUCUAAACAUGAUACUCGCUCUUUCCCGAGUUGGUAUAAUAUUUUUAAUGACGACCAAACAUUGCAUGAAUGAAUAUACAUUAUUUUAACUGAACAUUUAAUAACGGGCGAGUAAAAAUCCUAUAAUGACGUUUAAAAUAAUAAAUUCGGACGAACGAAAAUUAAUAAUAUCAAUUGCUACCUACCCGUAUACAAAACGUAUAAUAAAAAUAAAUCUUUUAAAAACGAACAAAUUUUUUUCGAGCAACCUGGUAGUAGAAAUGUAUUGAGAUCGACAUUUCCUGAAAUAACUGGGAAACCAGCGGCCUUUUUCCUGGAAAAUUGAUUUUUCCUGAUCUGACAAAAGAAGUCGAAAUGAUUUGUUAAAAACAAUUCGUUUUUUUUUUUUUUUUUUUGUACGCCAAAGAUAUUGUUUCCGGUAACUUUAUUUGUUUAAAUUUUCCAAAAAUAACCGUCUUUGACAUUUCGAUUCCCAGAAAUGUGUAAUAAUAUUUUCUACUCGAGUACGUAAGUCCUACCCGAAUACGAGUGAAUAAAGUGAACCGUCUAUUCGCGUGUCCACUUCACCCUAAGUACUAUACAACAACACUGAUGUCCGAGGCUAAUUCGAUUUCGCGUUCUGCGCGCACACACACACACACACACACACACACACAUUCUAUAUAUACGUAUAUAUAUAAAACAAUAAAUUAACCAAACUCUUCGUCGCGAUUCGAUUCGAUUAUAUUAUGUGUUUUAACUCGAUUUGUAUAAUAUUAUUUUGUUAGCACUAACGGUCCCGAGUAAUAUAAUAUAAUAUUAUGUUAUAUACGUACGCGGACUGGGAAUUAGCACUUUGUUCAAUUUGUGCGUUAGGUAGCUUAUUGCUGUUGUGGCACAUCAAAGUGACGGUCGAAAUGUAUAAUUGUGUUACACAUUUACACUCGCAAGACGCCGGCAACGGAUGUUCGGUUUUGCAUCGAUCACAUAUACUGUUAUUGUAUUACAUUGGUACGGGGUUAUUUUUUUCGCGACCGCUCCCCGCGCCUUUCAUUAAAUUCAAAUUCUAUAGCGCAUAAUAUAACAUAACACUACCGCGUACGUGUGGGAAAUUCGAGAAACCGAUGUUGACGCUUAGCAAAACGGUUUAAACGACAUUUUGGAAAUUCAAGGGGGGGGGGUGUUAAAGAAUAAAACUUAAGCAAUAUAUAUUUUAUAUUGCACGACGCGGCGACAUCGACGUGUACAUCACUGUUCUGUUGAAUUUACUUUGAAAUGUUUCGCGUUGAAAAACGCAAAUAAAUACCGUCUUUUUCCUUUUACGUUUAAACACGCUGAACAUUAAACGAAAACUACGGAUUCCCGCAGCGGGUUACCAAUGUCGAAAACACUCCGAUCAGCAAUUCACGGUGCAUAGAUUCGUGCGUGAUUCCCCUGGUUUUGUUCAACGUGCAUUUCUGAUCGGCGUGUAAACAACUAUUAUAAUAUUAAUGUCUACUGUGUCGUUUUAAAUUUUCUAGUUUCCCGUUGUAACUAAAUAUUGUACUUCAAUCAGCGCUUCGUUUUCCGUUCUUAUCUUCCGAAACCGAUACUGCACGUCGUACAUUCAUAAUGUCAUUUUCUGUCGCUUGAAAAUAUUCGAUAUCGUAGAUUUUACUAUAGUUGUCCGUAAACCGUCUUGACCGGAAUAUAUUUUUAACCGGAUAUCUUCGGAAUAAAAUAUGUACACAACCGUCGGAUCAUUUUUCGACUGUCGUAUAGGCUCAUAGUUUAUAUUCGAAUAAGGCGACUGAACUUACUACAGCACGCCUUGUAGUAAUGGUAUCAGCUCUACAAUCUGUCGUUUUAUCCGAGUCUAUCGACUUUAUUUAUCUCGCUUUGUAAUUUUCAUCCAAAUCCUCUGUUAUCGUUGAGUGUUUUAGGCACGCAUUGACAUAUAGUAAAAAAAAAUACAAAGAAAACGUAGCGCGUUGCACGGAAAAACAUCGAAUUACAUAUUUAAAAGGCUAUUUCUGACAUUAUGGGUUUUCGAGGGUCUCUGUUAACAACUGACGGCGACGGCGCGGUGAAAAAGACUCCGACGAUGGUGUAACAAAAAUAAUGAUUAUCUCUUAUCAGUUACACAAUACACAUAGCAUCACGCAUGGCACCAUCGCCACGUUCACCCCCUUCAUCCCCACUACCGCUCUUUGACUACUUUCGCAUACCCGUCGCCCCUUACAAUCCCCCCUCUCGGUCAGAAAGAUGGGUAAAUAUGGUGUAUGCGGCGAUUAUAUCUUAUUGUUAAGAGUAAUAAUUCAAUGUGUACGCAAAACUUCACCUAUUCUUUUUUUUUUUUUUCGUCAUGGUAACGUUUUGUUUUCGGUACCUAUUGCGAAAUCAAUCUCGAUUUGUCAGAAAAAAAACGCUUUACUGUAUCAAACUCUACAACAUAUAUACCUGAUUAUACUUAUAUGUGAAAAAAUGCAAACCGAUUAACCGCUAAUACGCAUUUCCUUUUGUAAUGACCUUUCCGUCCAUAUCGUAUUCAUCUUCAUAAUUAAAUACUGGGAUUCUACUCGAUCAUUACACACUAGUGUAUACAAAGUAUUAUGAAUGCUUAGUUUCCACUUAUUACCAUGUAUAAUAUUUUUAAUAUUAUAGAUGUUUAGUUUGAUUUAAGUUUAACUUUAGAUAGUUAUUAUUGAACCUUGAUUUUACAAUUGUAAAUAUUUUAUUAGCUUUAAAAUAACAAUUUUCAAUACGUUUAUCAUGUAGGAGAAUAACAGUAUAAUCCACAAAUCAAUAUAUUUUUACACCAACAUUAAUACUAAGCAAACCAUUUAUGCAUAAAAUAAAGAGACAGGCCCGAUAACAGUCCCCUGAGGAACAUCAUCAUCAUGGUUUAUUUUUAAGGAAGCAAUACACCCAAUUAAUAUUAAUUUUAGCUAUUUGAAUCUUAUCAGUGUGGUAAGUUCUAAUAAAAUAAUUUUUUGUACCACGGAUUACUGCAAAAUCGAGUUUUUUUAUGUAAAAGCUCACGGUUGAUACUGUCAAAAGCCUUUUUGACAUUAAGAAAAACGGCAAUAACUUUAUUAUUUAUAUCUAACUUUCCAUGCAUGUAUUUAUUGACAAAAAAAUGUGCUUUGUUAUAGAUCUACCCUUAAAAAAACCAAAUUGAUUAUCAGAAAAAAAAAAGAAUUACCGUUAAGGAAGUUCAUAAUCCUAGAUUUUAUGACAUUUUCAAAAAUCUUGAAUAGACUUAGCAGACAAAGUAAUGAUUAUAUACACAAAAAAAAGGCAUAAUUAUUCAAUCGCUUCAAGACAAACCAAAAACGUGUUUUCUGAGUAAUGAAUAAGUAUUUCGCUAAAACUAAUAAAGCUUUCUUACUUCACUCGAAAUCAAAUCUAUAUAGCAAUUAUAUGUGGGUUUAUAUAUAUAUAUAAGUAUGAAACUCCUAGGUAUUCGCUUUUUCAGUCACUAUGUUUUUUUACGAAGUUUUUGUCAACUUUUACUAAAAGUUUAUUCAGUUUAUCAGACUCUUUGAUGUUCCUAAAAUCGCAUUUAAUGACAAAAGCUUUUAAUCGAUAUUACUAAAAACUCAGCCAUUUAUUACGGAAUGAACAGGGUGUUUUAUAUUUUUUUAAAUCUCGAAUUAAUUUUUGUAAACCCCAAUAAACCCGAUAUUGAGAAUUCAUACGAUAUCAUUAUUAUAUUAUCAAUAUUAUAUUGUUAUCAUUAAUAAUGCCUAGUUUUCAGUACGUGUGCCAGUCAUUAAAAAGAAUCUUGAGUUCUGUUAGCAUAUUUAUGUGGGAAUAUUUACUCCUUUUCAAUAGCCAUUCUAUGGCCAGAACACAAUUUUUUAGAUAGGUACAAUUGACAGCCACUAAACAUCCAAUAGCCGCCAAAAUAUCGUAAUCCGAAGAAGCCAUCAUAUAUAAAAAGACAGAUAUAUAACUAAAUUGAAGGGGAACACUCAUUAAUUAAAUAUAAUACAUUUGAUAACACACUGAUAGAAAACUAUAAAUGAUUAAUGAUAACAAUACAAAAAUAUUUAUAAUAUGAUAAUAAAUCAUACGAAUCCUCAAUAUCAACCACAUGUAUAGAUUUGGCCAGUACAGUUCAGACCGCGUAGUUUUUUUUAUCUACACACGAUACAUGCGCGUGACGGCGAGGUUUUAUUGAGGAAAUUCUAGAAGUCGUUCCUUGAGGAUUUUACCUUGAGUAUUUCUUCAUCAUGUGUGACCACCUACCUUUAUUAUGAAUUUACAUUUGAUUGCUAUGAUAAAUCAAUAUGCCCGUUAUAUGCCGGGUUAUAACGGAUUUUAUAUUCGGUUAUGGUAAAUCAACAAAGCUUUAGCUAUGAUUUAUAUAUAAAUAAGAUAAAACCGAAAAAAUUUUAGUUUCGACUUCAUAGCAGGCAAAAUACUUCGUAUAUUAUUUUUCUGUGAAUAUAUAAUAAAUUUAUAAAAACUAAAAUUGUCAUACCGCAUUCUAUGGAAAAUAACAGGCAAACAGAUGUUCAAGUGAUAUAAAAAACAGUUAUUAUCAGUGAAAUAUAAUUGAAAUUUCAAUACUUUUUUACAAAAACACAUGACAAAUACAUAGUUUAUUUUUCGUUGAAUUUCGUUUAACAUUCGAUUUUAAAUGUCACUCCUGGCUCACGUAAGAGAAUCGUAUAUAUCUUUUCAGGAUCGUUUAAAUCGUGAACAAAAAAUUCGUAUCGAAAAUGAAAUCGGUAAAACUCUUGAUAGUUGAAAAUUCUUUACUGUGAAUUGCCAAGUUAUAAUAUGUACACAACGGUUUUUUAUUCAUCUCACAAACAUUAUUUUUCCGUUUUUUUUUGACACACAUACAUUACGUUUUCAUACGGCGACUAAUAAAAUAAUCCCUUAGCAUAUACAAGGUACUCGUGGAUUAACUGGUUGAAUUCGUUCAUUGUUUGAAACGUAAAUAAUUGCAACGUUUCGUUUGAAUGUUUCAUGGAAAAACUAUUACAGUUUUCAAAACUAAAAAAUGAAUGAAAAUUCAUUAUAUUCAUUUAUUGAAUUUCAUUUCACGUUAUUAUUAUUAGCGGAAUAUGACAAGCGUAUAUUUUGACGAGUAAAGUAAUAUAUUAUCGCCAUCGUCUUUAUUUAUCUAUAGAAGUAAGACACAUAAAGACUCCAUUAACUUUGAUAUUUCCUUUCAGCGUGACUCGACUUAGUUCGCUAUAGUAGAUAAUAAUAACCUAUAAUAUGAUUCACGGAUUCGCAAAGUUUUGACGAAAUUUUCAAUAUGUCUCGAAACUAUUCCCAUUAAAUUUCUAUACGAGUCGUAUUUUUGUGGAGUUUCGAAGAUUCCACAAUUCCUAUAAUUAAUUUGUCGUGUACUUAUUCCUUUAUAUUUUGUAAUUCAGCCGAGUUCUGAAUAUCAUGAUUGCCUAAUAAUAUUAUUAUUAGUGGUUCAUUAAAUGGUUAAUAUACAAUAAAUAUGAAGAUGGUAUUGAAGUCUCUAAAAAAAGGUUACUUGAAAUCAGGUGCGCUGAUGAAAACAUUCAGAGACCACGUCACUUGGCCCGGUAACAUGUAAAGUGAUUCAUAAGAUAUGCUCACCCCAACUUUAGGGCUAAAUUAUUUAUGCACACAUUUCUGAUUUUGAGAGUUUAUAAUUUAAUUAAAAAAACGUUAUUUUUGUUUAUUAUUUAUAUUAUUUCGUUAUACAAAUUAUGCUCCACUACUCUCCCCCUGCCUAAACUUAAAAGUGGGAUAUCUCGUGAAUGAGUUCGCGGAAAUCAAAAAUCUUAAUACCAAAAUUCAUAUUGUCUAAUACCACAAAUAUUUAUGGAAUUUUCAAUAUAGGUUCUCAUUUGGUUGAAAAGUUGAUAUCAACAACAGGAUGCUCCUAAAAUGUUAAGGAAAAACCUAAGUGUACGAAAAUAUCGCGUUUAACUAUGCACAUAAAAAUUACAAAAAUCAGAAUUUUAAUGUAUAAAAAGCGUGCCGCUAAAAAUGAGGCGAGUAUGCUUAAUGAAUCAUUCUGCGUAUAAUUUACCGUAGUAUAAUAAAUUGUUAUAAUCGUAACAAAACUAUAUUAUUUCUCUAUAUGAUGUCUAUAUUAAAUUGCGACUUAUCAUAUAACUUAUAAGCCGCAGAAUUAAUUUUAAACUAUAAACGGGUGAAACGGCGCGGCGGCGAUAGGUAGUACCAAAAACUAAUAUUAUAUAUUAUUUAUGAUAAUUGAAUAGAUAGUUACAUACUAUUAUUAGGUAUACACCAAUAUCCUAACUUGUCGGUUUGUCGAUGAACAUCGCGCACCGCGUCGGAAGAGAGAUUUGAACAUAAAUUAAUAUUAUUUACACUCGGCAGGUCCUGUACGGUAAAAUAACAUAAUAUUAUUAUGUCGCGUGCGGCGGACCGACUACUAUAUGAUAUUAUAUUAGUAAUACUUCAGGGGCAGUUGGUUCGGAACGUCGACCUGAAACCUUUCAGUUAUUACGAGUAUUAUAAAAUAGAUAGGUCGUCGACAAUGAUAAUGAUGACGGUGAUAAUAGUAUGCAAAACGUGCCUAUGGUACUCACGUCCGUCACUACAGUGUAUUAUAAUGCGGAUUGAUUAUAGAAUAAACAUGAUUAUAAUAAUAUUACUAUUGUUGCUUAACCUAAACGAUAUUGUAUUAUAAUAUUCUAUAUUAAUUUGAUAUCACAUCUCUGUCACUACAUUUUGAAUGGUGGCAUCAGUGGUGAGUGGUGACACUAAAACGCCGCAUAAAAGAUUAUUGAAAAGGAACGUGGAUUUUCGGUGUUUGCGGUGAACCUGUCACAGAUGUUAUCAAAUGUUGAAAAGUGUAACGCACACACCGAUGUAUCUAUAAAUCGCAAUAAUAGAAAGCCGACGUGGCGUUAUCAUUGAUGUCAACAAAAUGGCCGAAUUUUUGUACCAAAAAGUCCGUGUUUAAAUUUCGCUAUUGUUAAAAUAAACGACCGCAAAAUAAACCGAUUUAAACCAAUUCAAAUUAGAAUAAUGUUUGUUACUACACCUUUACUUAGCAAUUAAAACCGUUAGUAAAACGUAAGUAAUUGAAUCGAUACCACUUACAGAAACACGUAGUAGUAAAUUGUGCGGGCACAAUGUCGAUUUCGUAUGGAAUUACUAUUAUGCAACACUUCAACGAUUAUUAAAAAUAAAUCUGAACAAUAUACAAAAUAACGUGAAUUCAGCUAUAAAGAUAAUAAGUGUAAUAAGUAACGCGUCUUAAUACGCUAUUUAGUUACCGAAUUAUAGACAUAUCCAAACACGAAUAUCUAAUUCUUUUGUUUCGUUUUUAUUAUACUUAACCGUCGUAUUGUUAUCAUACGGAACUCGUGUCGUUUUUUCCAAUGAACGUUUGUCCAAUUUUAGUUAAAAAAUCUCCGAGAUAAUAAUAAUUGCGUAUCUACUUGUUUGUAUAAUACACUUUAAUCAAAAACGAAAGCGUGUAGAAAUACAUUAACGAAAAACUGUGAUGUCGAUAUUUUCGAUCUGUAAACUUGUACAAUUUGUCACAUGUUCUUUGACCUAAUAUUAUUAUUAUUUUGUUAUUAUAAACAAAUUUCAUUGCAUUUACUACGCCUUAAAAAAAAAAAACAAACGUAUUAAUAUUAAAUAUAAUAUAAUGUUCACAGCCGGCCGAUUGCAACGACGUGUUCGAAGAAACGCCCCACGCCUAUUGUAUUAUUUACUCGAGAAACGAUUGGGACAGUUUCAAACAAGCCGAAGAAUGGUUACAAGCCCUGUGGAAAGCAGAUUUGGUCAGAAAUAAAGCCGUCAUAUUGGUCGGUAACAAAAACGACAUUGUAAGACCUAACGUCGUACCGUCGGGAGGUAAAGUGUAUAAUAUUAAUGUGUAAAUUUGCCAAUGGUUUUGAUUUUGAUUUUUUCGGUGGUACAAUUUCGAAUGUUCUCGUGCCUGUUUGUCUGAAUAUAUAGGUGUAUAGGCUCAGUCGGGGUAAGAUUUACAUCUUAGAUGUAUAAUUGGAUUUGUAAUUUUUCCAUUAAAAAGGCGCGUAGAAUUUUUUCUCCGAAAUUCAACCACUAAAAGGGGAAGGGGGAUUUACGAAAAACGUCUGUUUUUAUAACACGAAAAUUAUAUUUUUUUUCCUCAAGUUUCCAUUAGAUACAAGGUAUAUUACGCGCAAAAGCAAAUUCGAUCAUUAAAAAAUGAUCGAAUAAUCGAAUGCGCCAAAUUACGAAACAAACUGUAAAGUUAUAGUUAUUAAUAUUAGUAUAGGUAGUUAGAUAAAUACGUAAAAGAAACACAUGUUUUAGAAGUGGGAAACAAAUGUCAACAAUUUCGAUAUUGGGUCGUCAUCGAUCCACGCAAUAUUAUUAUGCUAGCGGUGGCACUCGUUACACAUACUAUAAAUCGUAGAUACCGGAUACUGUAUAGCUUUACUUUAAACCAUUAUAAUAUUUACGGCACAUAAAGUACCACUUGCGAAUAUAAUUUACCACAUGUUGUGUUUCAGUGGGAAAACAAAUGGCCACCCGGUACGAUUGCAAGUUCAUCGAGACGUCUGUAAUCAUCAACUACAACGUAGACGAGUUGCUGGUCGGCAUACUGACGCAAAUCCGGUUGAAACUGGACCAACAGCCGGAACACGGUGUCGGCGGGUCGUCGGGUUCGUCGAUACGCAAACGGUCCAAGUCGCCGUUGUCUAAUUGCGGGCCGACGUUCAAAAAAUACCGUGGCUCCAGAACAUCCACCAGCCUCCGGGUCAAAGGGCUGCUAAGCAAAGUUUGGGCUAGAGAUUCAAAGUCCAAAUCGUGUGAAAACCUGCACGUGCUCUGAAUCAGUUUUUCUCCGCUCCACCGCCAUUGUUUUAUAUUUUUUCGUAACGCAUACCAAUAUUAUACUCGGAAAGUCGUUUAAAAUAACGAUCCGUCUACGAACUCCAAGAUUUUCCUGUUGUAUUUUUAUUUUUUUUAACAAAAUUUCAAUAUUAUCACUAUCAUGUUGCAAAUUUCAGUUAAAAGUUUAAGUUAACAAAAAAAAAAAAAAAAACAGUGUAUACAAUAACUUUUGUCCAAAUCGUUAAUCGGGCGUAUUCCGAAGAAAAAUAACGAAUAGACUGCGGGAAGGCAAAUUAUUCUACGUUAGCGCGCAUAUGCUCGCCAUAAUAAUAUUAAUAUAUUUUGUUUAGAAUAAGUUAUGCGGAAACGCGUGUAAAUAAUUUACUUUUAGGCUAGGUUAUAGUUAUCGUCGUACAGAGCGCGUUUUUUUGACGAGUCGAAAGCCUCGGUUUGUCUUUUCGCGGACAAUCUGUUUUUGAGGGGACAACUCGAAAACGACAUUGUAUACAAUUAUAUGAUAUGCAUAUUAUCAUAGAAUAUUUUUAAGCCGUAGAAAUUUAAACGCGACUACUACUUUACCCGAAAUGGAACACGGUUGGGUCAUGAGCGCCGCAUAAACCAGACGGGGUUCACAACAUUUGUCGUCCCAGUGGCGUCACGAACUUUAAAUAAUUUAGAAGCGAAUCGUUUUUUUUUUUUUUACAACCACCUAUCGCCCCAAUCCAGAAAUAAUUUGUUCAAUACCCAUACCUAGUCCGUAGUCGUACGAUUACUGGAUAUUAUACGUUAAGCAACGUGUCCCUCCAAAUCAUUUAAAUUUCACAAAAAUCCAACCACCCACCUUAUAAAAUUAUAAGCAACCGCUUCGCUACGCCACUGUAGUCGGCCUAUGCCAAAAUGAAACAACGAGCGUAAAUAAAAAAAUCAUACCGUUGCCGGUGUCGGUUUUGAUUUUGAAGUAUACUUAACUGCCCGCGUCGCUUUAAAGAAUUUUCGUCCAAUCAUGCCGUAUUCGGGAAUAGUAGUAGUUUUCAUAGAUAUAAAAACAACUAGAUAACUGAUUGUAUGAUAAGAGUCCCACAAGGUAUGUGAUGUUUGGGGGCCGUAUAAACUAAGAAAGAAAAUCGACUUUAUUAACCCGCGAAAUAGUUGAUUUUAUGCCAUGAAUUAUGUGAUGAUAACAUACGUGUGAACCAUCAAAGUAAACUUAAUAGAAACAAUUUCAAAUAUUUCUCAUAUUACGUUCAUUUUUCUCACGUGCAUAGGCGUCAUUACGGGGUAACGAGGAGUAGCAACCACUACCCCGCUGUUUCUAUCGGAACUGCAGAUUAAUAGCUACGCUACCCUAUGAGUCAUUUAGAAAAAAAAAUAUAACUUUCUUGCUUUUUGUUCAUAAUACGAUCACGCGAAUGUUGUAAUAUUAUACUAUCGGCUAUAUUGAAUUUGAACGUGUAUAAAGAUCAGUCAACUCGAAUCACAACAAGAUUACUAAUAUUUCUAAAUUUAUUGGAUAUGCCUACUUCUAAUUGACAAUUGAUUAGGACCCGAUUGAUGAUCCACCGACUGAUGAAGUGAGUCUUCAUUAGACCGUAACUGAAUUGAAAAGAUGUAAAGAAUAUAAUAAUUAUUCAAGAUGCCGUAUGUGUGACGCGUGAUUCACGGUACUAAAAAAUAUUUCGCGGGUUUACGAUUUGCUUUUUUUUUUUAAUACGGUUACCAAUGUCCGCGUUUUCCAUUUCUAGAGACUAAUCUGGUCGUUUUAUAUAUCUUUGGCGGUUUUAAAUGUGUGUAUGUGUGUGUGUGUUGUUUUUUUUUAAGUUAGGAUAUGCGUACGUUUAAUUUAACAUAAUAAUAAUAAUAGUUUACGAUUAAUCGACUAAUUUUAAACGGGUUUUCAAUUAUUAUUUCGUUUUGAUAUAAACGUUACCGCACGUUUCUUUUGGUUUAUUGCGUUUUUAUUCAGUCAUUAUUCUAACGAGAUAAUGAUGAUGGUUUUAAGGGACCAUAAUACUGUCAUUAUUAUUGCGAUCGCGUUCGAAAGCAUUUUUUUUUUUCGUUUUAUACAUUACAAUAUUUUAUUAUUGAAAAAAAAAAAAUGUCAGUUAGAACGCGCAUUUUGUAUUUUGCCAGCAGAAUCAGGGACCAUGUAAUAAUAGUAGUGUUAAUAUUAUACACACGCAAACAAACGUUUUAUCACGUGCCUGUGUAUAAAAUAUUACGAUAUUGUGUAUUUAUAUGCUAUGAUAAGAUAAUUGUUUUUUUUUCGUUAUAAAUUUAAGUUUGUUUUGAAAAUAUUUGUAAAGUUAAUCAUUUAAAGGUUCUAUUAAGAUAGAUUUUCGAUACGCCGCGCCGCUCGUGUUUUCUAAUCAUAUCCCGUCGUUCCAGCUUCUAUUCGGUCUUCGGCACAUUUCGAAAUAAUUUCAAAAACACUAUAGGAGUCUAUGAAACGCACAAAAAGCAAAUAAUAAUGAUAAUUUUUCCGAGUCUGCAGUUUGGUAUUGUUCAGAAUAUCGGUUUAAAAAAUAUAUAUAUAUGUAUACAAAUACAACACCUUUGGAACAAGAUUUUUCUUCUUCGAUUCGUUCAAAAUCGGGUUAUUAACGACGUACGGGAUUUCAAUUAAAAAACAAAUCCGUAUCUUCUUGACAAAUAAAUAAGAGCUGAAGUCAUUUUCUGCGGGACCGAAAAGAAGCGCAAAACCCAUCGAUAUUGUCAUUACAAUCUCACGUGGCCAAAAUCCAUAAGCUGGACCCUUUCACCAAAAAACUAUUUGAGCCUUCGUGAUGAUUAUUUUUCGUUUUCUACAAAUACUUACAAUUAUUUAUGUACCCGCCUACUUAUAUCCUUUGAAUCCGUCGAAACAUUCCCCCCGGGACUGUACGUUCGAUAUUUUGACUUUUUUUUCUCUCCACAAACCGAAAAACAUUAUAUUCUUCGACGGAAACGGAUCGGACAAAAAGAAAAAAAGAAAUUACGAAAAUAAUCAGUGUUUAUCGAGCCUUCGCACUACUUAUUCGUCAUUAUAUUAUCGCCACUAUAUUAGACGGAUUUCCAUUACUCGACAUUGUUCAAACUUUGCGAUUUCGAUUACGCUGCUAUCGGUCGUUCUUAUAGCCAUGAUAUUCGAAAAAACGUGUUUAAAAAUUAUUGUUUUUCCGUGCACAUUAUGCAAACGGCUGCAACAUGAUCGCGAAUAGAUACGGUAGCUAUAUCUAAAGAACCCGCUGUAUCUCCUGUAAAGCAAAUAAAAAAUUUAAAAAAAAAAAAAAAACAAAAACGAAAAACUCAAGAAAUCAAUCAAAUAUAUCGUUUUAUUCGUUAAUCGUCUAAUCUCAUUAUCAUUUCCGUUUCCGUCGAAAAUAACGACCCCCGUGAAAGCGGCUUAACAAAAAUUAUUAUCCCCUGUUGUGAAAAUAACAUAUUAUAAUAAUAUUAUAGCUUAUGUUAUUGGCGCGCGUAUGGAAAAUAUUUUAAUGGAUGUAUAAUAUUGUAUUAUUGUUUUCGAAAAUUCGUAUAGUUUUUUUUAAAACAAUUUUUUUUUUUAUAUAUAUAUAUAUAUAGAAUGUAAGUUUACGAAUAUAAGUUUACGUUUAUA